GUCCCGCUCCCCCCACCCCUUCUCCUCCGUGCGCACCAGCUCUCUUUCUCUCUCCCCCCUCCACAGUCACAGGGUGCAGCGAGAAGACAGCUCAGGAUCCCGCUGCUUCUUUGCCGGCUCUGAUCUUGCCCGCUUCUUCAUCGCUGAGGAAAGUUUGUGGACUAUGUGUUAGAUAUAGCCUGCAGUUGGAAGCCACUCGCAGCAUCCACAGGGUUUGGAGCGCUGUUGAGCCAUCUUAAAAAAACAGAAAAGAAAAGGAAGAAGACAAGAGGCGCGUUGGCAUGAGAUCUCCUUUGCAAAUCUACUGGAUUUACUUUGUCAUUUUCUGGUGAAAAAAAGUGUACCCUGACAAGAGGACAUGGAUGUUUUAAUGUCACAUGUUGGAUGAGACCGCGGCGUGGAAUCCAGAGCAAGGGGAGGAAUGGUAAGACGCAAAGAAACAACCCAACACUGCAUCAGUUUCACACAUUUUUGUCUUAUUCGGAUCAUGUCGAUUUUUGUAGUAUCGGGUUUGUUUGAGAGAGAGAGGGACAGAGGGAAAAGGGAAUAUUACUCAUAAAUAGCUGCGCACAUUUGUCAAAUAUUUAGCAUCCUGUGCGCUAUGGGAUGUGAACAGUGUCCCGAGGCACCUGUUUCAUUCCCUGAAAUUGUCACUUAGAUUUAAAUAUGAAAUUUAAAAAGUUGAUUUAUUACUUGCAUUCCCUUAAAUGCACCAUUUUGGAAGAAAACAUGAUAAAUGUGGACUUAAAAAACUGCCCUGUAUCUUGGUCUGUGGGGGUCAGUAUACUGAUGGUGCAUUCAUGUCUGUGCUGGCAGGCAGUGUCGCACGGAAUAAACCUGCUCUGCUUCAAAUGGAGGACCGCUUGGAGACGAUAAAUCGCGUGCAAAGUUGUGCGGCGUUCUGCUGAAGGAGUUUUCCAAAAUAAACAUGGGUCCAGCUCGAGCCAUGGGGCCAAUUCAGUGUGUGGGACUUACUGCGCUGCUCCUGUGCACAGGUAAGACAACACAAAGAACCAGCCAAUGUCAAGGAGCACUUCUAGUCAUACUGCAGGGAAGAGUUAUGGCAAUGAGAGGCAGCAAUCAUAUAUUCAAAGCACCAUAUAUCCAUCAACCUUCAUAAAGUGAUUUCAUUCAGUGUGGGACAUUUAAUGAAAUGCUAAUUAUGUCCAUUCAGCCAAGAGGACAUUUAUGAUUUAUGAGAUCUAUAAUAAGCUGUUAGCUGCAGUGGCAGAAUACAAAGUGACUUGUAACAUGAGCGAACUGACAGUUGCCUAGAGAGGGGGCUGGUUUGGGGCUUGUUGCAGCGCUUAUAUGUGAUGCAGUGUGUGUGUGUGAGAGAGAGAGCAUGGUCCUGCAGAGCACCUAGAGCAAAGAUAGGCUGCAGACACAACCUAUAACACAGAAGUACACCUUUAUGUCUAUUAGAGUGAGCAGUUCUGCUCUAGAAAUAACUGGCAUCUUAGGGAAAUUGAUUUUUGAGUAUGCGCACUAUAAUUAGAAGUACCAAGCUUACUGAAAUGUGUGUUUUCUGAGUGUGUGCGUCGCUUUUUUUGGCCAUGACAUCCCCUGAGAGAUCUUAUUUGACCAUGUGAUGGAUGAUUUGCAGGAAGUUGUGUUGCAUCUACCCUUACAUUUGAUUAUUAUUGCUUUAUUUUUUAAAAGAAAACUCUUGACUGUCCAUUACCGAGCAGCAGUCAUGAUUGUUUUCUCUAAGGCUCUUAUUUGCAGAGUUGGGUAGACUGGUCUGAAACUGUGCUCAUGUUAACAAUUUCUUUAUGGGAAGCAAUGCAGUGGUGAAAAGUUCUCUCACUGUAGCUUGACAACCUCUCUGUGAGCAGGAGACAAAAGAAAAACACUGCACACAGCCAAGAAAUGACCCAGCACAUAACCCCUGAAAAAGGCAAACAGUUGUCUCUACUCCUCAGUUUCGUAAGCUUGGACAAACCAGACAUAACUUCUUAAUGAGUGGACUUCAGAUAUGUGUCAGAGGCAGGCCAGCUUCUCCUCUAUUCUCCAGUUUUAAGCCGAAGAAGGUUAACCUCUCAUUUUUGUGGCUUUAGAUUUGAGUGAAGUGAUAGUUAUUACCAAACUGGAGCUAAGAGAGUGAGAAAAAGAUGUGCUUUUAUUGGUUAAAUGCUGAAGUAAAUCCGCGGUUGUUGUUAUCCAUGUCUGGUUCUUUGGUGGCAGAUACAAAAUUCAUGAACUUUAGACUCAAGAUGAGUAAAGUGCACAAAAGUUCCAAGUUGACAGUUUUACUUUGCGCUAAGUUGGGAAAUUUUGUCUCAAAGUUUUGAACCGUUAACUUGUCUUUUCAUCCUUCAUGGUUUCUCCUUUUAUUUUAAGAAAAUUUAAGUACUUGGGAGCAACUGGAAAAAAGUGAAAUCAUGAAAGAGCCAGAUGAUCUAUAUGAUCUCUAAAAUCUGUGUUGAAAGUACAUUAAAAAAAUAGGCCAGAACAGCUCUCUUCAUCGUGCGAAACCCACCCCAGAGGCUUAAAAUUGAUCCACAUCUCGCUGGUUCGAGCUGCCUUCUAAUCUCUGCAGGUGAAAGUGGAGAGGGGGGAAAAAAUCAGAUUCCAUCCUGUCAGUCAGCCCCCACUUGUGUGCAGCAUCUCAGAGGAUAUUACAGCUCCCUGGCCAUUUGAUUGCUUUCACAGAGAGGUUCCACUUUGUCUCUAUGAGUAACACACACUGACAGGCUCACAUGCUUACAGACAGACCAUCGAGAUGAGGCUGGUAUGCUGUAGGAUCUGAUACGGUCCGUUUACAAGCUAAAUUUGGAGGGUUUUCAUUUCUUGGCUGUAUAGAGAGGGGUUAGGAUGAAACAUUUCAAAGUUAUCACAUCACAGUGAUGCAAUCUCUUCAAAGUUGCAGAAUUUGUUAUUUAAGCCCUGGACAGAACAAUUAGUUUGUGUUGACUUUGGCGCCCCCUGUGGACAAAGUGGUACCUCUGAUAUCUUCACUGAUCUUGCCCUGUAGAUGCAUAGAUAGUUGCUAACUUAGAUGCUAUCCUUUAACACGAAAAGGUAUCACUCAUUGUACAUCUUUAUUUUGGAAACUUUACAUACAGGUUGUGCUGGGCGAUAUGGGAAAAAGUUUAUCACGAUAUAUUUUUUUCAUAUCAGUCAAUAUCGAUAUAUGUCACGAUAUAAAAAAUGAAAUUUAAAAGUAUUUAUUGGUAGCCUGUCCUUUGCAAUAUAAUAAGCUUCUGUGAGAUCUUUGUGUCUCUUCAAUGUUUUGUCGUAAGAUACGAUGAGAUGUUCCUUGAAUGGUGAUCUAAAGUGUACAUGCGCCGCCCGGGAAUCGAACCCGGGUUGCAAGAAUGGGAAUCUUGUAUGAUACCACUACACCAGCGGCGCCACAGAUGCUACUGAAUGGGGACUGAAUUGUCUGCUGUUUCAGCUGCACGGGGGCCAUGGGUUCCUUGCUCCUCUCAGGGUUUGUAACCUUUUGAAUUGUGCGUGCUCUGCCACGUGGCGCUGCUUCAAGCAGUGAAAAACAUUUGAGGUAUAUCCUGACUUUGGGAGAACAUGUACUCGACAUAAUUUGCAGUACUCAUUACUUUGCUUCAUGUCCAAUCUCAAAAAAAACCAAAAUACCUCCACACCACUGUCUUUUCGUGCCUGUGUUGUCGACGAUGCCAUCAUCUGUUGAGCCUUCUUCCGGGGGUAGCAUUUAUUUCUUUUUUCUCUCACCAACAGUGCUGUUGGCUUCACGGGUUAAAGUGCUAUAGUUGUGUGUAGCUGCAGCCUGCUACGACGCAGUUGUUUGCUACUUGCAGUAGCGGUUCUAGGCACGGGCGAACAGGGCAGCCGCCCGGGGCGGCAUUUGUGUCAUGACUCAUGGGGGGCGGCACGAGCACUUCCAAAAAAAUAAAAUAAAAGAUAAUAAUAAUAAAUCUUAACCGCAAAGCGGUUUUGUAUUAACUCUUGUUGUCAAAUUGGCGCCCCCCCCGCUGCUGUAGGCGCCCCUGCUUGCUCCGAAGGUGCUGCACAGAGGCUGACAGACUGUAGGAGACGAGGCGGGGAGAGAGUCGCGGGGGGACAGCUCUGCUCUGUGUACGCAUGUCAGCAUAUCAGCGGGAGCGCGGAUACAUCAUUUUGUAGUUUUUUAAUCAUUUCUGGAGUCGCGGUGAAUGAAAUCACCGUACCCGUCUGCCUUUGAUAGGCGAAUAAAGCGCUCGGGUUCAUGCUCGGAUCUUGCUACGUGCUUGAUGAGCUUCAUGAGUGAAGUAAACAAAGACGGAGGCAAAGAGCAGCUUCAGAGGAGAAACAUCCAGCAGUGUGAGCAACCUCUUCAUAUGGAGUGCUGUGGCUCACACUAUCAGCGUUUUCUCUGAGUGUUGCAUGACUUUGGGUGAGAACAGAGAUGAACACACUGUCAGCCAUGUAUUUAUUUAUUCAUUUUUUAGUUUUUAGUUCUGCUUUUGUACUGGCACUAUACUGGGGCAGCUGUAUACCCUUUCAACACCUUAUUUUCUAUAUUUACAUUUGUAUUGAAUGGACACUUUGUCAUGACUGCCACUUGUUUUACAGAAAGCAAAUUAUUUGUCAUUCUCCAGUGCAGAGCCUCUACUUUUAUUUAUACAGCCGCUUUAUUUCAUUUGAGUUUGUUUGUUCAAGGUUUUCAAAAUGUGAUGAAGGUUCGCAAAACUAAAGGAGAGCUUUCUUGAAAGCCACGUGUUUAAGCUCUCAAAUACUUUUUGAAUUUUGUUUCUAUCUACUACAGAGGCCGAGAUAUCAGCUUUUUUGUAAACCUUCACACUUCAGAAAACCUCAGGAUCUGGGGGCCCUUCUCAAAAUGGCCCUCAGGAUUGUGUUUUUUUCUAUUGAAGGAUUUCUGCAAUUGAGAAAUAUAUUAUUUUUGUUGUUAUAAUAAUAAUAAUACUACAUAGUAAUACAAAACUAUCUGUUCAAAAUUCUCUCUUUUUGUGUUUGUGUGUGUGUGUGUGGGGGGGGGCACUUGGAGAGGUGCUCGCCCGGGGAGUAAUUUGGUCUAGAACCGCCACUGGCUACUUGGUUCUAAUUCAGCACAGGAUUGGUUCUGCGACGGCGGCCCCAGAGCGACUCCCCUUUUCAGUGGCUAUUCAUGUAGUCUACUAAAACAUGGCAGAAUGCCGACUAUCGAGAAGCACGUUGACCAUGUUUCAUGUUAAUAUUGGGACAUUAAUAUAUAUCGUUAUCGUUUUAUCACCCAGCCCUACAAACAGGCUCUCUCUUUAUUGUACUGUAACUCACCUCUGGUCCUGUUUGCUUCUUCAGACCAUAUGUAAUUUCAUUGCGAUUCAUAAUUAGCUGAAAUCUCCUCACAGGCGCUUUAAUGGCCUUACAACUUUGUUAACACAGAACCAUAAAGAUUCUUCCAUUGCAACUUAGGUUUGAGUGUGUAAACCUUAAAACUAGCUGAUAAUUAUUCCAUUCAUCCUCUUUUGCUGGACUUAUGAUGACUGAAUUGUGGAAAAUUAUUAAAUAAUUGAUUCCUGCACAAUGAGAAGAUGUUAAAUUCAAGGAAAAAAUGCGUACAAGAUCAAAUUUAUCCGUUUCUGUCAACUGCAGAGUGAUAUUUAACUCAGCUGUUGCAGAAACCCUGGUAGAAAGGGCACACUGCUGAACUGGAGUAGGAGGAUUCCUGCUCUGAGUGCUCCUGCUCUUUUGUACGUGUGUGGGCCCAACCACAGUGGAUUGGGAUAGAGAGGUUGAAAAGUUAAAAACCCAUAGCGCUUUAAGCCCUAAUUUAACAGUUGUUCCCUUGGUUUGUCUCCCUCUCUUAAUCACACAAAGAACCUGAGCCAAAGUGUUUGUAGCCAGAGGCAUCCAGGCCGACUGAAGGAGAAUUUGUUUUGAUGUUAAUAAAAGUUUAUUGCACAUUUUGAUGAGGAGAGCGUUUUUCACAUCAAAAAUCACUGCAGCAGCAGGUAUUGAACAUUUUGAACCAGCUUUUAAUUUGGACUUAAAGGAAGAUUACUUUAUUUGCAAAUAUGGGCAAAAGUGUGCUGGUUUUGAGUCUUUCUAGUCUGUGUCAAGGUGCCAACUUGCCAACUUGCAUUGAUGGUGCCCAAUAAACGUCUACAGCACAGAGAGGGUACACAAAAACAGAGACGAAGCCUCAAUAGUGGGGAUGAAAGACUCCACACAAAACAACAUUUCUGAGGUCCAAAACCCACAGGCUUUGUUUGAAGCAGUAUCAAAAUUACCAAAGUCAGCGCUCUAAAAUAUGACAAAGGAAGUCAGCCGAGGGAGAAAACGCCUAGGGAGGCUAAGAUUAGGAUUCAAAAUUCCUCACCAAAAUCAUGCUGCCGAGCAGAAACUCAGGUGCAGAGCAGGCAGAGAGAGGACGGACCAGAAGGACAAAGAGAGAAACCCUUUGAGGUUCAAGGGUCCACUUCUGUCCACCUACACAGCAACAAUAAGCGUUUUUACAGCCUGGUUAGAAAACGACUCCCUGUAAUUUAAAUAACUAAAUAAUUUUCAAGAUCAGGUUAUGAGUUUUGCGUAAUAAAAGACAUGGUGGAUUUGUACUUACCCCCACGCAUCUAACUCUGCAUCUUUGCCUUAUCCCAUGUCAGCUAAAAGUUAGGUUGAGUCACUCUGCAACCACCACCAACAGACUUGAAAAUUCUGCUUCAGAAACUGAUGGCUGACAAGUAGGGCUGGGUGAUAUGACCUCAAAUUAAUAUCCUGAUUUAUUGAACAGUUCACCUUAAUAACGAUAAAUGGAGGAUAACUAAUCCACAAGCUGCUCACCCCCCUCACAUAAACUUAAUCUACUUCAGUCGCCGCUCCAACUUUUGAACCGUCCUCCAUCUCCUCACCUGUCUUUCUCUCUUUGUUACGGACUGAAUGGGACCAUAGCCUACCUACACACUUUCAAAACCAACUUUUAUUUAUUUAUUUUUUUGACACCAAAUACACCGAUAUGGGCAAAAUGAUGUUGAUUAUUGUCGUAAAUUUUGGUCUCGGUAAAUUUUCGGUUUAUCGCCCAGCCCUCCUGACUUGCUCCACAUUACAUCCCCAACAGUAAACAAACACCUGUUCCAUGAGUGCCUGUGAAGAUCUAGAUUAUCUCCAUUUCCAUGUCUUGAUUUCUAGCGUGUUUUUUGCAGUUGUUCUGGAUGUAACUACAGUAAUGGAUUGGCGAUUAAUAUUUUAUUUGCAGCCUCAUAAAAUCGUCUCCUCUGAAGACUCAGUUUCAGAGUUUUCCUUUCAAAAUCGAGUCAUUUUAGGAUCACACUCAAAUAUUGGAGUGGGAUAAAAUCAUCAGCUGAAGAAUAUGACUUUUCAUUUCCAGCUGCACUGUGACAGUCAUCUGCACACUGAAGAGGCUGUAUUAGCCUCUAAAGAGUGCUGAAUGUUUUACACUGGAUGCUACUGUAAGUGUUCAACAGUCUGCUGAUAAAAAUGCUGGAAAUUUUAGGACUGAGAGCAGAUUAUCUCAUGCUAAUGUUAGGGAAGAGGAAGUGACCCUGCAGAGGCGUUGAGGCUGUGAAAUCUAAACUGCUUUCUGCCUCCAGGAGAACAGAGUCUCACGGGGUAUUACUUGUUGACUUAGAAUGUCUCUGGGUUUAAGGUUGGGUGGAGUUAGCAGAGCUGUAUGUUUCUGGGCACUGAUUCUGUUUUAAGAAGAAGCAGCCUGCAGAAUGAGCUGACUUUGGAGAAAACUCAAAUGUAGAAAACCCUUCCCAUCUCUUUUUUUUUCGUGUUUUUCUAAAUCCUCCAAUGGUCCAAGACACAUCUCUGUGGGUUGUAAUGCUCAUUACCAUGAAACAAGCAGCAGCAAGACACUCAUUACUGAAAGCGUUGACCUGGGAGCCAAAAUGCAUUCGGAACAAAGUAUUUGACUUCCUAGAAGCAAAGUCGAAGUUUAUUAUACUGACAUUUUGUCUUUAGAACAACAGCCCCACGGACAAACACACCUUCAGUAAAAGCUCAGGGGUGGAGUAAACCUUUUCUCAGUAAAAAGAUGGGGGUUCAAUCCCUCAACUUUCUAACCACUGUAAAUGGGAAAGACAGUGAACUCUGAAAUGCAACCAGCGGCGUCAGUGUGUAAAUUUAGCAUGAAAGGCUGAGUGUAACAUGUAACGUGAAUGGUAACAUGAUCAGAGACAGUGUCAUAGACCAUUUACAAGAGAGAGACACCCACCAUGCCCUGGUACCAUUUGUAGAAGAAGAAGAAGAAGGAAGAGAACAAGCAGGGGAAGAAGAAGAAGAAGAAGAAGAAGAAGGAGGAAGAGAACAAGCAGGGGAAGAAGAAGAAGAAAGUGCCAGUUAACUAGCUGUUGUACCCCAGUGGAUGAUUGUCAGACAGUGAUGUUUCAGAGGUUGUCCUGAAUUGAAGAGUUUGUUCCUCCUCAUGCAGUGCUAAUCAUUGAACAUUCAGAUAAACAUUUUUUUUAAACUGCUAUUAGUGUUAUUGAUAUUACCUUUAUUAUUUAUUGAAUUUAUAUAUUCAGGACAAUGCAGCUUAAUCACCAUCCUAGCGGCACUCAUCAGUGGACAUAAAUGCGCCAGAACCAGCACAGUAGCUUCAUUUUCAUCUGUAGUCCAAAAGCAGAUAUAUACAUUAAACAGAAGUUACAAAACACAUCACAAAAUAACACACUAACAUUUUUACAUAAAAUGGACUCACUUUAUUUUUUAACUGAUCUGUAGUUAUGCCAGGUUUUCUGUACACUGCUAUAUCAUUAUAAGUAAAUAUUUCUUGGCCAUGGUAAUCCUUAGGUGUAAUUGUGACAUCCUGACAACCCAAAUUUUGAACCCCGGAAAAGUAUGAGCAUUUUUAUUAGAUUUGCGGUUGACCAGAGUAAUUCUCACUGAUUUAGCAGCAUCAACAGAGCUUUUAUUGUCUAUUAGACUCAUAGAGACACAGUCAACUAGUUAUUGUCUCUAGUUUGUAUUGCAUUCUGGAUGACAGGGCAAGGUACAAUUUGAAGACAGGUUUUGCAGACCUUGCUCUUGGGAAUAUAGGGUAAUUGGUUUUGCUAAUGUAAAAGCUGGUGAAGCAUUUGUUUACAACUGGAUCUCCUAAUUAUGACAACAGUGCAGAUGCCCAGCUUUAACGUGUAGCAUUUCUAUUCAAAAGUCAACCCCAUGGACUAAGGACCCUUUGGUUGUCCUGCUGAGGACUCAUGCGGGUGCUUGUGGACAUGCAUAUAUGACAAGGUGAUGCAUCGCUGAGGAUCACAGGAAGUGCUUUGUUUAAGGAGCAGUGCUAAUUAAAUCAGGAGGUUGAACUGGAGAUGUACUACUUUUUGUUAAAGUUAAUUUAAAAAAUGGAGUGGAAUUAAAGCAUUUGUUAGCAUAAUGAGGGAACAUUUUAAUAUUUCAUCAGUAGAGACUGACAUCUGUAGCACCAAGCUUGAGGAGAUCUAUGUGAAACUGGCAGUGAAGGUCCUGUUUUUUUGUGGUUAUCUAAUGGCAUCACUUAAUGUUAUUAGCUGGGCUAGCUAAGUGAUUGGCAGGGAUUUAAUUUGUUGUGGCACAGUGACUUUAUUGCACAAGGACAGUCCGGCUCCUCUUUUUUUGUGUGCAGGAAAUCCAAUGGUGGCGUGUCCACUCUGCUUAUCUGUGUUUUCUUACAAGUAGAAUUCCAGGAAGUAUUAAGAAAAACUAUUAAAAAAAAGAAAGAAAAAGACAGAUUUGGGGCAGCUUAAAUGAAACAAAAAAGUCAGGCAUUUAUAGAGUGAAACCGAAUAAUUCAGAGAGGUUUUAAACAUGAUGAAAAAUAUGGAGAUUUUAUCCCUCUGCUGCUUUACUUCUUCAGUUGCAGAUCAUGGUCAUAUGCUUUACCGAGAGGUAUUCCCUAGGAGAAAAAAAAGCUAAAAGUGUCUCUCUGUCCCCAGAGGUUUUCCUUUAGUAAUAGAUUUAGAAACAAAGCGGAUGAAAAGGAGAAUAUUCAUUAUAUGAUUGCAUAAAGAUGGCCCUUCUUCCUGCCUUCAAUCGGAAUAUUUGGAAGACUGGGAAUACAGUAGCUCGCCUCACUGUAUCUGGCACAUGGAGAUCAAGCUGAUACACUCCAACACACACAUAAUCAAACACAAACACACAUGUAGACCUGCUAUAAAGCUUCUGUGACACAUUGUAGCUGCGCGUUGUAAACACACAGAGUAUCGCACACAGAUUCAUCUUCCUGUGCAAACAGCUUCACAGCCGUCCAACUGUGAGCGUAUCGCACUCAGCAGGAGGUCUGGAGACGAUUACCAUAAGUAACUGAAUGCUCAGCUCACACCCAACAAAUCAGAAGCAAAUGAAAAAACAAUCUACACCAUCGGAGCAGAGAGAGAGAGAGAGUUAACAGAAGUCCAUCACUUUCAGUAUGGAAGAUUGAGCCUCAGGUUUCACCAGCAUUGAUUUCACAUAAGGAACAGAGCACGUUCUUCCUUGAGUUUCAGCCUCUUUCCUCCCCUUUAGGAUAGAGCAGAGAAAAAGUUUCCAAAAAGUUCUGAAAAACCAUUUGUCUUGUAUUUCUGACGAGAGCUGUACGAUUUAGUUUCAGUCGUUUUGUCCCAGUUUUUCGGUGUGUGAAUGCUGCAGGAGAUAGAGUUGAUGGCAGGGUUGAUAGGAGAGUUCUCAGAGAUUGUAGUUAUCUUCUGAGGUCAGAGCAGAAAGAUAUUGCCUCUGUGUGUUUUUUUUCCCAACAUGACUGAUUACAGUGGAAAUGGCCGUGAUGGGCGGUAUACUGCUGUGAAGUCUUUUUCUGUCUUCCUGUCAGGGAAAAGACUCAACAGGAAAGAAAAGGUGGAAAGUUCAGCCUAGCACAACAACGAAAUAUCAGAGGUGAAUUUAAAUUUUAAACUUGAUAGACACUUUUAAUUGAAACCUUGGGGGGAAACUAUUCAGCACCUUUAAGAAGAGGUUUCCAAACCCAGACUCAAUUCCCAUACCAAUUUUCAGCAACACUACCCCAAGAGAGGUAACAUUGCUGAAAGAGCCAGCAUAUGAAAAAGCACCAGUUUCCAUAGUGCUAGUAAUGAAUACACUGGAAAAACUCUGUGCACUUUUCUUACUUCUUAACAUGUAUUAUUUGCUUUAGAUUUAUGAGUGUGAGAUUUUCUGGUGUAUGCAUGCAGAAUGUGAGCCUGUCUAUGCACACAUGCGGUGCUGGCUCAAAUAUGCAGGACAAUCCUUAUUAUAAGACCUUCUCCUUUUCAAGACGUAUUCUUAAAAAAAGACUUUCAGAAGACAAUUCACACAUUUUUUUUUAUAGAAAGCAAUCAAGUUUUAUUGUCAUGAAUGAGAAUCCCAAACCAUUUAAUGUCUUUUGAAAUUAAACAGUCACAUUUGAAUGUUAUGAAAUUGAAAAAAUUGAACCAUUUAUGGUGUUAAAUAAACAUGGGAAUAAAAUAACCUGCUAUCUAGUUGAUGGACGACAGGUCUAUUUAUAAAUUGUUUUACAGUUGAAUAUCUCUGCUGCAUUAAUAACCUUUUUCCAAGAACAAUAUCAUAACUACACCUUCAUUGUUGACCACCUUGCUCGGCGCUGUGCAGCUCUAUUUAUUAUGUAUUUCCAUUUUUUUCAUUACCUUGGCAUCAUACAGUAGCUCUGAGAAACUGUUGUGUGUGCGCAUGGAGAUAUUCGUGUAUGUAGGUGUGCAGGUAUAGGCAGGUAUGUGGGUAUGUGCUGUAUGCAUCAGCUGCUCUUAUGGAUGUGCGUCUGAAUGGUUUCCUGAGCUGACUAAUACAUAAGCCGGGAGAAAGAGCUGUCUGAGGAGAGCUAAAACUGUGAGCGGCCUCCAUCAGCUGUUAUUGGGCAAUUUCUAUUCACUAUUAAAUGUUCUGAUGGCCAGUUGGUAAGCCCUGUUAGGUCAGUAAAUUGUAAUCUGUACAGCAGUGGAACAGAUGUUGAUCUGAAAUGAGAAAAAAGGGUUUUUCAUCAACUGUACCGUGUGUGUUCGUGUGUGCGUGUGUGUUUGUGUGUGUGUGUGUGAGGGAGAGAGAGAGAGAGAGAUAGAGAGCGAAGGCAGCAUCGAGACACAAAAUGUCAGGUUCUUAAUUUUGGUGUGGCCUGCCAAAAAUACAAAUCUUUAAUCAGAUUCAUGAUAAUCAGAAAUCCUUGCAUAUGGUCUUUUUUGGGCUUGCUCUCCUCUCCCCUCCGUUCCUUCCUCUUCUUAUCAUUCCCUGUGUUUCCUUUCUUCCCCUCCACCGUUCAUCCUCUCUCGCAGCUCUGCACGUUCAUCAUCUUUCUUUCCACCACCUUUUUUCAAUAACUCUCACACAGUUUGAUAUCUGACCCAGGCCCCAGGAAGGGUGCAGUAGGAGGCUCUGUAGCAACCCCUCCACAUUAUAAUGAGGCAGCCUUUGCAGUGUAUUACACAAACAAAUAUGAAAUUUCACAGGCAUUUGCAUCAUGCCCAGACCCAUGAAAAGCUUGGGCUCUUAUUAAAAAAGAAAGUGGCAUGUUUUGAGCAACUUAUUUGCUCAUAUUUUAAUCAACUUCUCACACUUGGUGAAAAUUGACUCUGGCUGUGGUAUCAUCCAUGUGGCUUUUGUUCUCAUACAUCAUAAUAAAAAAAAAUAAAAAAAACAUUUGUCCUUAUUUACAGCGUUUAAAUAUACACUCUGGAGUAUAUAAAUACACUCCAUAUUUCACAUACAUUAUCAGAUUCCUGUCCUGAAGAUGGGAGAAUGGGAACACAUUUGCUGGGGAGCACAAGAAAUGUGCCCAACAUGUACGGGUUCUGGACUUGACAGAUUUACGUUCAAUAUUCAGCUGCUGUCAUGGUGCCACCCAGUGGAAAUAUUCCUGUAUAAAGUAUUCAGUCUUCUCCAAAGUCUUUGUGCAGGACUCAAGGCCCAGCAUGAACAGUCUUGCUUAUGAGAAACCUUCAAGUUUUAAUUUUUGACCAUUAAUUUAAAAAGUGUUAACUUGAAAUACUGCAUUUUUACAGAGACGUACUGUAAAUGCCAGGCUCCUACUUGGCUGGUCAUAGAAUCCAGUGUUUCUCCAAGGUUCUUUGAUUUGGUGGCCGGGGGCUUUGAUAUACGUCACUCAUCAUACGUGGUGGCGGGAGAUGAGCUAGCGCUGUUUUGGGGGCUGGUAGAGAUGCUUAAGCUAGCAUCCACAAGAGAAUGUGUGGCGUCCGCACCACUAAAUGCCGUCUUUUUGAAGAAUGUAGAUAUUUUCAAUUGGGGUGCUGAACGUUCGGACAGUUCGGUGCUCAAUGACCAGUUUUUUAAUUGUAUUGUUGGCUGUAAGCACGAUGGAAAGGAGCCAGAACCCGGGUUGUCAAAACCAUCUUGUGCAAAACUGGCAGGGUUUAAUACGUGGUGCUGACAUGCCACGCCUCUGAACCAUGUGUCAGCACGCGUGUAUGUUGUGAGAUAGAGAGAGGAGCGAGCAGGGAGAUACAUUUUUCUUUAGAAUAAUGAAACGAUUGCGAUUGCGAGCUAACCCCCACAAUCGGAUAUCCCCACUCAUUGGCACGGCGGGGGUAUCCAUUGGCAGGACGGGGCGCUCUGCCAAAUACAUUAUCGGGGAAACACUGGUAUCUUUUGGAGUGUUUUAGUCAUGGAGGUUUCACAGCGAAUACAUAAAACUUAUCCGAACAAAGAAACUUUUACUGUAAUUGUUUGAAGGGGACAAACAAAGACAAACACACCUGGACAUGAGUGGGAUAUGUUUGUUUGCCAACCAUAAGAAAGUAGUCAUUUCAGUCAUUCACUCUGGCAACAGCAAGUGCUCUCCAACUGUGGUGAUCAAUUUUUUUGUUUCAUGCACAAACACUGUCAGUUGUUUUUUGUUCUGUUUGCUGUAUUUGGUUGUUUUCCAAGUUUUAGUAUUUUUGGCAACUACAAUUUUCCUACAUGCUCAAGUUUGGUCUCCCUACAUGUAAGCUAUGAUUUCACUGAGCUCUUAGGGCCACUGGAUAUGAAGAGGCAAUUAUUCUGGGUUUUCUCUAUUGAUUGAGCGUAAUCAUUUUAAAUUGUGCCUAAUAUCAUGUGAGGAAAGAAUGAAAAGAAAUCCAUCCAUCUUCCCUUAAAUACUUCAAGGAAAUGAUUUAAAAAAAAAUACACAUAGAUGUCCCUUCCAUCAGCGGUAAUCUACCAGAGCAACCUGUAUUGAUCUCAUGUUUUGUCCUUUUUGCCAUUAGCUGCUCUAAACGGCCUCGCCUCUGCUCUUCAAAGACAGGAUGCAGUAACAGCACACAGGGAAACUCAGAAAAAUGCCUAAAAGUUUUAAGACUGUCUAGACAGAAAUGUUGGGGGUAGAUCAAUGAUCAAAAACUAUGAUCCCAAAAUUGCAGAUACUUCUGACAUCUCUACAGGUAUUGCAGAGAAAAAAAGUGCUGUAUCUACAUCGCUGGUGUGUUCAUUGAUUUUUCUGACUUGUUUUUGUUCUCUGAGAACAAAACUGUUUAUGUCCAGUUGUGAUGAAAACCUGCAGAAUGCCUCUUAUACAUUGUGAGACUUCAUUUACUGUUGUUUGCUGUUGUCUGCUAUUGCUGUUCAAAGCCAAACUACUAAAAAUAGCAGUUGUUGCUUGGGGUGUUCCAACAAAGAUACCUCACACUUCUAAUUAAUUACGAUUACAGGAACUUUGAUUCUUUAAAUAUUAUCAUUUUAAUGCUUUUGUCUUCAUCUGCGGCUACAUUCCUAAAUAAAUAGCUGAGAAAUUAACUCAGUUCUUCUAAAACUACACUCAAAAAGUAAAUAAGAAGGUUUAAAUGUUUUAUUUUGACCUACUGAACCUGAGGAGCCUUCUCGGUUUCGCGAUGAAAGUCCACAAGGUGCUACCUCAUGUUUGUGGUGUUGUUGCUGAGUUACUUUUUUGCUUUGCAAAUUGCGUAGGUCUUGUCAGUCAUCUUGUUUGCUCUCUCGUAAAAUCCGAAGUACUUCCACGCGGUUGCAGUCAACCCCGGUGGCGAGAGAGUCGGCCGCUCUUUGGAGGCUGCUGAAGCUGUUGCCAUUUUGCAAAGAAACUAAUGUGCUCUGUUUGUUGUGGUCCUACUUACUAAAAAGUCUAGGCGGCGCGCGUGUUCAAGUUCUGUUUACAUGUUUAUUUGCUGUGGCCUUGCGGCAAAGCAUCAAUGUCAUUAUUCAUAAAUUUAUUUUUUCAUCACGUGAAGCAUCGCCCUGCAUCAACACAUUGAUGAAUUGCACUAACCUCUAGUUAUUGCGCUCUUGUUUAAAAUGUCAGCAAGUUCACCCACAGCAAUCUCACUUUUUGUGGUCUGUCUUGGUUUUUGUCCAAAAUUUCUAAUCAGGCCAAAUUUGACUCAUAUGAUAUUCUAAUGCAGAACAUAAUUGAACUGGGACACUUUGCCAACGAUAAAGCAGAUGUCAAAAAGUUCAAUGUCAACCUUCAUUCAUUUUAAAUCCAAUUUGUUGUUCCUGCUCUUGUCUUUUUAAGCUGAGCUGGUAUUUGUUUCCUACAUCAGGGGACAAAGCUGAAGAAUACCUGAAAUAAUUAAUCCACAUAGAGCCCUCACAUGUAAAGAAAAUCUCUGCUUAAACUGUUUAGGAUUUCAUAUUCUGUGCAUGCUUGUGCGUGGCUUUGGCAUGCUGGUUGAUCAGAUUACCCUAAAUAACUAAUAGGCCAUAAUGUGUAUUUUGAAUGCCUUAUAAUCUAUGCUUAGCAUGUCCCUGCACCCUAUCCAGAGCUAAAAUAGUGAUUUUAUUAAGUCUCUUAUUCAACCAGCCUGUCCCCAUUUUCCUCAUGGGCAAUGCACUGUGCUGCUCGAAGCAUGCCCAGAGCCAGAUCUGGGCCCAGUGUCUCAAAAAUGGAGGAUAAAUCAGUUUCUAAAAGGUCCACAUAGAAAAUCUUUCCAGAACUGAAGGAUUAUAGAAGAGACAUGAAAUCCCCGUUGUUUGGCUGAAGGCAGGAAGCUAAGUGAAUGAGGCUUAUGUGGGAUCUCGGCACAAGUCAUAGGUCUCUUCAGUGCCAGGAUUUCGCAAAUGGUAAUUGUAGAUACUAUCGUUUCCAAAUCCACAGUGGCUGUUCAGGCCCCUCUGUGCGAUAGUAGAGAUUGCAUUUACAUUUGAGGUCACUGAUGAGGAGCACAGCUGGACUGAUGUGGUCUGGUCAUGUCUGAACACUCAUAGCCUGAGGUUUGAUUUUUAUCAUUACUUUCAUUUCCUUUUCUUCUCGUCCCUCUGCUCUGGUCCCCAUCUGACCUUGCUUUAUGGAUUCCUUGAGGAUCCACAGUGCUGUUGAAUUAUGCUCCAAAUUGUUCUGGUAAAAAUGUGAAUGUAUUGUAUCUUGAACUGUAAAGGAGGCUCUGUAGAAAAUGACUUCAAAAAUUGGCAAACUCAAAGCUGCUGUUUACGUAAUUGCUCGAUGAAAUGAUUCUUUAUUUUAGAUUAAUAAAGCCUCAAGAUUGAGGCAAUGAUGAGAAUUAUAUGAGUAUACAGGAUCUGUCAGUAGACACACUAUUUGUUCUAGUUCUUUGUUCUAAGUCUGGCAGAUUUAGUACAGGAUCUUUUCUCUUUGCAGAGACUGUCUGAUGCACAUUUCUGUCUGAAAAAGUAAAUAUGUUUUUUAAACCUCCACAGACUGUCGGAGGAGACAGAUAUAGCUUAAUCUACAUCACUUUCAUGAAGCAUAGGAAACACUACAGGGCAUUUAAACAGGGAAGCAUUUUGUUUAAGAAUUUGAGCAAGGCUAGAAUAUUUUAUAUAUUCAAUAAACUGAUUCAUUUUGUCUUCAACAAUCCAAGGUGAUGCCUCAAAUAUUCCUCAAAUAUAUUCCAUCUUACAAACAGUAAAAGGGCCUUAAAUAUUUCAGUUAGCAGUGAAAUGAAUACAGGAAAGCAAAACAUCCAAAAAGCAUUGAUCAUUCAGUUAGAAACAUGUCUUACGGUCCAGUGGCUCGGUGCUUGGAACUGCUAAAACUUUUAGUCAGCCCUCUGCAAAAUGAAACUCUAAAAAGACAUGGAUUUGCACAAAGUAUUGAUGUUUCCUUGAUAUGAUAUGUACAUUUAUAAUCUUGCUGCCAUAUUUUAUUUUCCGUCUUUUCACUAGUAAUCAGUUUGUUGCCUUAAAAAUCAACCAAUAAUACCAAAUGAAUUUUAAUCAAUUAUUUGCAAAGGGUGAUAAAAGUUGAAAGUAACAGAACCGGUCGGUCCCCAAAGCCCAUUUCAAAGUGAAUAUAAAAGCUCUUCAAGCCCAGGCACAGGUCUGGAGAGGUUAUUUAAGUUCAUAAAAGUUGAGAAUAAGUCAAAGUUUCAUAGAAUUAUUUUCAUACAGUAUGGCUUAAAUUCAAUAUCAGAACCUCUUCUUUUGAUCCCAUGUACUCCCCCUGUGUUACUGCAAAGGUAAUGGCAGCCAUUGUCUUCCCAGUGCAGUGUAAUAUACAGCAACUCAUCUAGAUCUUCAUAUACAGAUACUGUUUAAGUGUGUUUAAGUGUUCUCUUCGCCAUGAGUCCUCAACCAUUUUUUUUGCAAUUUUUGCACGAUGCAGUUUAUUAAUUUCUCCUUAAAAUAUGCUUGAUCUGCUCAAUUUGUUCACCAACUGCAAAUAUUUAUCUCCUCUUUCUUGAGGUCAGAUGUGGUCACAAGCAAACCAAUUACUAACACUUCCAUACCAGCGUUCUGCAGGGCAAAGGUCCUGACACAGAUAUAAUUAAUUCUGCAGUGGUGAGCUCAUAACACUGAUUUACAUUUGGAGGCACAUUUUAGUGGACUCUCUCAGCGUGAGAUCUGUAAAUGUGGGGCUCUUAUGACCUGAUAUCUCCUGACCAGCAGAACCGCUCACAAAGUUCACCCAUCGAAGCUGGGAAAUGGCCCCAUGCUGCUUCAAAUCCAUGCUUAAAGAUCCUCAUGGUUUUGUAAUAAGUCUACUUGGUUUACGGCAGAGAAAGAGAUCAAAGAAUUAUAGACAGUUAUGGGGUCUUGACACUAAUGUGGUCUGAAAUCCUGACUGCGUUUAGUUCUUAUUCACUGGGGGGUGGGGGUGGGGCUUAUUCCUCCUUAUCGCUGUCAAGUUUUGAUUCUUUAUAACUGUUGAAAAACUCUCAUCCUAAAAUUUAAACUGUUGACCUAAAAUGUUUUGACAUUCUGAUAGAAAGUGUGAGUGGCAUCAGAGUGCUUUUCAUCUGGUUCCAAGCUGUUCUGUCCACGGAUAAAUCCACUGACUGUUUUGGGAGGGUUUGUUUGAAGAAAAUUCAUCUGAUCUGAUUGUGAGGAAUUAGAAAAAGUGAGCAGGGUGGCCACUGAUCGUGAACCCUCAUUUUUUCCUGCUGUAAAAUUACCCAGCCCUGUCACACCACUCCUAAUACAGCCUGAUAGAAAACAGAAACACUUGUCUCUCCGGCUGUCAGAGGACUAAGAGACCAGCUGAUUAGGAUGUUAGUGUUGUGUUAGCUAAGUGAGUUUUACUGUUGAGCAUUCGGAGAUGACUGAUCAUCUGCACACCCUGCAGUUACAGCACGCUAAACAUGCACCAACAUGCAAAAACAGCUCAUAUGCUCGGAAGUUAACAUGUCAGACGGUGACAGUAUUUCCAUUUGCUUGCACCGUCCUCCAUAAUUUUUUCUUUUCUUCCGGCAAUUCUGUUUUACCCAAUACAAUAAUUGUGGAAACACAAAAGGGAGGAUUGGGGGCUUAUCUGGCUCUGCAGGUGUGGUAUUACAGGCUCUUCAAUGAGAAUCAGACCUGUGGUGUGAAGUUUUUAAGCUCCUGCGCUGUGCACAGUAUUCUGUACAUAAUCCCAGUGCACACAGUCUGUUGGAAGUGUGGCACUGACAAGUGACCACUGAGAGGGGGGGUAAGAGGGCUUUUUGAGAUGUUUCUGCUGCUCGAUGCUUAUGGAGUCCAAAUCCAAUCUCUCAUGAGAGCAAUUUUCCUUCUGAAAAAAUCUCAAAUGAUGAGCUGAUAAUGCUUUUAGAGUAGAAAAGACUGAUGUAUUACUGAGCUGAGAAAUGGGCCAUUUUCUUCAAACAAGGUUAUUAUAUAUGAUUAGUGACGUAAUACAUUAAGAUGGAACAUUCUACAAAGCAGGAAGAGAAAUGAUUCUAUUUUCAUCUGUUCUCAUUAUAAAAACUCAUCUACUGUAUUUUUGUACUGCACAGUUAGCAGCUCUGCUGAUCAAAAGUCGGUCCCAAACUUGUGUUAUGUGCUCAUGUAUGUAUUUUCUCCCACAUUGUGUUAUAAAUGAAAACUGAGGAUCUGGACCACUGAAUAUUCAAUGAGUCUUUGUAGACUAAUUAUAAUGUGUGUCUCCAUAAACUCGGGGACUGCAUGUGGUGACUGAAGAAAAUAAAUAGAUUAGUUUCUUUGAUGCAGCUGUUUCUGUCUGAUGAGGGCCUGCGUGAAUAAAAGGAAUCCUCCUCUUUAUUUCUUUUCUAUGAUAAUUUAAACCAACCUCAGUACAUCACAUAAAGCCAAAUCCCUGCCUCAGCAUGAUGAUUACAGAAAACAUAUUGUGUAAAUGUGGAAAAUAAAGGAACAUUUUAUUAGUUUAGGUCAUGUUUACUGUGUUCCCAGAGAGUAAUGAUGUUGAGGGUUUGGGAAUGUCAAGGAGGGGAAAUAUUAAAAUACUCUCGACAGGUUCUUCUCAAAAAAAAAUAAAAUGAAAUAAGUCCAACAUUGGAAAACCAUAGACUGUAUGUACUAUGGACAACUUGGUUUCGCCUCCUGUCAUUAUAUGAAUUUGAAGCUGAAUGCUCUCAGCAUUUUCGUUUUUUUUUCCUCCACUUCCUGGAACCACCACUUGCGCAGUACCAUUGUACACAUUUGGCGGGAGAGUCGCUGUGAUGGCUCAAACAGCGAAUCCCACGGGUGAGCUAUGCAAUCUUCAUACGCCCAUAAGCUGUAUCAAGUGUCAAUCAUAGAAAACAAGAACCCCCUAAUAACUUUUAAAAAUGGAGCUGUGCAGAAAAAGGAGGACUUGAGCACAAACCAGUCUUACAGUAACUACAUAUCAACAUCGCAACCAGGGCGGAGAAAAAUUUAUAUUCUGUGUAAUUAAUUUCUAAAGUUUGUCAACAGCUCCAUAGGGAUUGCUGGAGGAGGCGGGAUUUAUGACCUAUACUGCAGCCUGUCACCAGAGGGUGCUGUUCUUACGUUUGCUUCACCUAGAAAGGAGGCAUACUGCGUCUAUUCUAUAUACAGUCUAUGGGAAAAAACUUAAUCAAAACAAGUCAUGAUAAACGAGAGCUUAGAUAUCUUUGAUCCCAUGAUUGCUUAACGAACAUAUGCAUAAAAAUGAACACUCAAAACCUGCAUAGAAACAGAAAUACACUCCUCUAACCAUACAGAGAUAUUCUCAAUCUCCAAGUCUAACACUAACACAGUAGAUGGCCAGUUUCUUUACAAAUUGAAGAUAAAUGCCUGUUUAUUUUUCACAAUUUCCCCCCUGUAUUUUAGCUCUAAGCUUUAAGCUUUAGAGAGAGAGUAGGGAAUUGGUUUCUGCUCACCUUUGAAACAAUUAGCCCCGAGUCCUAUCCUGAUGGCCAAAUAAACGAAACUGCUCAUGUGUGUCUAUGGAGCUCUGUGAACAUAAAUUAAAUCUUCAAAUAGAAAAGGAAACUUUGAAACUGCUGCAUUUGGUCGUUAUAGAUUUGCACUUAAAUUUGCAACAUUAGUGCAAUCGAUUAAAAGAAAUGAGACCACAAGAUCCAGCUACAAGUAACUCCUGACCUGAAUUUUUAAACAGGAUUUGGUACUAACAAGAAAUUGUCUUUUUGCAACUGCAGAUAGUGAAACCAAUGUUUCAUCACGCAAUGAAUCAACUGUGGCAUUUAUUCUUUAUUGUGCAUUUCUUCCUUUAACUAUUUCUGUCAAGCAGUAAUUAUUCCACAGUAUUGCUCAGGUCUUUGAACAAAUUUGAAGCUAGCGAGACGUGCCAAAGGGGAAAGCUAUCUGUAAUUGGAUCAUGACUGAGAUGGAAACACUUGAUGAAAAUGAUUUCCAAGAAUAAAAGACUUGCAGGGCCACUUGCAAGCGCACAACUGAUUUUGAACCAGCCAGUAUCAUGAGAUCCAGAUAGAAGCUCGCCAGCCAACUUCACUUAAUCUGCUAUUUCUGACAGCCCUGACAUUGUUACAGUCAUGAAAGGCCUGUACUAGGAAACCACACUUUGAGCCUUAGAGCCAGGUGUGUCCAAAAAAUGCACUCAUGUAUCUUCUGUGGUGAUCAGUAAAUGUAUUAUUUUGAUUUACUCUUUUAAAUUUUGCGCAAUUCUUAAGAGAAGGUGCUGCAUGGUUGGCAAAAUAUCCCAACUGUUCUCUUCUUCUUCUCUCAUUAUGAUAAGGUAAAAGUUCCUUUGAAGAAAUUGAUUUAUCAUUAGGUGGAUUUUUGGCUUAUGCACUUGUCCACACUUCAGGCAGCCAAUCAGCACAGCACUUCAUUAUCAUAAUAUACUUGCCCAUAGGACUGGGCGAUUUGGCAAAAAAAAGAAAAAAGAUCAUAUGUUUUGUCAUAUCGUAUGAUCUCGAUUAUUAUCACUUUUUUUUUUUAAACUGCCUGUUUUAAAGCUUCUGUACUGAAGACGAAAUAAACUAGAGAUUAGUUCAACAUUUUAUUAACACACAGAGUAAAUAACAAAGCAAAUUAAAUAAGAUUAAAUAAGACACAUUAGGUAAUUCUGUGUAUUUUUCCUGUUUAUUUCGCCGGCAACUUACAGAAGUGAGCAGGAAAAGCUCAACUCUGAUUGGCUGUUGUCACGCACACUUCCGCCAUGUUUGAUUGUGUAAAUAUGCUCACAGCUAAUCACCGUGAUUGAACUGUAACUUAUCACGAUCAUUAAUCACCAUCAUGUAAACGCCCAGUCCUACUUGCCAACUCAGAUCACUGCAUGAGGUGAGAAAGUUGGAGACUUUGUUUACAUUUUAUUUUCAAAUACUAUUAUAUGUGACCCUUUGAUCGUUAAGAUGGAUUUCGUAAAAGAAACCACUCUAUUUGCAUAAAGUAAAUAAAGUUUUAGAAUGAAAAAAGUCUCAUCAAAGAGUUUAAUUACAGAUCUCUGCAGGCACUAAAUCCCAAGUCAAACUUUUUCCUGAUGUAAUGUUUCUGGGCAUCUCACAGGAGAUGGACGAGAACAAGAAAAACAGCAUAGGGAAAAUGGAUUAUUUGGAAAACCCAAACAAAGCAGUGUUUUUGGCACAUCAGAGUUAUAUUUCAAUCAUGCAAAUGAGCUCGGUUUUGGUAGUUAGUGCGCUGUUGGAGUGUGUAAUUGAAAAUGCAAAAGAUUUCCUCGCAUCAAAAUGUUGAGGAAUGCAUUGACUGGCUGCUAAUCAGAACAGCCUCCACACGUUGAAUCACUGCCUCGAUCUCUGCAGAAUUGAAUCAUUUUAUCUUAAUUAACUGUGCUGAAUCCAUCCAGGUUUGUCAGGGAGCCAAUUUCUUUCAGCAACCCCCUCUCUUCUCCAGCAGGGAUAUUCGCUCUUUCACAGCUUUGAUAAAUAUUUCCAUGUCCAACUGUGAUAUUGAUGGGGAGCAGUGAUGGGAGGAUGGGAUGCUGUCUGUUUACUGUAGCUGCAUGGACUGUUUCUUAAACAGAUCGUCUGCUCUCUGCUGUCAGUGGAGCUGAGGGGACACAUGAGUCACACUUCCUCUCAUUUCAUCUUUACCGCCUUUACCGGCAUUAAUGUGUAUGUUCUCAACUGAAAACAAGAGUUAGGGUUUGACUAAACCGCGGAUUAACAAUUGGAAAAUUCUUCACCACUGAGGCAUCAUUCACUUAUUAUUGUCUGUUUUACAACAACACUGUAUUUUCACUUUAUUUGGUUCUCUAGCAACAGAUUUCCAUGAAUAUCACCCCCAUCAGUGUGAUUUUACAGCUAGAGGAGUGUGUAAGAUUAACAACUUCAUUAGUGUGGUCAGAAUUUUUCACAAGCACUGAUCUCCUGCUGUGAACAUCUGCAACUUUUACUGUCAGACAAUUAUGAAAGAACAAUAUCAGAGGAGAGGGAGAAGAAAGACACCUACAUUUAAAUGACAAAGUGGAUGGUUUUCUUGCCAGUGUUAGAAUAUGAUUCUUUCAUUUGGACACGUCUUUAUUGAGUGAUAACUCUCAGAAACUGCAGGCAAUUGUCUCAAUGCGGAGCAAUGAAAUUAAAUCAUCUUUCCCAUCUGGUGCUACUGCCCACACUGUUUCAAAAAGAAGGAUUCACAGCUUUAAUAUCUUGCAGCACUUAUGUACCCAGCGAUAAUUGCUGUGUUUUUAAGUCUUUAAACAACUAUAAGUAGGGAGUUUAAUGUGAAUUGGGUGUUUGCCUUGGCCAUAAAUUUACAAUUUACAAUUUUGUUGAAGCAAUCAGUGCUUAAGGGACGUGUCACCCUCCAGUAUCUAUAUUGUAAAUUGAUUUACUAAACAGAGAAAAUAGGAGGUUUAAAAUGCAGAGUCUGAAGCCUCAAGCCAAAAACCCAUGGGAUCUGUGUUGAGCACGUAGCAGCAGCAUAUUGAAACCUCAGUCACUAUACAGAAGACGUGUACAUGAACAAGUAACAUGAUUUUAAAGUUCCAAGUUUUUCAGGUUUAGAAUAUGUACUGUUUUCCUGUGCUGUUACCUUUAGACAGAGUUAACUAGAAGUCUUGUUGUGGUCCACAUGGAUCAGGGUUUGGCCAUGGUUGUUGUGUGUUGAUGAUAAAUCUAUAACCAGGAGCUGUGUCUUAUCUGCACGAACUGAUAAACAGUUGGGAGUUCACAGAUGGUGUUUUAUUUUGGAAUAUAUCCAAUGACAUGUGUGACAUCCUGUCUGGAAUGAUCUUGACAUGUGCUUGCCGCUUGCUCCAUCGUAAAUAGACUCAGUGCAGAUCUUAAGCAAAGCAGUACACAGAGACGCUUCUGGGAUGUAGCUGAGAUGCACUGUGACGCAUCCUGUUUGCACUGCUGUGUAGCACACAACACCGAUGUAAUGCACCCAACACGCAUCCUGUGGGUUUUAGGCUUUAGUUGUAGUUGGAUUAUUACAAAGGAGAAAUCUUCCAGUUUUGUUCAGAGGUCACAACAGACCAGACCACUCAAAUUGUUAAUCUAUACUUGAAUUCACCAUCCUGACAUCCUCUGCAGGGUAACCAAGCUGUUUUCAAAUAUUUUCCAUAAAAUAAACAUAAAUUUAAAGUUUUCAUUUGAUGUGAGUUACAAUUGAAAUGCAUCAGCCUGUGUGUAAUGAAUCUAUAUUAUGCAAGGUUUACUUUUUGAAUUGGGUUACUGAAACAAAUCAACUUUUUGGUGAUAUUUUAAUCCAUUGAGAUGAAAGUUUCUGAUCUGCUCAGCACUGAGUGAGAAAUUAAUGCAAGAAGGAUUAACUUAAAUUGUUGAACACCAAAUCAUAGCCAUAGGCGUAGUAAAGCAUUACAAUUACCUGAAUAAAUGAGUGUCAAUGCCAGUAGUACCCUGAGUUGAAUGUGUAAGUAUGUGGUCUCUAAUUAUUAACACUUUUCUUUAUGUGAUAAUUUUAAUUUGUUUGGAAGCUGCCGUUGCUCAAAAUAUCCACCAGUGAAGAUUUUAAAAUCAUGUUUGACAAAUGUAGUCUUCAUUAUCAAAAUGUGGUCCACAGCCGACUCACAAUCAUUCAUCCUGAAACAAUUAUUCAUCUUUGUUAUUUUCUUUAUAUUAACAAACAGGAUGAUGGUUCAGUGUGCGAGUGAGCCAAACUUAAAUGAAGAUCAGAGAGAAGACAGCCUAACUGCUUUGAAAAGCAUUUGGGAUUUUUAGACACGCUGCUUUUUGAGCAUUUUGACAAGUUGUAAUUACCUAAUGUUGUUGUGUUGGAGAGAGGGAGGCCGUGUACAAAAAAAACAAGCCAUGCUGUCUGCUUGCCAGUGUACAAAUAAUUGCUUCAAAAAUGCCUUUAACCAUAUUUUAACAAAAAGUAAAAUCACAGACUGACAGUGCCUGGAUAAACUUUUCCUCACAGCCUCAAAAAUAAAAACGAGACAAAAACAGGUUUUUUGGCACUGGCCCUGACUGAAACUUAAAAUAAAGUAUGCUGCAAGCGUCCCUUUGGUGUCUCUCCCACACUUGAAGCUUGCCUAAAUGAAAGACAAAUGUGUCUAAUUAUCCAGACAGCAGGUGCAGAAAAAUGGUUGGUUUUGGCAGCAGGGAGCAUCUCCUCUGGCGAGCUGUAAAUAUUGACUGUUGAGGAUUGGCCGUAGUGUGAAGAACGCAGCAGGAGAGAUGACUGAUUGUGACAGUGGCUGUGACAGCAGCUGUACACUUUGUCUCAUAUAAAGUCAGUGAUUGAAAACAGAUUUACUUCUCGUCAGUGUUUGUUUGUGUAAGUGUUCCCCUCCCUUUGUGGUUGCAUGUAGACAAAGUUGUUUUAGUGUCUGUGAUGCCUGCUUGAAACACAGGUUUGUGUAAAUAAAGUAUUUCCCUUGUGUUAAAUGCAUGUAUUUCCACACAGAACACACAAAACAUACCUGAGUCUACAUGUUUUAUGUGUGUGUAUUCAUAAUUGACAGGGCAUCAGGCUUUACUGUAGGCGGGUGACACUGCAGAGUCGCUAAUAUAUUGCAGACAGGGGCUGACUUGAGGGAGUUGAGUUCCUAUCUCUCUAAGGUUUAGCUGCCGGCUGAGAUGAAAAAGGAAAAUAAUGAUAAAAAGAAGUUAAAAAAAAAAAGGGAAGAAAGACAGAUGGAGGUGUCAGGGUUUAAAAAAGGCACAAAAACAGACACAUAGGGAGGGAGACAGACAAAAAUAAAAAGCUGUUUGAUCAGAAAAUGUCAUCUCUCCUCUGCUUGCACUCCCCAAAUGAGCUUUAUUUCAAGUUAAAUGAAAAGUAAUGCACUUUGGGAAAUGAAAUGAAAUAAAUUUAAUAUAUGCGAGCAGUAACAUAUUCAGAAAUCAAAAAUUUCUACAUUAGUCUGAUCAAGACCGUGCCCUGCUGUAAAUGUCAAAAGGGAGGCCAGAAGUGAAUCUGUCUAGAAAACUCAAUACAUUCACAAGCAUAAAAAUCAGCCUCAUUCAUGUCCCCAUGUAUUAUUAAUAUGUCAAAACUCCAUUUGAACAUGAGCUCUUUCAUUCAACACGCCACUUGAAAGGCAGAGAAAAUGUGUGUCUGACUCACAAGCUGUCUUUGGUGUUUUGCCUCCAUUGUACUGCCAUAAUCAAUCACACUCAAGUCUUGGAUGGGCUUAAUUCAAACCCCUGUUACAUCUUCAUUAAAGCUUUGCUCCAGAUGCUAAGUUUUAGAGGCUCUUUUUAGUCCCGUAUUGAUGUUGGAAAUCACUGUGGCUCCAGACUCUUUUUACAUGGGAAUAGAAGAUGUCGCAGACGGGGAUAAUGUCAUUAAAAAGUGCUUGAUCAAUGACAGUUUUGACGGUUACUUAAUGACAUACAUUUAUGGAAAGUGAACCUAGAGUAUUUACCAUCUUAAGAUGGUUGGAGCAUGACAUCCUUCAUUAAAAUGAUCUAUUGCACAUUUUCACAGUUCUAGCCCUACUCGUCUCUAUUGACUUCAGUUUUUUUUUUUUUUUCCAUUGCAUUUGAGUACCAUCUCAACAUGGGUGAGGCCAUCAUAGCAAGGUGUCCUGAAACUCCCAUGACGUCAUUUGUAUGUGACACAAACAUAACCCAAAUGCACUGCUGCUGUCGCCUUGUGAAUUAGUUGCUCUCAUGACUCAUACAACAAUGUCUGUUUAUGUCACAUUUAUGAUUUGACUCAGUUCAUUUGGAACCCCUGCCAAGUAGGCACUAAUAUGUACCUGGUAGCAGGUGCUACCACCUAAUGGAACCCCCCCCAAAAAACGAGUAGAGUUGAGUGGAGACUAGUAGGUGCUUGUGGAAAAGCACUAUAACAGACAAAACAAAAGCUCUCUUGAGCUCUUAUUGUUCACUGGGAUCUCAUGGGAAGGCGUAUUUAAAGUUAAAGAAUAGCUACAAUCCAUAACCCUAACUCAUUACAAUAUUGCCUCGGAAUUAGAAAAUCAAAAGCACUUUUUUUUCUAAAUGUGAAGGUAAAAAUCUGACCAGAUUUUUUUUCUUUUUUUGAAGUUGGAGGGAAAUCGUAACUGUGUCUGUAUUUGUUCGACUCUUUCAUUGUCCAUUUCAGAGUCCCGAUGUAACCAUCCAGCUCUGAGAUAUCAGACAUAUUUGACUAAACCCUUUAUACAGCUUGAUCAUCUAAUUUGAGAAUGCAGACCAAGGAUCCUGUUCAUUCACCACUUAUCAGUACCCCGAACUCUUGUCAGCAGGAAUUAGCUUGAGGCAGAAUUUGUCAGAGAUGUACAAAAGUUUUUUUUCAGCUUUAGAGGGAGUUAUACAAAAUCUGCUGCUGCCUCCUUGAUUUAAUAAUGCCAGUUUUAACUCAAAAUAAGUUUGAAUAUAAAUAGAAAGUGAUCGACGAGACAAAUACAUCCCAGUGGACAAGUCUGCUAGAGGCUAAAAGGUUUGAGGCGACAUGAACUGUUGGGAGACCAAGACAGAACUGUUGAUAAUACAUGCAAUGAAGAGGUGGUCUCCAAACAGUGCUGAGACUCUGAAAGUUAUUUACUGACAGCCGUGUUCUGCCUUUAGGGCUAACAGAAUAGAAAAUGCAUUAACACACACACAAACCAUAUUGCAUUCAGUCUAAGUUUGGAUGAUGUCAAAUGAACUACAAUCCCGCUGGUUUAUAAAGGGCAUAUUUCACAACUUCAUGUCAUAUUUAUGGAGACAGCAUGGAAAUACAACUUUUGAAGCCCCAGGUCACAGAGGUGGUUAAAGCAAGUUUACCCCAGAAGCUGAGGGAACAUUAACAGCAGUGGCUGGCAGUCAUGGUGGUCAGGUGGGUGGGCCAACCAAUGCAUCAUACAGAUACCAAGUUAAUACAUCAUACUAAUACAACAUAACAGAGAAGGGUUAUUCAGUGCUUCAUGUCUGCUUUUCCCUAUAGGACAAAGAAGAGGUGAUUUAAUACUUGGAAGUUUACUCAAACACUCUUCUAAUGUUACUGUUGUUGUAACAUUAGUCGCUGUUUCUGGUUGACCCCAUACAACUGUCAACAACAACAGCAGGUCUGUGCCAGAUGUCAGAAGUGGCUACAACUGCUGCUGGGCAUUUUCGAGCACAAAGUACAAAGUUCAGAUGAGGUGCACGCUACUCCUCUUCUUUGGGGUUUUUGUUCGAGGUUUACGGGGGCGUGGUGCACACACAUGUGCAUUGUCCAGUCAUACUCCAGCUAUGCUGGGUACAUGUACAUGGUAGAGAAAAUCGAAUUCCAAUCGUAUUAUCUGGGUGUCUCCACUGGAGUUCUCAAACUUCGAUUAUAGUCGGACUAAGGUGUUUACAGGCACCUCAGUUGUCCAGUCUUAGUCGGAGUAAGGAAAUACUUUGGUUUUCUCGAGUGUCAUGUAAACGUACUGUGUGAAAAGGGCCAGUUUACAUAUAUUGUUUACUUCUCUGAGACUUUAGAGUUCUGUUACCAAAAAUGAGAAAAAAAUCAAAAUAUCUGUUGUUAAUUAUAUAAAAAGAAAUAGCCUUGGGCAUGGCCUUACCAGCCCAUUUAUACCAGCGGUCCCUGGCGUUCAGUGACUCUCAGUGGAUUUUUCAUGUGUACUUGUUUAAAUUCUCUAGUAACUGAUGGAAAGCUCUGUUUGGUGGAAUUACUAAGAGAGAAAAAAAUAGGUUGAAGGAAAAAAACAUUUUUCUGGUAUCACAGCUUGGUGUGUGUGUGUGUGUGAGUCCCCUUUGUUGUCUCAUGUAAACUUUUAUUCUCAACAGGAAGAUAGAGUGGCACAGAAGCCACCAGGGCUUUGUUUGUGUGCGUGUGUGUAGGUGUGUGUGUUUGUGUCAGAAAGAGAGGGAAAGAGAGAAAUUGCAAGACCCCUCAAUAUCACAGAGCAGUGUUUGCUGUCAGCUCAGCAGCAGUGUGGUUUGGAAAGAAACUCCUCUAAAAGGAGCCGAGCACAUAUUCGGGUCGUACAAAUGUGAAUCCCACUGAACAGCUCCAUGUUUGUUUUUGGGUAUCUGUACAUAUCCACAAACAACUGCAUGCAUCUCACAUUUCACCAACACACGGACCUCUGUAUGCUUUCACACAACAACCAAGAGGCUGUGGAUGCACACCCAAUCUCAUUGACAGCAGACCCCCUUCAAACAGAAACUGUGACCUUUGAAUCCACCUCAUCUCUGCCUGAAUGAGGAGUGUGAAACAUCCUGUGUGGCUCAGAAAUGAGUUUGCAGUGAUGCUGAGUUGAGAAUAAGGGCCCUGGAGAGAUUGUCAGCUAUGAGCAGCGUCCUUGUGGAGAGUUGAAGCCACUGAUGUGUAUCUGCUGUCAGACUGUAAUGUGCCGUUAUAGAUGGGUGCUUCUGAAGGUUACUGCAGUUUAAGGCCUCCACAGGCUCGUAAAAUAUCUUAAAAAGUCUUUCAUUGUACUUUGUGUCAAUGUUUUGUGCUGCUUGUUGCACAUAAUUGUUCAAAGAAAAAAACGGGACACAACAAUCCAGCCAAAAUGCCAAUUGAAGCUUUUCAUGUGGUUCCUUUGAGAAGUUUUUCGGUGCUUAUAAAAAGUGUUGGAAAAGUUCUUAAAAAAUAGAAUUUAGUUUGAUUUCUAGUCAUUACUGUUAAAAAAAAAAAGAAUUAUGUGUUAUGUUGCAAAAAUAGUCAGGUACUUGGGAAAUUAACUUAAGCAAUUCUACAUUUUUGCUCCACUACUUUUAAUUAGGAAUGAUAAUAAAUUAAUAAUUAACAUCCUGAGAGUUGCCUCUAUCUCUCACCUUUUAAAAGUAUAUAUAAUGAGCAUUUGACUGUAAAAAGAUAGAAUGUGACUUAAGGUCCUUUCACACCAAGACCAUUUUUAUCGUGCAAUUAUUUCAGAUGUCGAUAUUUUUCCAAAAUCGCAUUGCGCUUGAUGUGUAUAGUCAGGCGCUCCAAAAUUUGCCUCAGAAUAUUUCGUAAUUUCGUGUCAGAUAUGUGUGUCGGUCCUGGUGUGUAAGGACCUUUAGUCUGAAAAUACCACUUUGCAGGGGUCAAGAUCAGUUUAGGGCAUCACUUUAUCCACAGGAGGCGCCAAAAUCAACACAAAAAUAAAGCUCCUGGUUGAUGCAUUAAAUGAGAUCUGGCUGUUUUGUACUGUUGAUAUAAUUUUGUAUUGAGAGUAGUUGUAUUUUGUACUUUAAGAUUUGGCAGAGACAGAUAUUAUCACUUUUAAAACCAAAACAAUGUUUUUAAAUGUAAAAACUCUAAACUGAUAUUCAAUUUUGUGCCGGAAUCUGUGUCAAGAAAUUUAAGUUUUGCUUUGGGACUAGUUUUGGCUCUUUCGGUGCACCGGGGCUUCUAGUUGUUCAUUUUAAAUCACUGUUGUGUCAGUGUGACGAAGAAUAACUGUGCUUUUAUCUUCGGUGGCUCUUACUGCUGAAGUGAGAAUAUAAAAACCAGAGCUUUUGAGUGGCCUGGAGGGAGCAAUGCCAAGCUGCCAAGAGUUUCGAGGCAUGAUGCCCAAUAUGAAGCUUGUGAACGACUCAGCUGGGUUUGUUAAAAGACCGCUAGCCAUUGAAUGUGAGCCUGAAGUAAGGACAUUUGUGGGAAAUCAGCUGCAGUUACUGAUGAAAAAAGAGAAAAAAGGAACAUCACACUCCUUGUUUUUGUCCUCGGUGGACUUUCUGUCUUGCUUUUUUCGCCAUCUGCACUAGUUUAUAUUUCCUCCUGGGAGCCGCGAUCAAAGUCAAGGGGGAUCUUUGCUUUAACAGGGCCUGUGUAAUUACAAUGCCACACACACACUGUGUGAAAUUUAAGCAAACUAACAGAUAGAGAGUUCUCCUGUGCCGGUAUUUAGGACAGGUCAUUAACUUUGAAUAGAGCCUCACUUUUAGUUUCUAGUUUGGUUGGUGCUGCUGAUAAUAUCAGGUUCAGAUUUUAAUUCAUGCUCACCAACAAAAUGCAUUUGCCUGAACUGUUCUUGUCUGCCCAGUCAUGUGUUAUGAAUACCAAUGCAUGUAAGCACAAAUGUGGCCUUACUUAAACAUGCUAAUGGAGAAGGGAAGCAUACGUGCAUGCAACAGCUACACAGAGGAACAACCCAGCUUACAUAUUUUAUUCAAAAACUCUUUAUGUUGAGAAAAUAAGGUAAAAAAAAGAUAGUUUGAUUGCUUAUACAUUCAUAGAUGACUUAUUAAUGAUUAACCAGACACUAAAUUAGUGCAAUUUACAGCCUUAAACCCAACAAUAUGACAUUAAAACAGAGUUAAGACUUUCUAAUGAAAGCUUUACAUCAGUGAAAAAUAGCAGCUGUGUGAACAUGAUGAAGAGAAAAAGCUGAAAAGGCAGCCACAUUAUUUCUCUUCAUACUGCUGUCCCCACAAGUUAGUGUAUGUCGUCUUUGUUUGGAAAGUUAUGUUAGCUUCAGUAUAUCAUUUUUUCAGUCUUGCUCAGGUAAAUUUGUAGUCAGUUCAAGGCCAGCAUGAGGUUCCUCCAGUGGAAUGCAGAAUCAAGAUUAACCUUAAGAAAUGAGUUUUCUGAAUCAUGCAUCUAUAAAAAAAUGAAGCAUUUUUAGCAGGGCGGAUAAGCUGUUAGUGACAUAAAUAAGGUGGAUUUAAGACAUGCCGAGGCUCAAAUGAGUGUUUACACUCUUCAUCUCUGGCAUCCAUGAAAAUGUUUGUGUCAAGCUUUGACUGAGGCCAACCUGUUAUUUUAAAUAGUCAGAGGUGAGACAGGCAUUCUGUUUGUUUUUUCAACGUACAUUUAGUAGGCUUAAAGGGAUAUUUCGGCAUAAGUUUAAGUCAUGGUCAAACACGCCAUAACACCAAGUUAGACACCCCCUUGAGACGCCGACUUCAUCAACAGUACAUAUAGGGUCCCAGCCAUAGAACUAGCCAUAAAACAUCUUUUUAGCUUUGCCUGGUUUCUUGAGCAAAGAGACUGAACAUAGCUUACCCACUCCCUUGUUUGUGGGGGGAGCCCUGACGAGUAGAUCACCAAGUGCAGUGGAGUUUUGCAGCUCAAGGAAGAACAUUUAUGAUUAUAACUUCAUGGAAAUGCAAUCACACUGAGAUGUUAAGGCAGGAGAACUACUGAGCUUGCAGUGCACAUACAAGAUACACAAGAACUCUGAUUGCAUUUCCAUGAAGUAAUAGUCAUAAAUUUUCUUCCUUGUGCUGCGGAACUCCGCUGCGCUUGCUAUCGUGUGGUUGUUACUGAAGUUGGUAUCACUAAGGAAGCAAGCAGUCGGCAACACUCAUCUCUUGAGGGAGUGUCUAACUCGGUGUUACAGUGUGUUUGACCAUGAUGUAAACUUACGCCGGAAUAUCUCUUUAAGCAAGCAAGCACUGGCUCACCGUGUUGCAUUUCCCGAUGAGUGGAAGGUAAAAAAAAUUACAAAAAAAACUUUUCGCAGACAUGUUUGCAGUAGCUAAGAAAAUCCACAGCUUGCAACUUUUUAGAUUAAUAGAUAUUGAGCAAAAUAGAAUAAAUUAUGAUAUUUUGUUAAUAUAUCAUCAAUGGUUGCUAGGAAAACUCAAACUACUCAGCAAUCUGUAAAUGAAUGAAUCAAGUUUGAAUAACGCAGACAAAACAAGUUACAGCUUCAUCAGCUGCAAUGAAAAAGUGAUGGACAUUUUAAUACAUGAAAGCUUUUUAGCCAAAUUAUACUGUUAUCACGAAGUAUUAAGUUCAUAUGUGUAGAAUGCACAGUUUUUUUGUCUUUUUCUUGGAGGGAAAAAAUGCAGUUACAAAGGUUUACGCAAAGAGCAGUGAUGUUUUUUAGUGUAAAAAUUGUCGGUCAAAAGAUUUUUGAGCUUUUAUCCCUGAGCUACUCUUAUUCAGCGUGCACUCAGGUGCAAGAGAGUUGCUAUGGUAACUGGGACAGUCACAAAAAAUCCCUAGAUUAUAAAAAAAAUUAUGUUAUAUUAUACACUUCUAAACAUAAAUACACAUGACCUUCUUGUGAAGAAAAACCUGCUUUGCUCAAAUAUUUCCGGAGAAGAGGUUUUUCAAAGUUAUUGAGCAGAUGCUAUGAACACAUUGUAAGAAGAGAUCAUUAAGAAUAUAUGUGUGUGUGGAUGGGUGUGGGUUUGGGGUCAGUCCUUUAUUGUGAGUUUGUGAUCAUGUGCCUGAUCUGCGGUUUAAGAUUCUCCCACCUCACCAUCUUUUUCCCUAACCCUGUCAUUAUGGAGCUUGCGAAGUCCUUAAACUUGUGUGAAAUGGGGACAGAGAGGGAAACAAAAAAAAAAAAGAAAAAGUCUCAUAGCUCUUUUCAAGUAAUAUAUGGGAUACGUCGCAGGUACUCAAUUCCUUGGGCCUCUGUAUCACAUGUUUCUACUAUGAAUGAUGAACCAAAGACUGUCAGUAAAGGGCACUUUAUGAUGUGAAGCAUUAUUUCAUGUCUGGUUAUAAAAAAAUGAAGAAUCUCUGAGAGGCUUUUCCUCUGCAAAAACUCAAGGCGGCAUGAGGUAAUUAUUCAACUGAACCAUUCGUAGCUUCUCUUACUCACAAAAUCUGACGGUAGAGGGAUUUUUUCUGUCAAAUAAAACUGUGUCUGAGCAAUGAUUGGAAAUGAUAGACAGUCGUUCCCUAAGCAUCGUCAUUUCCAUUCCCCUUUCCACCAAGAAUAUUCAAGGCUGUGAAAUUCUCUGUGGCACUUAAGGGGGAGGAUAUAGGAAGAGAAAUACAUGCCGUUGGUGUAGCUGGCUGCAGGGGAAAGCCUCAGAAUUCAUCUCGUUUCAGAGUUUGUGAUCAGUGAGAUGACGGUCUGCUCUCUCCCUCGUCUCCUCCUGAAGCGUGCAGUGGAGUUCCUCAGGCCACAGAGAGCAGACUCCUCUCUUCCAUGCUGUUUACCACCUCACCGCUGUCACGGGACAGCUACUUCUCUGAGUGCCAAAAAACCAGCACAGUCCACUGUGUCUGUGCCAGAGGGGGUCUCAUGAGUGCGCCCGUGCCUCAGUGCUAAAAAAUACAUCAGGGUUACUCUCAGAGAAAUCACAGUUAGGGCUGUGCAGGCUAAACUUUAUCAUCCAUAGGUUGACCAGUGAGGGUACAUGCUGGGUAAAAACCAAAAGUCAUGUUUUGCCUGAGGCUGGAUGGUUGUCUCUGAAGACUAGCAAGUACCUUCAAGCUCACACGGUUACACAUACUCAAGACUGGGCUCUUAGACACACACAAAUACACAAAAAUAGUUUUUCUUAGCUGCAUUUUUUUUCUUCAUAUUUAAUCAUUUAGAUAUCUUUGAGCAUAUUUAGGGGAAUGCUUAAGUUCAAUCUUCACUGCUUAACUGCUCAGACUCACCAUCAUGUGGUCACUUUUUCUUCAGCUCUUUUAUUCACGACACUUUUUACCGAUUUAAAUGUUCAUAAUAAAAUGUUUGAUUUCACCACAUAAUGCGCCUUAUAGUCCAGUAAAUGUUCUUUGAAUGGAGGACUAGAGAAAGCACAUUAUGAAUACAGUCCAUUUACUAUUAACCUUGAGGAAAACUGCAUCUGUACCUUUCCAUACUAAGCAAUCACUCAAACCCCCCCCAACCAUUUUUUUCCCCUUUUCUCUAACAUAAUUUGUGUUAUGGUUGGGUUUGUCUUUUAUGACUUCAAGAGCAGCUGCAGUCAUUGAUGCUCAAGGUCCAUUCACUUUCUUACAAUGCCGUUAAUGCUAGAACAUUACUCACCCCGCAUUUAUUUAUUUAUUUAUGUAUGUUUUUUUUUUCUUUUUCUUUUUUUUUUUGCAAACUCAUUGCAUUAUUCUGACCUGCCUGACUGCCUCAGAUUUCAUAUAUUCAAACACACACACACACACAUAUGCACACAGACUCAGACCUGUUUGUGUACAACACUGAGUAAAGCUGAAAUGGAUUCACUUGGAUAUGAUUAAGUUGUACCCAGAGUCAUUGUUAUUUAUGAGACAGGUCUCCCUCUGUCUCAGCACACCACCACAUCAUCUGUCAAUGUCACUCCUGCUAUUUGAAUCCCUUUCCAAGUGUUCUUACUUCACCAGGAAAGAGAGAGAGAGAGAGAGAGAGAGAGUCACAUUGUGGCAGUAGGUUUCAAAUGACUCUUGCAGAGUCCACACGGUUCAAGUCGAUGUCUUGGAUUGGCCCCUGUGGGCCCUUUGUAGAAAAGGCUAACUGCUGCUCUGCUCAGUACAUUUGGCCCUGUUCAUUCAAGAGCUCUCGUCUCCGCAUUCAUCUCAUCGAAACAACCACCAGCACCUCAGUGACUCUCUGCUUCAACAUGUGCCUCUUCCUUGUCUGGAAACAGCACAUAACUGUGGGCCCACAGGCAACAGGUAGAAAUAAAGUGUCAUAAAAAGACCGUCCAUGCCCCAUGUGUGUCGGUAAGGCUGAAAGCUCUGGGGCUGUUUUACCUUCUGCAACCAGCAGAUUGUUUGUGUUGCUGUUGCUUACAAGCAACUCUGAUACACAGGAGGACAUGAUCUCUGGACAUAAAGUGGGAAAACAAUUCUGUGUGCAGAUGAAUACAGUAUUUCCAAUUUAACCAAAGCUCAACCAAGAUGUUAAUCAUUUUAUAUUCAUAACAGUUUUCCUGCCACACUCAUAGAGAUUAUUGAGGAUAGCUUUUAAAUGUCACUUUUUUAGCCGAUAUCUUUCAGAUCUAACAGAGGUAACUCAUAAAAUUAUGUAUUGUCUCUUUAAUGCUCUCAUAAGGAACUUUUGCUUUUUAUCACUUUAGAAAGCUGCUGUGGGGAACCACGGUAAUCUUAACACUUUUCCAAUCCCAAUUUAUCGCUCCUUUUUUUUUGACAAAAUACUCCCUCCUUCUUUCUUUUUAUCAUUUAUUGGGAUAGCUUUUGGUAAAAGUGUAAAGAAAUGCUGUUUUAUAUGGUUUGCUGUAUCAUCUAAUAAAACCUAAAAUGUAGUAACUGGGCGAUAAUGUAACAAGAUCCUGAGCCCAAAACGUAACUUUUUUCCUAAAAUGAAUCAAUUUGUUAAAUUUUUGGUCAGUUAUUAGAUUUUGGGUUUCAUUACAUUUUUUAAUCACAUUCCAGCAUCAACACUUUUGUAACAUUAUUGACAAAUUAUUACAUUUCGGGUCAUGGUUACAUAUCGGACACUUACAAGGCCGACCUGCAGCAGACCUGCCAUUUGUUAAAGCCCACGGUUAGCACCAGACCGCUGAGUUUGUGCAGUGUGUGCAUUAAAAACUACGUCUACAGGAGGUGGUCUCUCAGUAUGUCUAAGUGCAGGCUGCCCACCUAAUCAUGAGAUGGAAACAGUAUCGGCAUCUUGGCAAGCCUUUUGCUCCAUUUGCUGAACAAACAUUUUUUUUCCCUUAAAUGUUUGAGUAGGUAAAAGCUACAUUUAGGUGUGCUGAGCUUUACUUACCCAGGUUUAAACCAGGGUAAUAUUAAUUUAUCCUUUGUGUCUCCAGUUAUCAACUUAUAAGACACAAAAUUUAAAAAAGGUAAAUAAACAUUAUUAUUAUUAUCAUUAUUUUAAUUUUAGAUGAAAACAAAUAGAAGCUCAGACAAACAAUUUACUCAGUCUUGUUGCUGAUAUCUAAGCGGCAUUGAGCUGUGCCUCAUACAUCUUGGUUGGGUCAUGAAACUUAAAUUCCCCUCAUUUCUCUGAAAGGAGGAAAUUUGAUUCCACCUAUCGAUUGCUGCAUAAAUGUGUUGCCUGGUGAUGAAAGAUGAGGUGUGCUUUGCUUUCAUGUGAUCUGAUUAACCUCAAGCUGGGAGCAGCCUCUCUGAUCCGCCCUGCUUCUCCUGGAGUGUCAGGGGGCACGUGACGGCCACUUAGUGCGAUUAGAGUUCCAGCGUGUUUUGUUUGUGUUGACACAGCAGACGGGACAUUUCACUGACCCGGGAGUUGAAAUACUAGACACCAAAAAUGGUUUGUUUAAUGUUGCAGUUUAUUCAGGGUUAAAAGAGGCACUUGACAUUUUCUUUGGCUUUUUCUUGUGCAGCAGGGAUUUAUAUUGAGGGAUUUUUCUUUGACAGCCAAGUAUCAUUAUCAUGAUAAUAAGUCACCACUGCUUGAUCUCAUUUGGAAAAUGGUAAUCAAGCACAGUGAUUGUGUUAAAUUUGAAAGCUCUCCUUCUACUUGUCUCUGCAGAGAAGACAUUUUUUGAUGAGGUUGUUAGACCUCCUGACUUUGCCAAUAGCAUUGUCCACACCUGAGCAAACUGGCAUUUAUACUAAGCCAACCAGUUGACAAAAAAAAGCCAAUUAACUCCAGGUUUUUGUGACUGAAAUUUGGAAAACCAAAAAAAAACUUGAUUUUAAUCAUUACUGGCUCCACUGAUAGUGACCUCAAGGUCCUCUGAGCAGGGGAAAGCCCUCAAAAGAGCAAAUGUUUUACAACAGGAAAUGCCACAAAAAGAUCAGGUCUUUAGAUUUAACCUGGUGGACUUUUAAAAUUGGGACAUCAAGCGUUUCUUAAAUGUCAUCUUUGGAAGAUAUGAAACAAAACUGGCCUCUUCAGUAUGUGGAAGUGGCAAAGCUUUGGCACAUUUUUUUAAAUUCUCUUACUACUAAAAGUGUUCUCAGUGGUCUUUAAAUUGUGAUUGUGUUUUUAGCCAAAAUCACGUUACCUGUGUCAUUUUCAAGGAUCUUUCUUCUGCAGAGCUCCAGUAGCUCAUUAGCAAUUCGCCUCAGAGUCGUAGGCGAAGACAGCACUGCUCUGCACACUCCUCUUCACGCUACCUUGUAACCUAACAUUGUUGGUGUAGUAGAAGUGGCAGGUAACAUAGGCGUUAUUCAGCUCUUGGACACUAAUGUCUUUGGGGACAUGAUGAAAGUUCAUAUUUUAGCCGACUGCGAGGGCGCUUACACUGGGUAAGGAUUAAAAUAAAGAACAAUACAAACAGUAGUCUUUUCGUGUCGGCAGCAGUGUCCACUCUGUUUAAUUUCUCACUCUUUUCACUCGUCAACUCAGACCCUGUUAACAACAACAACAACAACUUCCAGUAUUCCUUGUUCAGCAAUUGUCCUCUCUAUUUCUCUGAGUCUGGCCUGCAUAGCGGGGCUCAGGGGGCGAAGCUUGGAUUUGCUACGUACGAAAUCUCACUGUGUCUGAGCCUGCCGUUUGGGUCUGCCAAAGAUUCACAGCGAUUUGAAUUCAGAAAUACUUUUCUCAUGAUAUGUCCUGUAGUGUCAGAAAAAUGCCAAAUGGACAUGUAGACAACAAGAAAAACAAGAUUUUCAUCAGAGUGGGUCUGUAAUGGCUUUGACGAAAAUAAACCAAGUAAGACUUAAAUUGCUAAUUAGAUAUCUUCAUAAAUGCUCUGUGUCAUCACACUGGGUUUUUUAUAAAUAGAAGUCCUCAGACUUUCCUGUGAAUCUGUCAUGGACCGAAAUAAAGGAGUAUGUGCUAAAAAAUGGAUGGGCAGACAGAUGGACCAGAUUUAGACUUCCUAAAGCAACCUUGCCAGCAACCACUGGUUUUCUAUUAUUGAGGGAGAAAAGACAGUGAGAGUAGCAUGGGUGAACUCCUGUACAAGUUUUUCUGUAGUCGGCCCUGCCAGUGUUUCACUGUGUGUGUGUGUGUGUGUGUGUGUGUGUGUGUGUGUGUAGCUGCAGUCUAAUUUUAAACCAAAUCAUAAGGGUUAGGACCAUGCACUUCAUCUCCUGUGCUCUAAUCUUUGAUUUCCCUCCUCAUCUCCACCUCUCACUUGCCUCUCUAUCCCCUCUUGCUGUUCCUCUCCCCACCUCCAUCAUUCCUGUCUCUAUAGAUUCCAUCUAAGUGAAUCUGUUUGAUCAAUUACUGAAAUCAGGCCAACUUUAUGUGCUUCAUCGGGGAGUGGUAGUAGGAUGCACACAUGGUAGGGGAUUAAGAAAGGAUGAGAAGAGGAGGAGGAGGAGGAGGGAGUUGAGAUGAAGGGAUUAUAUUUCUUGGGUGAAGUUUUAUUCCAGUCACUAGAGAUGAGAUCAGGUGAUCGUAAGAGACUGAUGUAAAGCAACACAUGGCUGUCAUAGGGAUACAUGCAGUAUAAGACAUAAAAUGUUAAUGUUAGAUGAAAGCUGUUGUAAGAAUUCAACAUACUCUGAACAUAUUUUAUUUUGGAGCCCCCUUGGCUCACUUUACAUGAAUAAUUAUCAAAAACUCUAAAUACUGAGUAGAAGAUAGGGAAUAUCUGAAGAUGAGACCUGUCCAGUUUCUUUGCACGUUUGAGAUGUGAUCAGAGCCAUCAGCUUAUGUCCUGAGGGGUUGGCUGUGCCCAGAAAUGCCCCCGCAAAAGUUUACAGCCUGGAUUUGGCACACGAGUUGAAGAUUCCAGCAUGAAUUAUUCCUGCACACAGCGGCACAUGAUGUGGAAACUAACAGGCAGCUCAGGGCUUCAGAUCACACCAGCUUUCCCUCUAUAGUUAUAAUGACCUCUCGGUGUCACAGUAAGGGACAUAUUACAAAUCUUAAAUUACAAAUUGCAACAUUAUUUUUGGCAGUAAUGAGGUAUUUAGUUUAAUCUGUGUCAUGGUAAGUGGAAACUAGGACAGUGUGUCACGUCCCUCUGAGACACAGAGAGACAGGAAAAUCCUUUCACUGUGCUGUUAGUAUGAUCCAACAGCAGCUAAGCACCUGAUCCCCACACGACAUUGCUCUCUGUUUUGUUGUUUUUCAAAGUAAGCAUGCUUCUCACGAUCAAAACGGAGCACCAGCAGUCUCUCACUGUAAGCUGUCUCAGCGGAGGCCUUGGUUUCACUCCCCUUCAGGGAGGCAGUGAUCGAUUAAACGCAGUUUGACUCCGAACUGAGGAGUAUUAGAUUAGUGAGUUCAUGAAUCUGUAUUUCAUAACUGCAUUUGUUUUAGACAUCAGCAUGUUUUUUUUUUCCUUCUUACUGUCUUAUUAUUAUGCAAAACUGCAGUCUGUUACGACGGCUUUUUUUUUUUUUUAUCAGUCAAUCAAAUUUUUAAAGCAGAGAUUGAAACAAGAGAUAAUUUUUGAGCAUUUGGGCUUUUAAAAUAGGAUUAAGUGCAAAGUUUGUUACGUAAAUGCUCUUUCAACUGAAGUAUUAAUCCUCAUUCUGACCUGAGUGAUGCAUCAAAACAGAGCCUGUGGUGAACCUGCCUUAAAAAGAUCCAACAGAUGAGGGAGGAUUAGAUUUUGGUGCUGUGACUGAGGUCCACAGUCAAAGAGGCGAAUUUUGUUGAAACUCCUCCCAGUGGUAAUGAAAACCUCCGUUUAGCAGUAGAAGCUGUAAAUUCUCUUUUAUUGUUAAUAACUAUAUGCAUGGUGUUUAUUUUCCCCAAUCUGUCUGUGUAAAAGGUUUGAUUAUGAACUGCAUACAAAGUUAUUUUCAUAGACUGUAUAUAGAAUGGACGCCGUCUGCCUCCUUGCUGAAGUGAAGCCACGGUGAGAACAGCACACCCUGGUGACGAGCUGCAGUAAAGGUCAUCAAUCCGCAGCUCCGUUUUUUAUUGGGGGGUUCAUGUUUUCUAUGAUUGACACUUGUUACAGCCUAUGGGCGUACAAAGAUACAAAGCUCACUCGGGGGAUACGCUGUUUGACUCGAGCGUCAUCACAGCAACUCUCUGCGACUCUCCCGCGGAAUGCGUACAACGCUACUGCACAAUGUUGGUUUCAGGAAGUGAAGAAAAAACGCAGAAUUACUGAGAGCUUUUCGACGUCGAAUCCAUAUACUGGCGGAAGGUGGAACCAAGUUGUCCAUAGUAUAUACAGUGUAUGGUUAUUGUAGAAGCAUAACUGCUAAAUGUUGAGCCGGGUUGGCGAUUUGAGAAAUGUUGUGCCUGAUGCUUUCUCUGUCCAUGUGCAGAGCUAUUCGGUGCUUUACUACCAUGAACCAUCACAAAUCACAGCCAUGCCACAUCUUCAAUAGGACGGCAUAAAAAAAGAAAAUCAAUGUCGCCUCAUGGGUUAAUCUAUUGGUUGAACUCUCCAGAGGAUAAUGGGAAAGAAACAAAAGGGGGUGGGGACAGUUUGCAGGUAAGAAAAAAAAGCAGUUGGUGUUGGUGAUAGUUCAGGGUUUGCUGAGUAGAUGGGUUCAAGGUUGGUUUAUCAUCGUAGUGUACUGUGACUAAGUGAAAAACCAGUGAGAAAGAUGGGAUGUCUUAAGGCAAAAAACAAACAAACAAAAAGAUGUACAUUGUGACCUUUUUUCUGUACUCGUCUUAUGAUACUUGAGUGAUGCUGCUAAUACCUUAGAGUGCCUUUGAUGGUAAAAGAAAUAAUAUUUGCACACAUUAUGAAGAAAUGUGAAACAAAAUACAGAUCUCCAAAUUUUAAUAUCUUAAAUUUGCAAAUUAUAUACAGAUAAACAUAUAGAGACAGAAACUUUAGAGAGAUAGGCAGCACCAUCCCUCUAUGCAUCUGCAGAUUUGUGGUGCAUGAGGUCUUUAGAGGUGUUGAUUCCAAACACAGUGAGCAGACUGGUCCAAAGAGUUGACUUUAAGUGCAACUGUAUCUGGAGAGGUUAGGCUGAGAGAAAAAUUCUGAAUCUGAGCAAUGCCCAAAAGGAGACGAGUACAUUUCAAUUUGUGUCAAAGCCCAAAAGCAUACAGAUGCAAAAGGAGAUGCAUCUUUACUGGGCCUGGAAAUUGAACUCUCUAGUAGCAUGUUGUAAAAAGUGUUUAUCUCUUUGCCCUCCUUACAUGAUAGCCUUUUACUUCCUCUUACCUGCUGAAGAAAGACCCUUACUGAACAAACAAGGAGUGUGAUACUUCCCAGAGUCUGUUGGGGCUCAGCAGCCUUGGCAAUACAUUACUUGGAGAAGGAGAUUCUCAAAACUACAGCUUGAGGAGCACAGCUGUGCAGCUCCUCACUCCGUCUGGUCUGGAGAGUCAGGAAACAAUGAUAGAUACUAAUAAGUGCAGAUGUGAAAGCAGCCCAAACCAGCUCAGAUAGAGAGAAGUGGAACAUGAUCCUGAACUCUAUUAGCAACAGAGCUGGUGGGUACAAACCAAAACCACAGGUGGUGAUAAGGCAACAACUUUAAAGUUGUGCGAUUUGCCUCAUUUGUAUUUAAAGGUGUAUAAACUGAAAAAAACCAGAGAGGGGGGCUUACUGAGCCAUUGUAGACCACUUAAGGAACAAAGACCUAAAGAUCACACGAUCAGAUCUCAGAUCUUUAAAAGUUCGGUGGUGUUCAGGCUCUAGACUUCACUCUUGCUCUAUAUAUGGUAAAAUCUGAAUUAAAGCAAUAGUCCUCAUAUUAUCACAUAGUGAAACAGUCUUGUUUAGUCAUACACUGACUACAUUUUCAGUUCAUAAUGAUAAAUAGCAUCACUGCUGAGUGAGUCCUCUGUGUCUUUGACCUCUGACCUCCUGCUGUCAAACAGGGGCAGAAACUUAUAGGGUUGGCAGAGUCUUUGUCACAGUCUUGAAUGUGCUAUUUUAGCUCCUCAAGACACUUCAUGUUCUUUAUGCUAAGAUCCAAGAGGGGCCAAGUCCACAACAGGUCCCCAUUUCCACAAGGUGGAGUACUGCCUAGGCACCAAAGAUUCUGUAAGAAAAAGAUUCUGAUGAAGGCAAAAGUAGACAGAAAAAACAAAGAGGAUGAAACAACUUAAAGGGAUAUUCCGGCAUAAAUAAGUUAGGGUCAAACAUUCCGUAACACUGAGUUAGACACCUCCUCGAGAGAUGAAUGUUGCAGACUGUUUGCUUCUCUAGCUAUAUCAACUUUAGUAACGACGUCUUCAUGCGCAAACCUCAACCAAAAAGCCACUCUAUAGCCACAAAUAAUGCUCAGAGCAACCCCUAACUUCAUCAACAGUACAUAUAGGGUCCCAGCCAUAGUACUAGCCAUAUUACUAUGCACUCGUGGGGAUGUCUAACUCAGUGUUAUUGUGUGUUUGACCAUAACUUAAAUUUAUGCCGGAAUGUCCCUUUAAGUUGGUGUCAAAAGAUCGUGAAGGAAAACAAGACAAGCCUAAACUUUGACCCAGGCAAGCAAGUAUUUUCUCUCUGGUUUACCAAGUCCUUUUGAUUGAGAGCAGCAGCUCUUGUAGUGACAUCAUACUGACAUGUCUCCAACAAAGCCUAAAUGAUUCAUCAAUAGAGAGUGUCUGUAGAUGUGUUUGCCUCAGGCCAGAGGAAAUGAAUGCAAAUCUCAUGUGAAAAAUGCAGUGCUGCCCUCUGGUUGUUUAAGUUAUUCACCUCAUUUCACUCAUCGAUUUCACACCUGGCUCAGAUUUUAUUGAUGAGAAUAAACAAUCAAUCUCUCUAUAGAGAAACAAGCUGCAAAAUACAUGUCCAGAAGUGUUUGUGGUCUGAAUUACUGUAUGUGUCUCUCGCUCGAUAGUUGAAUCAAGGGUUAAUGGUUAAAUAGCUUCUUUGUCUGUUUCUUUCUCUGUUUCAGUUGUGGACAGCAAGGUGAUCCUGGAGGGUCUGCAGAGGUUCAGCCCCACACCGAUCUAUCUGCCUGUCAACUACCGGAUUCUCAAUGCUGAGUCGGCUUUCUUCCUACAGGAGGCCAAUCAGGACAUAAUGAGGAACUCCAGCCUGCAGGCUCGCACAGAGUCCUUCUUCAUCCACCAGGCCCGACAGAUGCCCUUUGUCAACGCUAACUACGGGCCGCUUUCUGUCCAGCAACCUGUUCCUCUAGAUCUGCUGCAGACGCCACCAGGGCCUUUUAACACAUCCCCGUUCUCUUCAUCAUCAGUGCCAACAUCCUCGUCGCCAUCAUCCUCGCCACCCCUUUUUACAUUCAACUGGAAGGUGCAUACGUUUAUUAUCAGUGAGAGGAUUUACCCCAGUUGGCCAAAGGUUCAGGUGUUGUUCUACAUUGCAGGAAGGGACUGGGAUGAUUACAGCGCCGUCCACAAGCUGCCCUGCAUCAGGAUGUUUGCCUUCCACGAGACUCAAGAAGUGCGUGGAACAUGUCGGCUAAAAGGUGAGCUGGGAAUAUGUGUAGCAGAGCUGGAGCCCCUGGCCAGUUGGUUCAGUCCGCCCACCAUCAGGCCAGGUAGACAGAGGGUCUCAGAGCAAGCCCAGGGCACUCCUGUGGAGCUCUACUACAUGGUUCAAAGCACGGACAGCGGAGACUGCAGCUCAGAGGAUUCUAGGAAAAGCACCCCUGUACACACAGACCAGCCCAGGCCCAUGGGAUAUUUUGCAGGGCACACACCUAUGCAGCGCAUUGGGAGUGUCAGACUGUUUCAGCCACUGUCCGAGCUCAAGCUGGACAAUAACUUUGUGGUGAUGGCACCAUCCAAACCCAUCCGACAGAGAGAAACACUUUCGACUUUCCUGGCUCUAUCCACACUAUCUUCAGUGCAAAUUUUCACACUCAGGUGAGUUCUUGUUUCAACUUUUGUUCCCUGUAAAAUCCCUUAUAUUUCUGCUGUGGAUGCCAAGAAGCUGCAUAAACAUCCAUCUUUGUGUGGGGGCAGCAUCACACUACACUGUAAAGACUUCAAUUUCAUGAAAAAGGAAGGGUCCACCUCUGAAAUGUUCCACCAAGAUUAUGCAUCGAAAACUUGGAGGCAAACUUCAUAACUUUGUGCCUGUAAAGUUUACAAGCUGCCAUGUCAAAAAGGAGUUUGUAUUAAGACCAAUCCCUGGUUUUCCCCGUCUUUUUUCAAUAGUUGUAAAGAUUGAUUUGAAAGUACCUGCGUUGGUGAUUUAGCCCUGAGCUCCUCUAUUUGAAAAGGCACUGUGGUGCACAUCGUGUGUUGCAGGUGGUGUUGUCUUAAAUCACAUAUGAUGUCAGCACUACUAAGACAGAAAAUGUUCCUCAUCGCAUCCUGCAAAGCAUUUUCAUAGAAUCACCCUUCCAUCUUAUGGUGGAUUUUGAUUUGUCCAGGCACCAGAUCUCCAUCAGAGGUUAUUUGGCCACAUGGUCUGUAGAACAACUAUGGGACAAAAGCUCUUAUAGUCAUCAAUCUGCUUCUCAUUGCCCUUUGACCAAAGAUACCGUAAAACAAACAAAUGCUGUAAUCCAAAUAGUUUUAUUAAACUUUUUGAUUGAUUUACUUCACUAAGAUAAGCAUGUACUAAGAAACACCAAAUCAGUGCCAACCCUUUACUUGGUGAGGGGGAGAGAGAGACUGUUAACAUCCUAAUUAACCAGAAGUUUUUGGCACUUAGGCCUGAGAAGCUAUCUAAACACUUGACUGUUUGCUUUAGUUAUUGUUAUAAUGCAUAAAGCCAUCUGUACAGUAUCCAACGGGUGAUAGAAAAGCAUUAAUUUUCAUGGUCAAUUUAUUAUUCAUUUCUAUUUCCAUGUUAUUCAUAUUUACUGAUUGACUUAGAAAUACCCAUAUAGUCUGCAUGAUGGUGCUGAAGCUAAAGUUGCACAAAAAUGCUGUCAAAGCUCCAUCAUUUUUGGUCAGAAAAAAAACAUAUGGACCAAAAUACAGUGACCCCAAAUAAGUGAGAUCACAAGUUGUACUUGAUCAGUUUGAUGUGCACAACAUUCAAAACACAAACACACUCCAUCUUCAAUUAUCAGAGGUCCCCCAGGUUAUAGUUCCUGGAUGUGGCUUUAGGGUGAAAGUCAAUCACAAAGUGUGGGUAAGCAACAGCUACUCUACACCUUUGCUGUGGUCAUAGGAGAGAUUUUUGAUGUCUCAGGAAACAGUCCAUGUGAAGUUACAGGUGAGUUGUUGAGCUCGGUAUCAUAUAAAUAAUCAUUGAAAGUGACACUGAUGGCUCCAUGUUGUGAAAUGAAUGAAUCCCAUGGAUGUUUAAGGGGUAUCACUUCCCUGUCAACCUCUUUUAUGCCUGAGAUCUAAAUCACAGUAGAUGAAACAGUUAGCGUCCUCAAAGUGGAGCUGUGACGGAGCGCUUUGGCAAUUUGUCAACCCCAACUGAGCAGGAAAUCUGCCAAAAAGCCUCGUUGCUUUCUCUCACUUCAGUGGUGAUGAACUCCAGUGAAGUAUUAAAGCUCUCAGUGUGUGUUUUCACAUAUGUCAGCAUGUGUGUGAAGGAGAACGUAGAGGUACUGUUUUUCCUUUUCACACCAUACUGCACCUUAAUCAUUUAUAGUGUUUAUCUCUCAUUAAAGAAAGUGUGGAGUUAAAGCCCAACCAAAAUGUCCCUAUGGCAGAUAAAAACUCAAAACGUUUGAAACUCACAGAAUUACUCCUGAGUACUCGGGUGCUAGCUUACCAGUGUUUAUAAGAGGAGAUUCAAACAGCUUUGUUCUACUUUAUAUCUUUGGGGGGUGCCUUUCUUAUUCUUGCAAACAGAUUUUCUUAAAGGAAAAAAAUCCUUUAAGUACUGAAAAUCCUCGUGCUGAUGGUGUAAUUCAAGCUCUGAUCACUGGAGGAGGGGGUUGUAAUGUGUUUCCGACUGGUUGUGCUGGAUGCUGGGACUUGGUUUGGCCCCCCUGCUGUGUGUGUUUGCAUUCUGUGGCCCAGUGUUUGCCUGUCCUCUGGUGUGUUUGUGAAAAGCUUCUUUACAGAUUCAUCUGCCGUGUUCCUCACGGUAGCCAAGGCAUUAUCAACUAUUUAUGGUCUCUCACUUCUCCAUGGCAGUGGGUGCAACUUGUGAAAAAGAGCUGAGAAUAUCUCUGACAGCUUUUCAUCUUGUACAUGUGCUGCUGUCAGAUCAAAUUGGUAGAUUUACUUUUCUCUAAACUGACUAUUUGGACUCCUCUCUGCACUUUACCGUUUGUUUCUGUGAUAGUGUUUUAUUUUUAACGAAAUAAGUAUAUGUUUCUUAUACUCUUGAUUCAAAUAGUUUGGUCCUCUAAUGUCCAGAUAUCUGACAUUAAACUGUGACUGACAGAGUAGCAUGCAGACAGAGAGGAUAAACGAUUAAAAGCAUCACCACUGGGCGGCAGUGUUAGCAAGGAAGGCAAGUCCGACUGCCCAAGCUCAGGAAGAUAUGCACCUGUCAUUCUUUCAAAUUUGUACAGUAUAAGCCUCAGCCUCCAAGAGAGAGAGAGAGGAAGGGAGGGGGAAAGAGAGAGGGCAAAGGGAACCACAACAACAGUUGAUCCUCUUUUGUACGAAUACCUCCAGCAGCUUGGACUGCUUAACACAACAGGCCGCUGGACUCGUGGCAAAUCCACUUAUUCCUUUCAAUCUAAAAGGUGCAUCAAAACCGUCACGCAUGAGUUCAAAACCUCACUAUUACCUCACCAAGCAUCUUACUGACUAUCAGAGGAGAAGUGCAUACCCCUAUGCACCCAAUAUCAACAUGUAUGCAACAGUCAUUUCAGUGCAUUUUUUUGCAUUCAUUCACAGCAUAUGACUUAUUAGAUUUAAAAAUGUUAAAGUUAAUACUUUAAAAACUAAUGUCUCAGGCAAGUGAACAACUAAACUGAGAUGGGUACUUCCAAAAAUGAGCUAAAUUUGGCAGCAGACUUAGUCCCAUCUGCGGAAAACUGUAACUGAGGUUGUUCUGCCCUUUGAAUGAGGAACUGCAAGUUCUUUUGGUAAUUCCUCAUCAAAAAGGGCAAAACUAACCACCAUCCAUUGUGGCUCGUACACUUAUUAGAGAAAUCUCAUACAACCCUAUACUUCAAAAUGACCGAAUACCCCUUAAAAAUGGGACAUAACCACUCAACCAGAGUAAUACCAUCACUUGUGUCCCCUGAGAUACUCGGGCAAUAAUUCGUCAACAUUAGUUUUAAUCAGAAGUAAUGCUCUCAUUUCAAGGUUUUUCUCCCCCAGAGGUUAAAAGAUAGAUUUCGAUUUUCAAAAUUUCUUUUCCCCAAGUCUUAAAUUGUAAUAACUCCACAGUCAUUUUGGCAAUGCCUUUAUAAAUUAUACCAAUUCACCGCAAUGUUCAUAUUGUAUAGCCCAAGAAACCACUGCUAAACCUCAAAUUUAGCCGUCCUAACAGAGGUACUGGUCGACUAGCUGUUCUUCCUUCUGCUUUACUGUGCAAAUGUCUGAUUAGAUUUUAUAUAAGAUAAUGGGAUUCAAUUAUAUCGAAUGUAAUUGCAGGCAGUGGGAUGAAUACAUAUAUAUUUGUGGUUGUACAGAGCCAUGCAUAUGCAUAAAUACACUAAUUCCUGGAGACACACACACGCACACGUAGGCGUAUUUGCACUUACACACACACAUUCAUGCGUGGAGGUGGUGUGUGUUAACCGUAAAGUCAUACUGUGUUUGUCAUGCUCCCCAUGGAAUCGGUAAUUCCUGCUGGCUGCCUCAUUAGCCAUGAAGAGAGAGGUGGAACAGGUUGGAAAAUGAUUCUCCAGCUUCACCUUAUUCAACAUGCAAAUGAAAACAUCGUUUCAUCCUGAACAAAUUAACAGGCUUUUCAAAGAUAAAUUGGCCCAGCUGUAUAGUAAUUUUGACUAACAAUCAAAAACAAUCCCGACAUAUUUGCACAGAUCCCCCCAAGGCCAGUGCUGCUGAUGAAUGCAAAUGAUUGUUUAAUAUCUGAGAGUGUGGUAGAAGUGUGAGAUUCCUGCAGGGCUGUUUUUGUUAUUCACAGACUGACGAGUUAAAGAGGCAGGUUUAGUGUCAGGUUAUGAAUAAUGACGCAGAUUUAGCUGGGGGUUUUCAUGCCAGUUGAUUGUGUUUGAGUUUGUUUCAGCUGUUUGUUUUUUGCCCAUAGUAAAAGUUGAAUCAAAGACGCUCUUCUUCCAUAAGUUUACUCUUUCAUAAUCCAGUUUCUAAAGGUAACCUUAGAUGGGUUUCUUUUUCCAUUUCUAUUCAUAGCUGUACUUUGUCCUGUACUCCAUCUGUCUCCCAUUUUCAUCUCUUCCCUGUGCUUUGUUCCACCUUCUCACCCUGUACAGUACAUCCUCUCGUCUUGACAUCUCGCCUUCCCUCUCUGCUGAAACACACAAAGACACCGCUAUUUACUUUGUAGUUCAAUGAAACCUACUUAGAGUAAAUUUGUCACAAUGUUCAGUUCAGAGUCGCCUUAUUCAUUUUUUCGCCCAUCUUUAUCCCCUCAUUUGCUCACCAGUGUUUACUUUGAAAGCACAGUCCUUCCUGUUCCCCUCAUUAAUAAGUCAUUAGUGGUUUGCAGCCAUGGAGACGGUGCACUAGUUAGAACUUUCUACUGAGCAUUGGUUGCUUGCAGCCAGUCAUUCAAAUCCUCGUAUUUUCCUCCCUGAUGAUUUUCAUCACUUUCUCUCCACCUGAAUUUGUGUGUACACUGAUGAAUACUACCCUGUCGCUUGACAUCAUGUUUUUCUUCGCUCUUGUUGUGUAUAUCUGUCUUUGAAAAGGUUUGCAUGUCCCCCUGGAGAUUUUUGUGAUCCACAGUUUGGCAGAGGGUUGUUCAAAUGGAGCACACCAUUCAGAGUGACACAUACCAUAGAGAAUUCGGGGUCAGAGGCCGACUCAGUCUCUCCUGCUGGGUGUUUUGAAGCUAAAAAAAAACCCUGCAGGAUUUUUAUACUGGUGGCAGAGAGAAAUGAGGGGAGUUGGAGUUCUGUUUUCCUGUGAGAGUUUUGCUCUGUGAUAUCUGCUCUUUUGAUAGGAUGGCUCAAGUGUCAGUGUUGGGUAGGGCCUCCUUUCAACAUCUUCAAAAAUGUAUCAGGGGCUAAAACCAAAAAGGUUUGCCUAGAAAUUUCCACAUCUAUUAUACUGCAUUACUUUCUUGACACAAGCCUUAAAAAGAACUCAAAAACUGAACAUUGACAAUAAAGAAAACAGACCAUAAACUAGAUGAUAAAAACUGUGAAUAACAAACCAGUCAGAUGGUACCAUUUUUACAUCUUAGAAAAGCACCUCAAACACAAACUUAAACUAACUUUUGAAUAUUCAUAUAGGCUGACCCUUUUGAUUAAACUGUAACACAACUUCGACAUUUUAAACAAAGGCACUAAAUCCUGGCUGAAAGAGGAGCAGCCUAAAACAUGAGCAUACACGUAAGCAGCCUUUUUACUGUAUAUAACCACAAUCACCAGGGUCUCCAUCUCAGGCAAGAUGUCUGCUGCCAUAGUGUAGAGUUCCUGCAGUGAAGCAUGUCAGGUAUUAUGAAAAUUACAUCAAAGAAAACUGGAUUUGAUUUGGAUAGUCAUUUUUUAAAAUAAUGUGAAUAUUUGAAGUUCAUAAAAUAGGAAAAGAAAAGCGGAUGAUUAACAGAUUAACAGAUGUAUAGUCAGCUCCGCCUACUUACGUGGAUACGAAUGUACGAAUUUGAGUACGAAUAUUCCUUUGGGUAUCAAUAAAGUUUUUGAGGUUGUAUAACUUGUCACAUAGCCAAUAAUGAUAAUAUUAGAGCCUGUAAUGUAACUUUUGAAAUUAAUGUUUUAUGUGAAAAACAGUUACAGCCAUAUUGUUACAGUAUAUGUAACAAUAUGUUAUUUUUUAAGAAGCAACAUGUUACAUUUUGGAUCAGUUAUUACAUUUUGGGUUUUAUUAUUAUUUUUAUUUACUUGUGUAUUUAUUUUACAUUUUGGGCUCAACACUUUUAUUACAUUAUUGCCAAAUUAUUUCAUUUUAGGCUUUAUUAAAUUUGCUUUAAUAAAAUCAGAUUAAUCAGAUUACUAUUUUUCACAUAAAAGAUUAAUUAAAAAAUGUGAUGGAGAUAAUUAACAGAUAAACAGAUGUGUGUCAAGGUCUGAUUUCUUCAGGUUCUGUAUGAAUGAAACCAUUGUUCCACAAAGACAUACCACAGUAUACCUGAACUGUAAUAAUGUUCCUUAGACCUGAAUCUUCAGAAUCAGUACAUUUACACUUACAGUUGUAGGCUAUAUUGAACUAUAUUCUGCAUCAUACAGGAUUAUCAUGAUUGAUUUUGUUUCCCCCCCCUUUUUUUUUAGCAGUGUUUGCAACUUCCUAUCUGUUAUUAACAUCCUCAGGCAACACCUCCGCACUCAUCUGCUCUUAACUAGAGCUUCUGCUGUCAGAGAAAGAUGAUACAUAUGUAGGAGUUGACAAAUAAAGUGGGAUUAAGAAGUGAAGCAGCCCUUGCAGAAUAAGCUGUGCUGGCUAAAUGUGGGUUGGUGUAUCACGCUCACAGACAAUCAUAAGCUUGGCCUUCUUGUCACUAGUUUGUCCUUUAUGGUUCUCAUAUGAAUUUACUUUGAUUAGUUUGAUUUCAGUGGCCUGGCAGCAAACACAAAGUCGUGCAUAUUUUAAUGUAAACUUGAAGCAAAGUGAUGAAGUGAGAGAGAGAUGAUGAAAGGCUGUUGUUGUCAGACAUCAGCAGUUCAGGAAAUCUGACAACCGGCCACAAAACGCACCAACUCCUCCAAGCUAUAAAAGAUCUUGCCUCACCCUCAGAGGGGUAGGAGAAAUGUGCUGAAACAAUUAAACGCUGAUUAAUCAAGGAGUCCAAGACUUGGAGAAGGAAUGAGAAGCAAACAUUCUGAGAUAACCGUUUGAAAAACAUCUGUUUUUGUCCCAUUUUCCAUCAGUUUCCACUUUGGCAUUUAAAGCUCCCGUGGGUAACAUUCAGCCUGUGUCAAUUUUAGCACCCCAGUGGACAUAGCAGACUUUGCUUAUCUUUUCCUCUAUAUGUUAAAGUAGUGCUAUGAAUAUCUCCCGUCCAAUCCACAAACCUAAAAAAAAUCCUCACAGGAGCUUUAAGUAACUGUGAGAUCAGACAGUAUUCUGCGAUCAGAGCCAUCAUCCCAAAUUCCAACUCUGUCCUCAGUUUUUUUUUUCUCUCGCUCACUCAUGUUUGGUAAAUAUUAGGUCUACAGACAUAAACUGAGAUGGGACAUGGAAAAAUAAAAAAAAAUCUCUUUGAUCUGGCACCAUUGCUUCUAAAUGUAUUACUUCACUGAGUUCUCUUAUUUGAAAUGAAAAAAGUCAUGAUGGCAAAAAUAAACAAAAAAUAAUAGAAAUAAUAAUGAUGAAACUGAAUUCCCAAAAGUUUUAAAAGGUUUGAAAAUAUCUGAAAAUAUUUUGCACUUAGAGGCAACAAACUUGCCACUUUUAAAAAUGUGAUCAAUCUGCUGCAUUUUAAAUUGGAUUGAAAAAUAAGGACAUUUCUAAGAUGCAAGAACAAAGACACAGUGUUCUCCACUGCUUCACAAUGACAGUGAUGCUUGGCUAACAGAGCAGCAGUGUACUCCAUAAAGAUGAAGAAUAAUAACUUGAGGUGCAUACUGAAGGACAAAAAACUUUACUUUGAAAUACAAUAGAACUUAAAAGAGAAGCUGCUAGUGCUUUUUAAUUUCCACAAUAAAGCUGUUAUACCACAGGUGCUGCAAAUAUUGAAUAAUAAAAAAGAAGAAGAAAGAGAAGAAACAUAAAAGAUUUGAAAUUCUUUCCAUCACUACCAGAUUAUAUUCUUAAAACACAGCUGGGGCUCUUUCAUAACACAACAGAAGCAUCUGCAGUCUCCCAUCAGGGUUUACAGCUGUUAUCUGAAAUACUUUGGCAGCCAACAAAAGAGGGGAAAAAUCAAUACAACACAUCAUGUAAGUCAAAUGAAAACAGACCAGAAAUGCAGGAAGAAGCUGCAGGUUGGAGCUUCAUGAAAGUGAAAUGUGAGCUGCUGUAUGACUGCUGGAGAAUCACGUAUUGAUUUUAGUAGGGGUAGAUCAGUUCUUUUAGAUUAACAAGAGCAUUUGAUGGAUGACUUAGAUAAUGUGCUUGAAAAAUAACACCCACACAGCACUUCCACUUAAUGCUAAAACAAGCUUUGCAAUCUUGCCCUGUUUUGGAGAAGCCUUCCCUGUUUUGCUUAGAAGCAAAAGCUAAAUCACUUUUCUGUGCAUGAAGACACACGUCCUCCAAACAAAUGAAAUAUCAACAAGCGAGAACAAAAUAACAGCUUUGAUAAAUUGAAGAACUAUAAUUAAAGUAGAGGCUAAUGUAGUUGACCGUACAUCAGUCAGUGAAAGAGUUUUUUCAGCUGAGAUUUCUUUGGUCUAAAAAAGUAAAGCAGGAUUUUGUCAGACCUAUCUAUGGCCUCACAGUUGAUCCAUGAAACUUUCACCUUCCACCAAAAACAUUCCUCUUUUGUGUGUUUUGCCUGUCAUUUCUCAAACAGUUCACUGUUCCGUCAUAUACUAAGGUAAUCGUGCAGAGUUUGAGGUGGUGACAAAAACAGCAAAAAGACACAGUGGCAAAGAAGUGGAGUGAGAAAGACAGGAGGAAAAUCAGCUGACAGAGCUGAGCAGGAAUCAUAGGAUUGAUGUAUGAUUCAGUGUGCAGCUUGGAGCAGAGUCUUUGGCUGUGUUUGGAGCUGUAGUGCUGGUCAGUGGAGCUGUAGCUGGAGGUCAGCCAUUGAUCUGCAGAUAGAAGCUGCUACUUUGGAUACAAGCCUUCAUCAUCCUGCAGGAUGCAUGACCACUGAGAGCAGAUGAGCCUUUCUGCCACAAUGAGUGAAGGGAUAUUUGACUGUUUGAGUCUAACCAUAUACAGCAAGUCUACUGAAGUUGCUAAAUUGGGUUUGUGUGUUUGUGGUCUGUUUUUUGUCAGCCCUGCUCUGCAGAGUAUGAGAGUCAAUAUUGUGCAGCUAAAUGUGGUGAUGUGAGUUUUUUUCAUCGCCUCCUACUUGUAGUGGAGCCUGAUGAUGGGGACUUUUCAGCAAUGCCCACUAGUGCACAUAAUGAAGUGCAAAUUAGACUAAUUUAGUGGUUGACAUGCUAGGUUUUUACAGAUCAGGCCUGAAUUGAUUUACCUGCAAUCUAAGCUCUGCGUUUUCCAAUAAUGUGAACUCAGAGUGCAAGGAGAGGUGUGCAGAUAUGCCAGACCGGCUGUGCUGUGAGAGAGGCAGAGAAAUGUAUUUGCAGAAAACCUUGAGAUUGCAAAUAAAACUGCUGGGAGUCCGCUCUGCCACACUUGAUAGAUAUUUGUGAUGCCACUCUAUCAUCUUUUAGACAGACAAUAGCUGAGGUGUUUUGUUAACAUGGUGACUUUCAUCUUCUUUGUCACGUCUCUAUACCAGCACCCACUGUACUGCUAUUACAUGUCUCUUAGCAAAUGUCAACUCUGACAAAUACAACAAAACAAGGGCUGUCAAUUGAUUAAAAUAUUUACUCGGGAUUAAUCGCAUGAUUUCCAAAGUUAACUCAUGAUUAAUUGCUAAUUGAUCACACAUUUAAUCUGUUCUAAAUGUCCGUUAAAAGGAUAUUUUAUUUUUGAACUCUCUAUUUAACAUUAGAGUGGGAAAAUAGGCUUACGAUUUGCAAAUAUAUUGCAACAUUUCAAAUUUGAGCCCAACAAGAAACAACAAACGGCCAUAUUGACAUGAAUGUAAAAUUACUAUUACUAAUAUUGGGUCUUGCUCCAAGCUUUUUUAUAAAAUUGCUUGUGUUCAUAUGAGUCGUCCUGCAAUCUGAGAUCUUCUGGUGACGCCCUGAUGGUCGUUCAAAAGUGGAAGCUCAAAUCUAAAGGAGAUCAUAUUUUUCCAUCAUAGCCCCUCGACUCUGGAACCACCUCCCUGAGGAUAUAAGACACGCAGAAUCAAUGAUUUUUUUUACAUCCCCUCCUAAAACUUACUUUUACAGACUUGCUUUUAUGUGAAUUUACUUUUUAGCUACUUUUUAAUAUAACCCCGUACUUUUUCAACUUCGUUUUAUUAAAAAAAUCUCAUAUUUUACUGCUUUGGUUUGAACCAUUUGUUUGCAAGUCCUCAUUUGAGCCCCUUUUUCUACUGUCUUUGAUUACAUUUACUUCAUUUAUCUACUUACGUAUUCGUUAAUUUUUUGUUGAUUUGGUUGUUUGUGUCUCACAGCUCCUCAUCUUCUAAUCUGUUUUCAUUCUGAAGUGAUGUGAUCUAUCUUUUUACCUUUUUGUCUCUCUACUUUCCUCUUUGCUUUUGCUUUUUCCCUCUUCUGGGAAUCUUUAUUGCAUACACUAUGACUUAAGAUCUAUUUCUCCUUUGCUGUCAUAAUAGUUAUUUACUCUGCUUUCACUGUAAAAGCACAUUGUACAUUUCUAUUUUUAAAGGUGCUGUAUAAAUAAAGUGAUAAUUAUUGUUAUAUUAUGAUUAGAUCUAGCUGGCUUUUGUGUUUGCCCCUGGUGUCUCAAAUUCUCCCACCACAGUAUAUUUUUAUAAUUUGUGGUCUAACAAGAGGGUGUGAUUAAUAGUCAGCCAUUUGUAAGAACUGUGAUUGAAAUGUUUUAGCACAUUGCCUGAGAUUGAUUGUUUCUGUAAUGACUUUAGAUUGCUGUCAUUUGCAUAUGUAUGGCAAUAAUGCCUUUUUGUUCUCUCUCUCUUUCGCAUUUGUGUACAAACUGCCUGACAGACAAAGUCCCGUGUAGCUCCUUAUUCUUCUUUAUCAACCUCAUCCUUCAUCGAUUCUUCUUCCCGAGACAUUUUCCUUGUAUUGUAUGUGUCCUGUCCCAAACAAAGGGGAUCGUGGUUUAGAGAAAUUAAUCUGCUGAAUUGUUCUGCUCCCAAGGUGCACUGGGAAAGAAACCAGCCUUUACAGUUGAACAUCAGAGCAGCAGAAUAUGAUCAACUUCAUUCUAGGAUCAACAUGUUUCCAGAUUUGGUGUCUAUCUCAGUAUACUUGGGAUGACCCAGCAUUACUGUUGCAUGUAUCUGUUGACAGUAUGCAUGCUAAUCGGUGUAACCCUUCCUACAUCAGGUUCACGAACUUGCCCUAAUCUAUCCCACUACAUCCUGAGAUUAUUCCACCCGGCCAACUUCUACAUGCAUCCAAAUAGUGGAUCAGUUCUGGAUCAUCCAUUUGGCCCAGCAAAUCCAGUGCAGAAACACAUUUCUAUCCACUGGAUGAAACCUUAUAUGUUAAAUAGAUUAAGUGGAAGCAGUGUGUGCAUGUGUUCGCUCUAACUCCUAUUUAACUGGCUAGGCUCCCAUUCAGAUGACUGCCACAGGGAUCAAGCUGCUGUCUGUCUGCCACAACAUGACCCCAUUUCCUCAGCUAAUCUACAGCAGCAGUGGUAGUAAGUUUCUGAAAUCCAGCAUCAGAGCAAAUGAAAAAUGAGAGUUUGUAGUAUACUGCUUGGACUGCUUGGCAUAUAUUUUGGCAGUUCUAAAAACAAAAAGGAAAACAAGCCUGACAUAAAUGUCAUAUUUGUGUUAAUCUGAAAUCCCAUGCGAACUCCUCAAAUCCCUGACACUAAUGUUCGUCCAAACAUACAGUAUGUAGGGCAGCAGAUUUGUAAUGGUCUUGAGUUUUAUGCUUUGAGUCUUGAGUCGUGAGUAGAGUCAGGCUGGUUUACUGAAGGUGACUAGCUUUUGGCCGCAGUGGAUGUUGCGCUGUCACACCCCUCAGUGUCAUCAUCCUGUUGGCCUGCUUUUAAGUACACAAAUGCAACACACACUGGGCUCUUUGUCACUUCAGUCAAUACCCUCCCACACCCAGCCUGGUUCUUGAUUCAGUGUAUCAAUUAUUCUUUGUUGUUUUAUUCUUUGACUGUGUUUUUUCUCUUUGAAAUAAUCUGAAAUAUAAUGCAACAGAGAGAUAAUGAGAGCUUUGGGCUGACAUAAAAAGAUCAGUCAUUUACUGCUCUGAGUUAUAAGCUUUGAUAAAAUUAACUUUUUUUUGGAGUUCAGCUCCUUAAUGUUUCUCAUUGUAUUUGUCUGUUUCCCAUUUGAGUAAAUAAUCAUUCAUUUAUCAUUCAUGUCUCUUCUAUGAUUGCAAAUGUACAGAUCAAUCUGAACCCAAACAGAAGCUGCAUUUUUUUUCUGAAAUAGGCUCCAUACUUGUGAUAUCAUACCAUAUAUUCAAAUAUGAAGCAGAAAUCAGAUUAAUUUGUUUUUCAAAUACUCUGUCACUUUUAUUUUAAGAUCUUAAAUAAAGCAUCUCUCAAGGAAACUUCCCCAACCGUCAUCUACCUUUCAUUUGCUCAUUACCCCCAAUUUCCAUUGCAUCGGAACCGCACCUCUCUUUUCAUGCCGUCCAGCAAUUCCUACAGGAUGCAUUUGUGAGGCGAAUUUCGUGGCAGGAAUCGCGAGGACUCACAAGAACCCACAAAUUCACAUGCAAUUGCGCAAUGACAUGUUGUCUCUAUAAAGACACCCACAUAACCGUAUAAGCAGUAAAUCCACUCUGUCCAGACCAGUAGAUCAGUCACUUUUGUGGGUGAAGUGACGUCUGAAAGCCUUUGACUUGUUCAUCCCCGCCCACGUUUGCAUGGUGUGAAAUACGAUCUGCCUGAAACACGUUGCGUUUUAUUUUGAAAAGUAGCCAGAUGUUUUAUUUUGUGUCUGUGCCUGACUUCCUUUCCAGCAAAAUAGAACCCUGGCGAUCGGCUACGAAGCCCGCUGAACAGCAGGGGGUGGAAUGAAGCCGGUGGAAUCUGACACAUUAACUUGAAUGGAAAUGAUCAGCGACGAUUGGUAGCGAUUGGCGCCAGUGGCCUUUUCGCCACUGUUCCGCAUGCAAUAGAAAUUUAGGGUUAUUCUGCUGAUGGAAAAAAGAGGAUGACGCAGAUUUGCAAAAAAAAAAUACCCCAGAUGAUUCAAUUGGUACAAAAAAUACUGUCCAGAUUUUCAAGCCAUGGGCUUCUCUGAACUCACUUGAACUGCUUCCCUCGGAGCCGUGAUUGCUCUUGAUGUGCCGUGAAUUCUAUCCUGACACAAGGCUGCAGCCUGCUCACAUUUUGAACCUGGACUCAUUUGAAGUCUCUUCUCUGACAGUCAUCCUUUCAAUUCUUUUAUUUUCUUUGAAGCCAGGAGAUUGUGCCCAGACCUCAGCACCAAGCUCCAUCUGCCAAUCAUCUGGCUGCUUUUUCUUUUAAUUAAAAAUAAAGAGUAAGAAAGAGAUGUUAGAAGAGACAUCUUACUCUGUUUUCAAUCAUCAAGGAAUGGAAGAAAUGAGAAUUUGGUGAUCGGCAUCAACCCUUAAAUAUGCAGAGUUUUUCUUGGUCAGAACAGAUUCUUGUAUGAAGUUACAUGAGGGAAUAUGUGUAUAGUGUUUGUUGACAAUCAUCUCUUCUACAGAGUAGCACUUAAGGACGUAUUUCCUUUGCCCAUCUUUGUCCAACUUCAUAUUUGAGCCCUACACUCCCAGAGCACCAUUCAUUCACUGUUUGGUUUGAAUCACACAGAUCUUGACCUGUUAAGAAUGUUGAGAUGAGAAGGCAGGAAAUGUCUUCAAACAGUGAAAUGACUUCUCAAAGAUACUUAAGGUCAGUUUUCCCAUUUACAAGGGUAAAGUGAAGGAUCUGGUGACACUCACACAAGGCUACGCUUUUCAACAGCACUUUUCCAGCUGUGCCAGAGGAAAUAAGAGGUUAUGAGGAAGGUUAGCCCAUGAUAGCCGGCCAAUGAUAGUACAUUACUUUUUUCUUCACAUUUCUGCGAUGGCUCUUUUUGGCAGAAAAAAAAGGUUAUUUCAACUUGGCUUCCUUUUUGAAGAAGUUGUAGACUGAAGAUUUCACAGCCUUGUAAAGCCUCCGAACUUGAAAGCACUGUAAACUAUAAAUGUCGAUGAUAUGACAAUGCCCUGGAAGGUUAAUUACAGAUUUGUUCAUCCACUGAUGUUCAAGCUUGUGGAGUAGCAAGUAUAUGAGUGAGAAAACUGCUCAUAGUGAGUGUUCUUUAUAUAGAAAUACAUCACUUAAGUUCACUUCAAUAUGGUGUGUAGAUAGGGGAGUAUUUGACAUUAUCUAACAGCGUCAGAUUGAUGAUUGAAACACUUCUCUACUCACCUUUCCUGUAGGUGAAAUGACAGUGGAAGCUCCUGUGAUACAUAAGAAGUAUGAUCCUCAUUUGUAGAGUUUUUGCUUUCAAGAUCAUAUAUCAGAACUCUUUGCUCACAAUAACCACUUUGUCUUCUUUGUCAUCUGCCAACUGGUGAGUUUGUCAUGGUUAUUCAUUAAAAGCCAAAUCACAUGGAAUACUAGUUUGUCCAUUGAUGAAAACAUAGUAGAUCAAAGUUUUUUAGCACAGUUUUUUACCAUGUUGACAGUAACGACAUCAACUGAGAAACAAACAAAUCACUCGAGGAAGUGAUUUGGUUCAGUACGUUCACUUAAAAGAUUUGUUCUUUUGAUGAAUCGUUCAUGAACAACACAACACUAACAUGGAUUUCUCUGAGCACUAUCUCGAUCUUCUGCUUUGUUUGAAUGUCUUGUUCGGGAUGUAUCUCUUUUUUUCUGUGCCAUUACAACUUUCCACAUUGUGAUAAAAUUGAAUUUGCUCAGUUCAACUUUGAGAACAUUUCAAUUUAAAGAACAUCUAUGACCAUUUCUUCAUGGACAUGCAAUCAGAUCGAGACACUAAGGCAGAAAAACUACUGCGUCUGCAGUGCAAAAUGGUUAUUAUGGUGAUUAUUUCUUCAAGGAAAUGAUAAAGUAAUGAUCAUGCAUGUUCUUCCUUGAGCUGCAUCACCCCACUGUAGUCCGUAAUGGACUGGUUGAGGUCUCACUACAGACAAGCGGCUGCUGGAAGAGAGUAGGUGAGUUGUGUUUAGUCUCUUUGCUAAAGAAACCAGGCAAAGCUAAAAAGAUGUUUGGUGGCUAGUACUAUGGCUGGGACCCUAUAUGUACUGUUGAUGAAGUUAGGUGCUGUCUGAGCAUUAUUUGUGGCUGCAGAGUGGCAUUUUGGUUGAGGUUUGUGUGUGGCUCCUGAGACUGCUGUAUAUUGCUAUCAUGAGGUUGUUGCUAAAGUUGGUAUAACUAGAGAAACAAGCGGUUGGCAACAUUCAUCUGUCGAGGGGGGUGUCUAACUCGGUGUCAUGGUGUGUUAAAUUUAAGACGGAAUUACCCUUUAAUUUGGUCGUUAGAGCAUUACACAUGCGCUUUUCCAAGAAAAAUAAAACGUUCUGAUUCUGGUUUUUAUCUAUGAUAUUCUUCCAUUUUUUUACUCUGGCCUUUUUUUUCUUGUGCUGAAAUUGUGUGUGCAGCUUUUUGGCUUGAUGAAACAUCCCUUAUUUACACCACUUUAAUUUUAGUACUUUUGCUACUGCAGCCACAAGGUUAAUGAAGGAGCGACAUUAAAAAUCUUUUUUCACACAACGGUUUGGUGCCAGCAGGAAAUGGUACAGAUUUUUCACACCACGCAGAGCUUUGUGCGAGUCUGCUAUGCCAGAAACUGUAAAAUGACAGUUAAGGAUCAAAAACUACUGUGAGAAACCUGGUGAAGGUUUAUCCACCCAAGUCAUUACCAUGAAUAAAGCAGCAGUGUGUCACUCUUGGAUCCUUGAUCAAGUUAAAAACUUGAACUGCAGCUGUGUUUGGAUCCUGCGAGGGAGGAAGGAUGUCUGAGAAUAGACAGACACAGGCAGAGGAAGGUAAGUAGGAAAAGUGAGAUAAAAGGGUGAGACUAUGAAAAUUAUGGCCAAAUGAAUAGGAGGAGAUGAGCUUUGUCUGUCUUGCUGCUUUUUAUCUGAUCGUGUUCAUCUUGUCCUCGGUUUGCAGCGUUGUCUCGCACCAGCAAUUUGAACCACCCCUGAUAAUGAGAAGAACAGCAUCAAACUCAGCAAUUGAAUUAGCGCUCUCUUUAUCUCGGCAUUAGCCUGUGUGCGCUCAGCCCUAAAAACACUCUGCAGACAACUAUUCCUCUGCUAAUUGACUCAGAGCAGCUCCCUGUUUCAACUCCCACAUUAUUGAACCAGCUCCCCGCCUGCCUCACCUGCCAAUGGCUACUAUCUCAUUUAAUUUUACCCCAAGGUGGUGGAGAUUAUUUUGUCCUGGGUAAAAGAGAUAGGCGUGGGAGAAGGUAUAAAGAAAGCUGUGAUUCUGUGUGAACAGCUUGAAUAUUUAUUCAGUAACUGGAUUUAGCUGCAGGUGUUAAUAAUGAAGGGACACCAGCUCUUAAACAAGCAUAAUGUGAUUUACCCAGUUUCUCCUGCUGUCAGUAAUUCAGUGAUGUUGCUGGGCAUGCGGUGUCUCUGACAUAUCAAUGUCUAUAAGGGGGCAUUAACCUCCAUAUUCAGGCAUGGUUUUCCUGAAGUCCUGUCUUCCUACUGGAAAGUCAACUCUCUUAAACGCAGCUGUUGUUGAUUCUGUUGAAUUAGCUCCAUCUGCUACACCUUGCUUGCAUACCCCACCUCCUUUACGUUCUUUUGGCUGACUGCCCACGUUAGUUAAAAAUGUCCAUCAAAGGUCAUCAUUAUAAUUGUUUCAACAAAGCUCAUACUUGGUAAAUUCAGGAAGUAGACUGGUGCAUUAAAAGAGCAGAGUUUAUUAUUAUCCUCACAGGGGCUUUAAAGCUCCUAUGUGGAUUUUUUUUUAUGGUUUGUGAAACAAACUGAGAUUCAUACUGAUACCUUUUAAUGUUAUUCAACAGCAAACAAGACUUCUGGUAAUGAUUACCAUUUCUGUGCCAUAACCUUUAGUACACAGACUAGUGUGAGGGGGCAGGUGUCAGCCAAGCAGCUGAAAACACAGCCCUGUUUUUCAGUUUCCUCUUGACUGUCAGUGGCAGCAGGAUGAGAGUUUUUGGUCAAAAGUCAAGACUUAAGUGUGUUAAAGACAAAACAAGGAAAGACAACAAUGUCCACAGAAUUGGCAAACUAAGAUUUACUCACAGGGGCUUUAAAUGCAUUUGAAUACACUGGAUGAAUGCACAGGAUGCAAACAGAAAAUGAGGCCCUUGAUAUCUAAGUGCCACAGGGGUUGGAUGAUAUAGAUUUAGAAACUUGGUCAUGUUUCACUGUGCGUUCUGUAGUUCUACUAGUGUGAGAGCUUUCUGUGUUGUCAGAUCUCAAGUAUGAUUUCUUAUGAUAUAACUUAAGAGCAUGUGCCAACUGUCAUUUAUUAGUUUGUUGACGUUAUGUCAGACAGAGACAAAGAACAUUGUGUGUUUUCUUAGUAAUGACAGUAAGUCAUUGUUUUGUCACCUGGGUGCCUUAUAUGAAUUCAAAGGCAUCCAGGAAACGUUGUGCAAGCUGCAUUCAUAGAAGGUCAGGGAUGCAUUUUUUCCCUCAACCUGCCCGACUGCAGUGUGUGUAACUCACAGCACAUAUGGAUUUACUAAGGGACAGUAAAUUCUCUUACAGGGUGGCCCCAUGCAUAGAAGACAGAGGGUUGAAUUGCACCUGAAUGUGGGUUAUAUGACCCACCAUCGGAGUACUGCAGUUUAUCAUGAGGGCUGUGGAUAGCAGGGAUACAUAAACUUCAGUAUAACUCUCAUAUGCUUUUCAGUUCAUGUUCUCAAGCGCUGUCCCUCUUGCUUGUCUUUGUUUUCUUCGUAUUCAGUUAAUGAAUUUGAUGAUGGACAGGUGUUCACUUGUAUACAGUGCAGGGAGGUAAAAUCCCACCACAAGGGGUCACUCAAGAGGCAUUCAGAGAGCCUGUCAAUGACAGAAUGAUCAUGAACAGCUGUACACAAGGCUGCAUGUUUGUCAUCAGAUCUCUCAAAGUUUAAGCUAAUACUCACUUUAAUGGUGACAUGAUGACUAAACACUGUAAAAACAUCUGAAAGGCUUUUUAGCCUGUAUGACAGCUGAAUAAUACCCAAGAGUUCAUUUUAUUGACACCAGGUAGACUAAAGGAGCAAAUAUACUCAAGAGCUACUCAUAUUGACAGUUUGAUGUAAUGCUAAUGAUGAAAAGCAAUUAGUUUGUAAUUCAAACUGAAUGCAAACAGAAGAACCAAAGACAGUUUUAAUACAAGUCAGUUUAAUAAUGAAAACCGAAAAAGAGAGGAAGUCAGUGCUGCACAUCACCCUCAUAGGACUGAAAGUAUUUCAACUACAGGAUUAGGAUUUAACGCCGGAUUGUAAAUACUUUUAUCGUAUAGCCUGUGAGUAUGGAUGGCUAUUGCUAACAUAGUGUUGGAGCUCAGUCUCUCUGCAAGUUUGUGGUAAUUACUGCACAUUGGUUUUGGAAAGAAGAGGGCAGAUGGAGAUCUGUGCUCUCUGAGUUGUUAUUGUUUGUCCACACCAGCAGCCUUUAUCUCUGCCAUCAGAGAGGCAGAGUCCAACAUGAGUCCAGUUAUUACCACCUCAGCAGGCUGGAUCAGAUCAGAGAAGAGCGGGCGAUCACUGAAGAUGUAAUGACUGUGCUCUUGUAAGGACUGCCACAUGGUUUGUCAUGCUGUUAUUCUCCCGUUAAUGCUCACUGUCUUUCCUCCAUCCUUUACAAGUCUGUCACAGCUACAGAACAAAAACAGUCUCUGAUUAUUUCCAUGCAGAGUAAAUUACCCAGCAUCCUUCUCCAUUAGCAGUGUGUCCUUCUCUUCUUAUUUUUAUGCUGCUGGUGUUUGUCUUUAGAUCCGCCUGGUCUUGCCAUCCCUGCUGUCUCUUUUUUUCCAACACAGUUAAAAUGUUCCAACACUGUUUUGCUAGUGGUUUGAACAACAACAAUUUGGCAUGCUUGAAAAAGAGGAAACUGAGAGGCGGUUGUGUAUUUCUUUAUGAUUCAUUUGACAGAAGAUGAUGGGGAGUGUGUCAGUUCAAGGAAGAGGAGGUCAUGGUUCUUCUGCACCUGCAGGGUCUGCUCAGCUGCUUUUUCUUGUUUGCAUAAGUGUAUUUCAGAGAGACCCUGAGUGUUUGAAGAGUUUGUUUUGUGACCUCUCAAAGACCCUCAAAGCACCUCUUCCUGUCACAUAUUUUUGGUAACUUGUUUUUUUUUGUUCCAGAAAGAGAAAAAGUGAGAGUUCAUGUGUGUUUUUCUUGUGAGCAAUUCUGGUGACAGCUCAAUUAUCAUCUGAUUGAAUGUUUUGUUCUCUUUUCUGUUGCUGUUUGUAGGGUGAAGCUGAAGGAUGGUGUGGCGUUCCUCGGAGCCAGAGCCAGUAACCCUGUUGUCUGGACGGUGAGCCAGGAUGUCAGGAGCGAAGGCCACAGGAUCGUCACCCUCCACUGCCGGAGGAAGGAGAACAGUUUCAGUCAAAGGUACAAUUCCUUUUUCUGUAAUGCAUGCAUAAAUGAAAAAUGAGAUGAACAAGCUGCUGAACAAACACAAAACAGCAGCAUACAUUUUCAUUUCCUUGACAUCUGUCAGUAGAGAGUGAUUGCUGAUACAGGAAUUGGCUGAGGAUGUGGCUCAGCAUCUGAACUGUUUGCUUGUUGGCAAAGGACUGCUGAAGUCCAAUACAAACACUUCAUUCAGUCACACUUUUAACUGGCUGACAAGUCCAUUUAUUAUUACAAUGGGCAUGGACCCUCAAGUUCACUUAUAGUCAGCCACAAACUUACACUGUAUUUGUGGGGAUGUCAGCAACUGAGAAUAGUCCCAAAAAGAUGCACAGUUUGCUCACAUUUAUGUCCAAAGUUUAGAGUUAUUUGAUAUAAACAGAGUCCUUGUUGUUUGAUGAAAAAGAUGAACUGUAAGUGAAGAAAUCCAUCCUAAUAUGCAUUCAUAAAUAAGAUAAGAUAAGAAGAAUUUUAUUUAUCCCUGAAGGGAAAUUUAAUAAAGAGCCAUGGAGUACUUACGAUCCACAAAAGCUGGAGCAGAGUUUUCCGUCUCUAAUCUCAAGUGAACCUAAUCGUAUAUGCUCCUAGUGAAGGAGAUUCAGUUUGUUUGUAGAGAUCCAAAUCAUUCAGCUCGGCAAGAACUGACUCUUUCAGCUCCCAAAUAGCUCUUCACACUAUUGUACGGGUACAAGAGCUGGGUUUUAGUGCAGUUUCAUUCAAAAUCGGCAUAAAACUUGUCUGUGUAGCCUUGUAUGCUGCCAUGGUACUGCAUUCAGUGAAGUCAGUGAAUAUGACCAAAUCUAAGAAAUCUGAAUUUGAAAUAUGCCACUAUUUGUCUCGAGUUUUCAUGGACAGUUCAGACUUUCUAGCUUUUGUGGUAUUUCAAAUGAGCCAUGAAAAAAUAGAGAAAAAAAAAUGGAAUAAAAGUGGAACAGUACAGGGUCAGAAAUUGAUCCUGUCAAUUGCUAAAUAAAGGGGGCCUCUUCAUCCCAAAACUGAGAGAUAUUCAUACCAAACUAGUCAUAUCACUUCACAUAACAAUGCUAAAAAACUGAAUAAUAAACCAGCUUCUGCAGCUUCUUUUCCUGCCUCUCUCUUGUCUGUAUAUCAGAGCUCCACAGGGUCAGGUUGAUACUCACAAACAUAUGAACGCCAUAUUGCACUGUUUACUACUCUGGGGGUCUGCUCUCCCACUGAAUCAGAGCUACUGGGGUCAAGACUGAUGACAGGGCUACCAACUAAAGGCUCAUUCGAGUUAUAUUUUCUGUUGCAAUGAGAUUUUAUUUUUUUUAAUUCAUAGAGAGAUGAUGCAACCCAGACUCCAUUACAGAAUGAACAAUUACAUUCAAUAUUGUGUUUUGAGGUAGUUUGCUGAGGGACCAUGUGUUUAAAUGACCUUUAGUUCUGCAUGUAUUUAAGCCUUUGUGCCAAACUGAUGUAUGAAUACAUGUAUUUUUCACCCUUGAAAGGAUAUUCCAGCAUAAAUUUAAGUUCUGGUCAAACACACUGUAACACUUCCCUCGGUGAUCGACUUGUCAGGACUCCCUCACAAACAAGCAGCUGCUGGAGGAGAGUAGGUGAGUUGUGUUUGGUCUCUUUGCUAAAGAAACCAGGCAAAGCUAAAAAGAUGUGGUAUAGACCGCUGUGUAUUGCUAUUGUACGGUCGUUACUAAAGUUGGUAUCACUAGAGAAGCAAGCGGUCGGUGACAUUCAUCUCUCGAGCGGGCGUUUAACUUGGUGUUACGGUGUGUUUGCCCAUAACUUAAAUUUACGCCGGAAUAUCUCUUUAAUGCCUGGACUACACUUCCUAUAUGAUCCAUAUUGUACUCCACAACCAACCAGUGUUUUUGUGUUGCAUUUCUAGGCUCAACAAAAGACUUCCUUUAAGUACUGGAAUGAUAAUGAGGCACCUGCAGGAAUCUUGGGGUUUUUGGGUGUCUGCAGCUCAAACAAUGAACAAUAUAACCACAGCAAAUCAGAUAAUCAUUAAGCACUGUUUAUAUUUGGCUUAUUUUGAUUAAGAUACUGAACUUUGAUUCAGCCAACUUUUUUUACGCAGUUAAACGUAGACUAGUCAGAAGUCACAGAUUACAGUAGUCCAAAUUAUGGGAUUUGCAUAAAAACCUGUGGAAAAAAAAGUGUACAAAUAAAACUUUUCAUUAAAUUCAUCAGAAUUGUCUCAUGUGGAGCAGUUUUACCGUCAACAAAAAUUAAGUGCAAAUAUUUCUACAUUAGCCAAAUCCGGGAUGAGUUAAUGGAUAAUGCUGAGAUAGGAAGCCAAAGAUGUUGAAGUGGCAUGUGCUGAAAGACAUUGAAUUUGUCCUAAAGUCAAUUGGAGCUCACUUUGCUGACCAUUAAAACAGCAUCACUGCCAGAGGCUGUUAAAAUGACAGUGGGAGCAGCAAGUGUCCUCUCUGGCUCGAGGUAGAAAGUGUGAUUCUACAGCCGAUAGUGUUAACUCCGAGUGACAGGGUGACUCAGUCAGGCUUGGUAUCUAAACUCCCAAAAGCUAAUCAGAAGAGUCAAUAGACUCUUGUGUGUCAGCUCCAGCACCCUUCUCUCACAGCCAUAUAUCCUCUGUUCUGAUCUUUUGAGCUCUGCAAAGGCUGAGGCAGGUGAUAUGUGAAAAUGGAUAAAAAUGUCAGGGCUGGUACAGAACAGGAAAGAAGGUGAAACAAAGUCUAGAGGAAGUCAAAACAGAGGAGAUGUCCAAGUGUAAUUGAAAUAAGAUAUUCCUUUAAUAGUCCUACAGGGGGGAAUUCUAAUAUACAGCAGCAUACAUACAGAUACAAAAAUAGAAAUUAAAGGAUAAGAAAACUUAGAAUUAAAAAAAACGGAACUAAUUGACUUUAGUCCAGAAACUGCAUGCUGCAAAAGCCUAUAUAUUCUGACGUAAUAAACAGUACUUGUCCCUGGUGCUUUAAAAAAAUGGGAGAACAGAAAGCUAAGCAGCUAAAACUAAUUUAUACUUUUGUUGGAUUAAGGUUAGACUACUUAAGUUGAAGCAAGGCAAUAAUAACCCAAACCUUUGAUCACCACAACAAAUCCAGUUUGCCUUUGAGAUAAGUGGACUCUGUGCACAUAAAGAUAGACAAAGUGACAACCAGAAAACAUUACCCGUCACAGCUAUUGUCAAAACAGAAGCACAGCAGUCUUUUAAAACACUUUUUCAGGGACGGACCUGACAUAAAACAAAUCUCUUCAGUACUUUUGAGUCGAUUGUUUCACUCUUAUGAAAAAGACAAAAAGAAAUACCAGUCGACUAAUUUAUUGCUGGACACAAAUAUUGAUUUAGACAUUUUGUCUAUUGAACCAAGCGCUGUCUUAACAUCUGUUUAAAUCAGAUUUGAACAAUGCUGUAAGUUCCAUAAAAAUGAUGAUUUAUGCCAACCUGCUGUUCCCUUAUAUAAAGAAAAUGGGAAAAGCUCAUUCAGACAUGACCAACGCAAUAGUAAUAUUAAACCAACAGAGCAAUGCAAACUGUCUUUUAAUUUUACUGAUGGAGUCACGUUAACACAUAUGGUGUUGGACACGAGGGAACAAAACCCACCAAGUAAACAAACUGAGGCUGUUCCCCUCCAAACUUUCUAAGCAGGAAAAAAAAAAGUGUCAUCACAUUCAUCUUGAGGGCUGCUGCUGAGACGCCUCCUGCUGUGAAUGGAAAAAGUGUGGGAGAGACUCACAACACCUACACAUGAUGCAAUUCUGUGAACACAAGUUAUUAGUGCAGCUUUCGAAAAACAACACUAUAGUACAAGUGAGUGUUGAAGUGCAUUUUUGUCACAUUUGCACUAAUUGGGGCUGUGUUGAAAAGGUGUUUUAGGGUCAUGAUUUGGAAAAAAAAAUAUGCAUGUCUUUUUGAACAGUCUUAAAUUCUGCUGAUAUUUUUAUGAGAAAAGUCUUCUCAGGCUUUGAAAGGUUUCUACAGGUCUUAUUUAUGCUGUUUUAUACCCAGCUUUAAGCAUCAGUAAAACUGGAUGAGUUUGACCUAGCUGUGUGCUGAGGGAGCUGACAUGAACCACUGUGCAUCCUUCUGUGACAUAAAGGAGGUAAACAUCGGUCAAGGGAUUGUAUAAGUGGUUAUGCUCUUCAUUUAGCAAUAAAUUAGCAUUCCUUCUUAUGAAUAAAUGGAUGACUCUUAAAAAGCCCUGUCGUUUCCGUAGCAGGGCUUCAUUCAACAACAUCAAUAUCAGAAUAAUUGUCCAAGACUUGAGAUGAGCUCUAACUUAGUCCCCUGAACAAGAAAGCUGCCCAACAAUUUCAAGGUACCGUAUUUUCGGGCGACAAGGCGCACAGUGAAUUAACGUGUCUACGUUCACACAUAAGGCGCAUCGGAUCGUAAGGCACAUUGAGCAUUGAUUGGUUUAUUGUUGCUAGCGCGUAUUCCAGGCCUGGGCUCCCUUACAUGAAUGCACUUCUAGUUUAGACAUUACAGUCAGGCAGCCUUGUAGACUGCUCAGGGGUCCUGUUACGGGACCGUAGUGACACAGCGUACCGUAAUGCUCUGAAUAUCCAUUGAGUGGAGCGGCUUCAUAGCUUACCAAAGUUGUACUUACACAUUUUGACAGAUUUUUGAGCGCAUUGUAACACAUACAAUCAUUUAGUAAGCACAACAAGUAUCAUACAUAAAGUGUGCUGGAUUAUGAGGCGCACUGUCAAUUUUUGAGAAAAUUUAAGGAUUUUAAGUGCACCUUAUAGUCCGAAAAACACGGUAUCCUCAAAUUGUACCUAAAAUACUGCCAUUAGGAAAAAAAGAUUUUAAAAAAAGAAUUGUAUCUUUCAUGUUUUAAUGUGUUAUUUUUAGCAGUAGUGCCAUUCUGCAGUAGCUGAUUUGUGUAAUUGUCAAAUUACUCCAUUAGCUCCAGUUCAGGCAUUAAUAGAUAAAAGAUAGUUUAAUUAAAUCAAGAGUCGUUUGCUAAGUGCUGAUGUCUGAAUAGUGAGCCCAUGCAAAAGUACUUGGUUUGGUUUAGUGAAUAUGCAUCCAUAAGUCAGUUUUACUCCAUGCUAGGGAGUCGUUAAGAGCCGCAGUCAUUGACAGAACAAUGGUGAGUGAAGAUUGAAUGAGAAAGGAGCUCAAUAUUCAGUCGUUUUCAGUUCAAGGAGGGAGGUCAGAGGGUCUUGUGCUGUUCUAUCUGGGUGCACUGAGCUGAACUCCAACAGCCAGUGAACACAUACAAUCAAUUGUUGGACUGUGCAAGACCAGUGGGACUGCAUUUACAGCCGGAGUUAAAUCAAAGGUCCCUUCAUCACAAUCUGAUUUCAAUGGAAGAGCUCUCCAUGCAUCAGCAAGAUGUAGGGAUGUUAAUUACCUGCCUGCUGAGUGUGUGUGUGGAUGUGUGUGUAUGUGUGUGAGUGCACAUCUGCACCUUUUUAUGUGGAUUUGAUUAAGUGGGAAAUAAGAGAACAGACUAGCAUUAGUUUGGACCUGCAGAACGUGGCAGUUUGAUUAGUUCAGUGUUGUAAUCUCUUUGAUUAAAAGCAGUUCAAACAGUGCACUGCUGCACACAAAUGGAGAGAUUUAUACCGUCUGUAUGUGUGUGUGUGUGUGUGUGUGUGUGUGUGUGUGUGGUCAGGUGGUAAAUGAGGCAGAGUAAAAAGGUUUCGCUGUGCGUGCACGUUUAUUUUUCUCUCUGUCACUGAGACUGUGGAUGUUGUUGUCAUAAUAAGAUGUUCCUGUUAGAAAAUGAGGAGAUGUAGUGAUUAUCCUCCCAUGUGGUUUAAUAUGAAUGUUUGUCAAGUGCUGUUUGCUCCAAUCUACUUAUCAUAGUCACAUGAAAACAAUAUAAUUAAUUGUUUGGAUAUAAUCCCAUUAAAUUGUCGUUCAGACGUUUUAAUAUCUUGUUUUUACCCUGUAGGCCAGUAAUGAUAUUUGAAGUGCUCUCUCCUCACUGUCAUCCUUAAAUCAAAGUGGAGUCUAGCAGUUUGGGGUAAUGAUGUGAUCUUAAGAUGGAUCCACAGUAUUGAUCAUGUGUAAUUUAAUUUGACAGAUAUGUAGGGCAAGGCCUUCUUGGCGUAAUUAUACAGGCCCCACAGGACUCAGUCCCCUUGAGACCAACUGAGUACUUUCAGAAAGGUUUUUUUUUCUUCUUCUAUCCUGCUGUCUCUAUCGAAAGUUAAAGAACAUGAUGCUGUUUUUCAGCUUUGUUGAUUUAGUCUCAUGGACAUCAUUCUGCUCACAUAUUCUGUCUUCACCUCUACCUUGCCCUCUUGAACUAGAGUUAUUAAUUAGACAUUUAUGGUGAAUGAAACAAUAUCCUUACUAGGGAUGGCUGUUUCUAAUUUUUAUUGAUACUGAUACCAUUAUUGAGACUUGUAUUUCAAAAUAAAAGCAUGUGAAAGUCUUUUAAUAUAUAUAUAUAUAUAUAUAUAUAUAUAUAUAUAUAUAUAUAUAUAUAUAUAUAUAUAUAUAUAUAUAUUAAUUUAAUAAUGCAAUGUCUCCUUUUAAGGAGUUUUAUUUACUCAGUUAAUGAUGUGGAUGAAUCAUAAACUUGAACACUAUUAAAAAUGGAUGAUAACAUAACAGUUAACUCUGUUGAUCAAUAAAAUUUAUGGACUUUAGGUAUUUUGUUGCUCUGUCCUCGUCUUGUCUUUUUUCCGUUGAACUUAUUGCUAUGUUUUAGAGUUUAAGUUUUUCAUAAAUACUAAGGUAAUAUUGUUAUUGUUAUAUAUUUGUACCACAAUUAUCCUGAGGGGAAAAUCUGAUAUCCUGACAGCCUUACUCUAUCUGAUUCACAUGCAGAGAAACUCUCCUCACAGAGGUUUUCAAAUAUUACAGCCAAGUCUUCUCUCCUCCUGUGAAAGCCCUGUAGCUCCUCCAUCAGAUGGUAAUCAGUCGCCAAAGCCUGCUCUGGUGGAAGGUUGCCCACAGUCGAGUUGGAGAUUGGCCAUGGAGCCUGCUGGUGUUGAUAAGACAGGUCUGUGGGCCUUUGGACCCUGACUCUAGACCUUUCACUUUAUCUUCUAAUAAAUCCUCCUCUGAAUCUUUGGCCCUGACUCUUUGAAGAUCUCUUGAAGUUGUUGUGCUUCGUGCUGGAGAUACUGCACAGACUUGUUGUUGGAUCUACAAUACUCAGGAUUUUGCCAAUAACUUUCACUUACUUUUUGGAGCUGCAGGCUUUGGUUGUUUGGUUAGUUGAUCAUAUUGUAUUGAUGUGUUAUUUGACUUUUUUUCUCUUAAAUGGUAUUGUAUGCAUUGUAAAUCUAUUUCUAUGUAGGGGAGCAGCACGAGCAAAUAAAGCAAGCACCUCAGGGAUUUGUUUGCCAAACACCAGGUAGAGUAAAAUGUCAGUGAUGUCAAAAUACGAACCUGCAAACGAGGGUUUCUGUUUACUCAACAAAUUAAUAGAAACCUGUGUAGCAAUUUGAAUUUAUAAUUAGAUACAACUUUAUAUAUCCUCUGGGAAGGUUCCCUCAAGCAAAUUAAAAUUAAUUAUUAUUAUUGUUCUAUAUACUUGUAUUCAGAUUAUUCAAUGAAAUUAUAACCAUUUCUUAACUCUUUCUGCUACUUAGAGUAAGGUUAUGAUUCAUAUUCAAUCACUUUAACUCUUACAGGUCUAUGAAACUGUCUGGAAGGCUGUUGAUCUAAAAAUCUAAAGACUGAAGGGUUUAUUCUAUCAGAGUGAUAUCUUGGCCUGUAGACUACGUAGAAAAACAGUACACAUCUCAUUUUGACACAAAUUUCAUAAGAAGACUGAUUUGUAUAUCGUUGAAAGCUUCAGACAUCAAUGUCAGUCAUUUAAAUUCUCUCACCAGAUGAAUGCAGUUUUUAUCAGUAUAUGGUUGAGUUGGAUUUUAAGGCUAGGGCUUCAACUAACAACUAUUUUAAUAGUCAACUAGUCACCGACUUUUGAGAUGAUUAGUCUCGACUUACCGGAUAAUUACGCGCCUUCUCCUCAAAUGUUUGUGCAUCACUGAUGCUGCCAUGAUACGCAAGGUCUGCUUUGCAAACCUUGGAAGUUUUUUUUUUCCGCCUUAUUUAGGCUAAAGUGUUCCCAAACUUUGGAGGUUUUUAAGGGCGUACUCAUAGCUGCUGUAUGGGUUGCCAGUUCUGCCAUGUUUGAAGACUCUACUGCUGGGCAGAGAUGCUAUUAGGCAUGUUUGACUCUAGGCAGUGAUUGAAAUUGAAAUCAAUUGAAAUCAUUGUCGACUUUUUUCAUUAUCAAUUUUUGUCGACUAUGUUAACUAAACCUAUUUAUGACAGAGGUCUGGAGGUCGGCAUUCUGCUCCCCAAACCUUUCCUUGGAUUUUGUGUGUUCACACACUUCAAGACAGUAAAUCUCAAAUGGGAGACCUGCGUUGGGGCAUGAAUGAAUAUUUAGAUGGUCAGUGAUGGAGUUAGUUUGAAAGGUAAUAAAAACUCUGUAUCUGUUCUUCGAAUUGGCAAAUUGAGAAGAGGCAGUGGUUUGGGUUUACCUCCGGUUUAGUCAGUUGUGUAACCAGAAAAUCCAAACAAGUCUGGAGAGAUUUGAAUGACCCUGUGUUCUGGGGCAAGGAACCUUUUCAGCGAGAAAUGAGGGAGUUUCACACAAAGGGUUGUCUUGAUGCUACACCAGAGAGCAGAGGCAAAGGUUUAGUCUAGUGAGGGGUCAUGAUGGGGGAGCAUUUUUAAUAACCAUCCUCAUACACUGAUCAAAAACACCGGACUAGAGAGCAAUGGGUGUCUGUUCAGGUUUUUGUGGGAGUGUGGGCAUUGAUGCAGAUAAUUUGUUUUGUAUAAAAGAUUCAGAGAGAGAUUUACAGCCAGAGAUCAUGAAGGUGCCACUGGAAACCUUGAUGUACUGAAUACAUGAAUAGAUGCAUGUAAAAUGCUGAAAAUAUAAACGAGACUAAGUCUACUUUGAGGAUAUGAUACAGAGAUGUAUGAGUCAGACUAGAUUUGAGAUUUGUAGUCAAUGAGGGGUAAAGGUAGCCCAAACUGUCUGGAACUGAGAGGUCAAAACUCUAGGUGGGUGCAGGUCCUAAAUCAUUUUCUGGUCCAGCAUCUCCUGGUGUUUUCUGUGCUGAGAAGAUAGAGAGGAGCAGAAUGAAGGGGUUUUAAAGGUGAAGGGUCUUGAGAACCUGGUCAAAGAGGGGAGAAGGGUUUAGGUAGAUAUACAUACACAUAAGUAAUGGCAUUAAGUAGACACAGGAGGAAGCAUUUAUGAGGAAGUCAUCGAUGGUAAGACUCAUUAGUAUUCAGUGUAUUAGCCUUUGGAAAUUCCCUUUGGCCCCUUAGAGAGCGGUUAGCCCAGUUCCUAUUCCUGUCUCUCCACUUGCUAUCGACAAGUGAUGAUAAAUAAAUCAACUAGCUGAAGGUACUUUUGAAACAACAACAAAAAGAAAACAAUAAGGAUAUAACACAAUUUUAUAGCUGUAAGAAAGAACACAGACCUUCAGUUUGGGUCAAUUUUAGCAUAUCCUGUAGACAAGCAACCUUUUCUUACAUGAUUAAGUAGUGCCUUAAAAAUAAAAAAAUGAAAAAUCUCAUCCUGCUGACUUUUAACAGUCAAAUGUAUCAUUCAGUUGGAAUCUUUUGUGCUGAUAUUGUAAAGACCUUUGCACCCGUUUCAGGCAUUAAAAACUUCAAUAGAACAUAGGUCGGUCUUGACAUUAUAGAGGUCUUGUUUGCUUCCAUGAUAAUAAAAGAGCAUCAAUAUGAAUUUCUGUCUAUUUUAAAGUUAUCAAAAAACACCUAACAAAAGCCUGAAAGAAAGUAUGAAGCAUAGUUUCAGUGAGAAAUGCUGAAGACAGUAAAACAGAGCAGAGAUACAAAAACCUGACAAUAGCAAUGUCACAUCACAGACACUGCCCCGACUUAAAGGAGAAAUAAAGGCUGUCAGACAAACAAACAGGUAAAUAGAAAAGCUCAUACUGUGUCAAUGACGGAGCACUAAAUUUCCUUUUUUUUGAGUGUGAACAUGCCACAGUGGACACAAAAUGUUUUAGGGUAAUCGUCUCAAUUCUCAGAAACAGAGACCUCUCUCCACACUUUGCUGUAAUAUGGUAUUACAGGAUUUAUGAUGUGUUUUCAAAGAAAAUGAUCAUGAAAAUGGUUUCAUACUUCAAUCUUCUUGUUCAUUAAAUUGACAAUAGUUUCCAGUUUAGCUGUGAGUGAGAUCUUUCUAGGAUAGGGAGGCAGAGAAUAUUCUUCUUAAAGUCAAAUUUUGCUGCAAUUAACGCAUUUCAAAAAAUAACCAGGCAGCAAACAAUGAAAAUAAAAUUUGGACACUAAAUUUAAUUGUUGUCUCAGAAAGUUACCUUGUAGGUAAAAGAACAGCCACAGCUUGACAUCUGGGCUAUGAUAUCACUCAAGACCAGUGAACUCAAGAGCUCCUGAGAGUGCUACUCCCUACAGCCACUUCAUUUACAUCAAAGCCAGAGAGCUUAUUACAUUAGCAUUAGGCUAGCAGUGAUUUAUUAUCACUCAUCAUUGUGUUGUCAUUUUGCCAAUCAUGUUAAUAUAUACCCCACACACUGUGUGCUUUAAUGUAGAGGAGCUUUGAUUAUGGUUGUGAAUACUGAAGACAUGCACACGCAGCCAUGUUGUUAGAUAUGCAACUUGUACAUAUUAGAUUUUUAAAGGAAUAAUUUGUGUUUUUUCAACUUCAUUUUUUUUUUCAAGGGAGUGCACAGAAAAUUGAAUUUAGUGUAUUUAAUAAUCUUAACUAUGCAGUGUGCAUAGGUGGUGCAAGGGCAGAAGGAAUGGGGAAGCUCUGGGACAAAAAACAAAAAACAAGAAAAGAAAGUCUUUACCCAUAGGCAGAUACAUAUAAUAUUUAUGUUCAGCAGCAGAAUGAUUCCUUUCAUUCUCUACUGUUUUUUUCUUUCUUUUGUUUGCUGUUUUAAUUAAUUUUUUAAUUAAUGAAUGUUCUUACCUUAAUGAAGGAGAAUCCUCCGCGGGGCCUUUAUAUCAUAUUUCUCAACUAUUUCCUCAGGUUUAAUCCUCUUAGUUAUGUCAGUCUCAAUGUACAUAUGCUGCAGAGAUGACAGUCAAUGCUGUGCCAUAGUUGUCGUCAUCCAGUUGCAUACCUGCCGCAUGGCUGAGAUUGUGCGCUCACACUUUGCGGUCCCGACUGGAGGCAACAGUGCCAAUUUCAGCACUUUGGUGAAGUUUGGGUAAAAUGCAGUCAAGGCAGUGGCUUCAAAUUUUCCAGAGUUGCACCACCCGAACUCCUUUUCACCAUGACUAAAAUGUAUUAAUGUAUUUCCCACCUCUUUCUAAAAUAAUGUUAAAAAAACAUUAUUUUAUUAUUUUAUUGUGAUUAUUUCAUCUUAUUUUCUGUGCUAAGCUUCUCCUAGCCAAUAAUAGUGCCGCCUUUCGCUGUUUGUCACGUAGUGGAGGCUUGCACAGCUGUGGAUAUGAUAGACGGAGAAGCUAUUGUUAUUGCUCCUUCUUCCAUCACACUUAUGUCACACUCACUAUAGUGGCUCUUUCUUUUAUUUCGAGGUGGAUAUAAAAAAGUUACCACAGUUUAGAAGAAAAAAAUGUCACUUUCAUGUGAACAAGCUUUGUAAAGUGGAGCUUUUUACUCCUCUUCUUCACUGUCUGGCUGUCCAUGCUCAAACGAGACACUGCAAGCAGCAACAGCUGAAAGGGACCUCAGUCUUUUAAUGAAAGAUGUAGCAGCUCACGUGCACUGAAGAUGCCGUUUGCUUUACUCCACCUCCACCUGAUACACUAUUCAGAGGCAAUAUUUUUGAUGCAACAUGUCACGAUAAAGAUCAGACAUGAUUAAUGCCAAUGACCCCAGGAUCUGCAUCUCAUUGAUUCUAACACUCAGUCAUGGUUGUUGCCACAUGUCAGCUUCUAUUUCUGUAUCUCUUGCAGACUCCUCCAUCAUUUUUCAUCAACAUUUUACCAUCGCAGAAUGGAGAGUGGAAUAAAUUAAGAAAAAAUAACAAAACUUUGCAGUUAUUGAAUUUUCCACUGACCGCCUGAACCUUAAAAAUAAGAAAGAGAUGACCCCCAGCAACUGUGUUUCUUGUCAAUCUUCAUUCUUCUUGUGUUAUUUAGUUUUACCUGUUAGAGGAAAUUGAAGGGGGUUUAAUCUUCUUGGCCUUGCCUUUAAAAUAGCCAGGUAUCUUCAAUAUAUUCCAAACACCCUGAUCCAUUACAACGUGAAUCUUUGCAAGGAGCUAAAAAUAUCAGAAAUAUAAUUUGAGCAUGAGUAAAUAUAAUCUAGAUGAAUAUGCUGUUUUCCCUUCUUUAUAUUACAUAUGUCAAAAAAUGAGCUAUUAUAGUAUCUAUGAGAGCAGAGGAGGGUGAAAAGUGAAACGAGAAUUGCAAAUUCCACCGCGCUGCCGCACACUGAUGGUUAGAUUGACCCAGUCUGAGAAAAAAGAGACCGUGGGAGAGGGAGAUAAGGACAGAGGAGUUGUAAGUCUGGAGCAAAAAGUGAGAAAAAAAAGAAAUAAAUAUGAAAGAAAAAAAAUAAGAUGGUAAGUGUGAUCAAACAGAUACCUCACAGGCUGCAGAACACAAAGUCUGAAUUGUGAGGCAAGACAUGAGAGGGAAAUAACAACAGGGACAGCUUAAUCUGCCAUGUUUGUGUAUGUGUGUGAAUUACAAGGACAGAAGAAGAAGAAGAGUCAAUUCAGGUGGAGAGUUUUCACUCUGAAGGAGGAUCAGUCACACUGAGUUGAUCUUAUUGUUCAGGUUAAGAGGAUGAGCAGCAGAGUCCUCUGGAGAGCUUUACUAACACCCUGACAGCUCACACAGAUCAAUAAGGGGACAGAUAAUUGUGUUGAUACAAAGACUCUUAACAUGUCCAUUACCAAAAGUGGGUCAUUGUGAGCAGCUAAAUGAUUAAAGGUCCAAAAGGGAUCAUGGUGGGAAAUGUCGUUGGAUUUAAUUGAUCUCUGCAGUUUCCACAUGUGUUUUCUUGUGGUUUUAGUGCUGAUCUUCUCAGUGAAUUUAUUUAUUUUAUUAAAGAAAGUCAAAUUUAAUCUGUCCUGCAAUCUCUUCCCUUAGAAAAUGAUGGAGAAGUUCAAAAUUAGACCCACUGCGCAGACAGAUAAGAUGUUUUAAAAACUUAGGGGAAAACUGUCUUCUUUUUCACGUUGCAGGUCUACUGUAAGAGUCAUAUGUGCUGACAGGGACAGGCCUGACACUGUGGGGUUGAUAGAUCCUUGGGGAAAUCUCCAACAUGAAUGUGUAAUUUUACGUUUCAUCUGCCUCUUGACAUGGUGUCAUUUAUGAUCUCUUUCAUCAUCGUUCUGUCAUGUUUAUGGCCCCGUAAAAACAUCCAUUACGAGUAUCACUGGAGGAAUCGUCACCACUUCACUUCAGGCUGCAUUUAAGAGCGCUGUACACCAGUAGCUAAGACGUGACUCACUGAGGGGUCUUUGGAGAAGAUUUUUGGUGUUUAGAUUUUUGUGAUGACACAUCUUAUCGACACAGUAUUUUGAGCUACUUUUGAAAAAUGGGUAUGCUUUUUAGUGCUUUUACAACUCCUUCACAUCAGCAGGGCCUCCUUGGCCGGUAAACUAUCCCAAAACCAUCGAGCCUGGUUGAGUUCAGCUCUGUUGCUUAAUGUGCGUCAGGGUGCAGCUCUGCCUGCUUUGAUGAAAUUUAGUUUAAUCAGAUACUAGAUAGAGACAGAUACUAGACUCCAUAGUGAAACUCAUUAGAGAGGAGCUAGAACUCCCUUGGGUAGUACGCAUAGACUGUAUAUACUAUGGACAACUUGGCUCUACCUUCGAUCAGUAUACGAAUUUGAAGCCAAGUUGCCCCUAAUAACUCUUAAAAAUGGAGCUACACAGAAAAAAAAAAAUACUUGAGCACAAACCAGUCUGACAGUAACUACAGAAAAAUUAUAUUCUGUGUAAUUAAUUUCUGAAGUUUGUCCACAGCUCCAUAGGGAUUGCUGAAGGAGGCGGGAUUUAUGACCUAUACUGCAGCCCGUCACCAGAGGGUGCUGUUUUCACGGUGGCUUUACCCAGCGAGGAGGCAGACAGUGUCCAUUCUAUAUACAGUCUAUGGUAGUGUGUCAUACACAAUACACACUUUGCUGAAUAACACACCCAGACACACACAAUAUAGUCACUUCUGCAUCAGAACCAUAUUUAUUAAUAUUAUUCUAGUUACCCUCAUCUGCAGAAGGCUGAACAAUCCCACUAACUGAGAGAUAUCUUCACCUUUGUAUUUACAAUUUCCCCUUUUAUUAAAAUAUCUAUUUUCUUUCAAGAUUCCCAAACAAAUUGGAAACAAAAAUGUCACUUUGGAGAGUCAAGAGCAGCUCCGCUGGACAGAAAGUGGACUGUAAAUAUCAAAAACAGCUGUAAAAGCAAUUUACCCAAAUCAAUACAUGAGCCCAAUAUGUAAGAAAGAGCAGUGACUCAAGGUCAACUAACAACAGUGAGACACCACUUCAGAAGCGAGCUUAUUCACUCUGGCACAGCAAGGAAGAUGAACGCUCCUGUGUCUGGACACAUGGGGCCAGUAUUAAAAGUCGAGUAUUUUGCUUAGUUAAGCACAAAGACUCGAAGGUUAUUUGGAGACAAAAAAGAAAUAUAAGAAAAGAAAAAAAGCCUUUGCAACUACUUUGUGGCUGAUGAGAAAAAUUCUCUCCAAGUUCGUUUUUAUUGACUCCUUUUCUCUUUUAUUUUUGCGUCACUGUUCACUUGAUUUGUGAGCGAUAACCUUCAUGUUACCUGCCAUGAAAAGGUGAAGAAUAAAACUUUGAAGUGGAAGGCAAAUUAGCCACAAAAAUCUAACCACAGAGAAAAAAAAGCAGUCAUGGCCAACUUUUUGUAGCUCAUUCGUCUUUCUCACAAUAAUUGACAUCAAGAGCAGGAAUUUUUAUAGUCAAUCUUGUUCUCACCUUGCUAAUAUAAUGGGCAAAAAUAUUUUUAAUUUACCUGAAUGGAGCUUUUUGAGGUGUUAAUCUUAAAGCAUUGAAACACAAACUUUACAGGGACACACAGACUGUCUCUCUCUUUCCUUGUUGUGUAUGAAAAGAAGUCCCUCAGGUCUCCAAAAAGAGACAUCAGACUUUUCUGUCUCAGCUUUUAUCAGAGUCAGAUAUCCACUGAGAUGUUCAGAGAGAACAGAAGAAAACAUAGCAGCAUGUUUAACAGAGCUUCAGUGUUCCUCAGCGACGCUUUCAUCCUGUUUUCAAGAAAAGGGUUUAUUCUCGUCUUUUGUUAUGUUGUUGUUUUGCUGUUUCUUUCGACUCAAAGCAGUUUUGUUAUGGCAAGUUUCGUGUUUCAGACAUAUCUUAUAGGAUUAAAAGAGUGCAUAUGUUUUCCUUUGGGUGGAUCCUUUCAUCUUACCUUGUGCACUCACACACAAUGACAAGACUGACAAUGGGAAAGCUCAAAAGCCUUUUAAAACGACAUGACCGAUUUCACCCUGAUUUCACCACAAACUGGAGCGCUGUCACUUUUUUUUUUUUUGUGGAGCUGUGUAAUCCCAGGAAACAUUUUUCUCUUAAUUUAUCCCUUUAACCUCGUUGAGUUGACUUCCUCUCUCUUGCUCUCAUCCUCAAAUCAGAGCAGAGGCAGUCAUAGUCUGUGAUGAGUGAGCUGCAUCGUAUGUAAAUCCCACAGAGAAAAGGGCACACGCUGCAAGUAUGUUUCUAAUGAGAGAGGCUGGAAGUAAACUGACCUCUCCGCCAGAUGGGCCGCAGACAUUCAUCAUAGUGAAUUCAUGCUGAGUGACAGGGUGAGGAGGUGGGAGGGAGAACUGCCUGAUAUCAGAGCAACUAUGGCUGGGCAAUAUGGGGAAAAGUUUAUCACGAUAUAUUUCAUAUCAGUCUAUUUUUGAUAUAUAUAUAUAUCAGGAUAUUAAAAAAAAUCACUUGUCAAUCUUUAAUGUUCUCUGUCACUCUUAAAUGAAAUACAGUACUUAUUGGUAGCAUGUCUUUUUGUAUACAAAUUCGAGUUUAAAAAUAAAAGGAAAAUGAACAAAUGUGACAGUAUGGUAAUUUUAAAGCCAACUCUAGUUAUUGGUAUAAUCUACCAAAACAUGGCAGGAUGCCGACUAUCGAAAAGCAUAUCGAUCAUGUUUCAUAUCGACAUCGAGGGAAAUUAAUUUUUGAUAUAUAGUUAUCGUUUCAUCGCCCAGCCCUAACAUAACACUGCUGGUGAUUCAGAGAAUAAAGAUAAAGAGAUGAAGAGAGAAAAGACAAAAAAGACAAGAGAGAUAAAAAUAAAGGGAAUGAGUGGAGCAGAGUUGUAUUGUAGUGUUCAGCACUUAAGUUCUAAUUGUUUUCAGCUUCACUGUAAAACACAACAGAUCUCUAUGCUGAAGGUAAUUGAUUUAGCUGUAACUGUUUGUAAUUGAGCUUCCAUCUAACUGUUUUUGUUCACUGUGAUAUUCAGCCUCUAAAUUCUUCUCUCUCAUACUUUUCAACCAGAGAAGAUCCUUAAAUCUGAGCUUUGAAGUGAGGCUGGCCUCUGAAGUGAGAACACAUGAAGAUAGGGAGCUCUUAAUACAGACUGAGCCAAAAUAUGCUCAGGGAGAAACUUGGAUCUUUCCUCUAUAAACACACUCUCCUCAUGCUCACUUUAAACCCUCCACAGCGUUUGUGCAACUUCUCAAAAAGUACACAGCUGAGGAUAAAAAUAAAAGGACAAACAGGGUUCAAAAGAACUGGCACAACCAUACAGCUUUUGAUAUCUUUUAAAUUUGCUCUCACCUUGAACAGUGAAGCACCGCUUGUGGUCCACCUCCAGAUCCCUGAGCUUGAAUUGUAUUUUUGCAAAACAGUGUGUGACGGCGUCAGACAGCGGAUGGUGGCUGGAAAAUGUGUUGUAUUUACUUCUGACUGUGACCUGGAACACCUGAGGGAGAGACAGCAGCCUGAUAAACCUCAGCUCUGCAGUAAAUCAAAUCAGAUUGGAGGAUUUUAUUUUGCACUCUUUGUUUUUUGGUUUGUGUGUAUCCUCAUCAGCUGAGAAAAAUGUAAUCACUCUGCCCUCGCCGUCUGUGCAAGAGAAGCUGCAAGAGGGAAAAUGACUUUUUCAGUGGUUCAGUGUGGAUGUGGGAAUGACUUCAGUGUUUCUGUGAUUAGUUUGAUAUCUGAUUGUGAGCUGAAGGAUUUUGGCGCUUAAUCAUCUGCAUGGCAAACAGCAAAAUUAACGUUAUCUGCUAAUAAAGUAUUUGUUUUCCUUUUUCUACAGAUGACUCAAAUGUACAAAGCUGUGGUUUUCAGACAUUUUCUUCUAAUUCCAGAAUAUUAUAUAUAUGAAGAAACAAAUUCACCUCUGUCUACUGUCUUUUGAACUUUCCUUUUUCUGUUUUAUGUCCCAUUUUUAUCUUAUCUGUUUUCUGGCUCUUCCAACACCAUACUCCAUCCUCCAUUGCUUCUUAUCUCCCUCUUUUCUUCUGACUCAUGUCUCCCUCUCUCUCUCCUUGCAGGGUGGAGGCAGCAGGAUACCAGCGGGUGCUGCAGGUGGACCUUGAGGUGAACGGGUUGAUGAUGAAUCAGGGGGGACGGGAGGUGACGUGGCAGGUGGAGUAUCCGCUCAUCCGCACCCUGACCAGUGAGGUGCCCACUCUCAUCCGUCUGGCACCGCAGGACCUUGGAGGCAUUGUGCCGUUAGCGAUGGUGAGGCAGGAAUGAGACAGAGCUUGAGUGUAGAGAAAAGCAGACCAUAAACAGAGACAGUCUUUUAUGGUUUUACAUCUGCAUUUGUGAGCAAUCAUGAUUUUACUAAACAUAUAUGACUAUUGCUAUCCAAAACAUUCAAGGACAACCUGGAGAGAGUUAUUUUUCACAGAUCAUUUCAUUAAGACAAACCUUCAGGCACUUCAUUGAGAUUAAUAAUGGCAAAUUUUUUUGUCUAUAAUGUCUUUAAAAGUAAACAGCCGCAGUGCGAAAAAUUAGGUACCUUGACUUUAAUGUCCUGGAGGCAAUGUUAGAGUAGCAGUAGUUGCAUUCAUACUGAACACUUGUAAUUUACUGUUACAAGUGCAGCAAGGACAGCAGCAUGCCUCAGCUGUUGAUAAGAAGACAAAUACAUUACUGUCACUAUGUAUGAACACUGGUAUUAACUGGAUAACUCGUAAUCAUGUAAGAUGAGAAGCAACUGUCAAGGUUUUGAGUUCUUGGAUGGCUUAUUUGCACCCCUAAAGGUAUUUUAUAGUAUAGUUUGUAGUAGUGCAUAUCCAGUUUGACAUCUAAGAUUGGUAACCAUAUAUCACGAGAGAGACAGAAACCUGUCUGUCGGAUCUGAACUAAAACAAAAUAGUGAUUUGCACCCCUACAUUCUCAAAGUGGCAUGGAAGUAAAACAAAGUGAUUCGUGAACCACCCACUCUUUACCUCCUGCACAUGGAGGUAAAGAGGAGGCGCUGUAUGACCUGAAAUACUCUCAAUUUUUUGCUGCAAGGGCACAGGCAAUUUUCUUUCAUUAGUAAGCAUUUAUACUAAAUUGUUCUAUUAUUUAUUAACCACAUUAAACCUCUGAACAGGAAACCUGCUGCAAAGGCAGUAAAGUUAGAUACUCGGAUGAAAGUGUGCGUUAGAGUUUGUCAUUGAUCUUUACCUUUGCAGCAGGACUUUCAGGUAGACGCUGAGCAAUGCUGACGUCUAUGUUCAAUACAGCUCUCAUCUCUCUGUGCAAGAGAAACGCAUACUCGAUCAAUAUCUAUCUGCCAGACCACAAACACACAAAUUACUGCUAUCUUCAUUGAAAACUUACAUAAUUAUGUAAGUGGUAAAAGAUCAAGAGCAAAAAGAUGUUUUAAAUCAAUAACUUAAUGUUUUUAAAUCUCUGAAAAAUCUAAAUUUGAUCUGAGGGGAAAGAUGUCUGCACAGAGUCUGUUCACUCAUUAGAAGAGACAGUCAGUGAGGCCCCUACAGCGCUACACAAUACAUCCCGAUGAUAUUAUCAGUAUCUUUUUUUAAUUAUGAUUAUGAAGUUUUUUGACAAAAUCAUGUUACCAAUGUUAUUUUCAAGGACUUUUAUUCUGCAGCACGUUAGCUUGUAGCCUAACAUUACCAGUGUAGUAGAAAUGGCAGGUAACAUAGGAGCUAUUCAGUUCUCAGACACUAAUGUCUUUUGGGACAUGAUGGAAGCUAAUAUCAUAAUUAGCUUUCUUACAAGCCUUGCAACCCACUACUGCAUACACUUGGUCCACCAUCGUCCUCUCUACUUCUCAGGGUCUGGCCUGCAGAGUGGAGCGCCAGGGGCAGUGCUUGAGUUUAGAAAAUCCUUCUGUGUCUGGGUCUGCCAGAGAUUCACAGCGAUUUGUAUAUAGAAAUACUCAGAAAUACUCAAAUAUAAAGUUUGACCCUGAAACCUAACCCUCCAAAUUUAAAAAAAUUCCUACCAUGUACAACGACGUAUCAAAACAGAGUGUAGCAAAUGAAGAAAUACCCCACAGCCACUUGUUCUUCACUCUUCUUCUCACAGGUUAACAAUAACUACCUUUCCUUUGACCUGUAAUAGCAUGUACUUGUGAAUAAAAACAGUCAACGGCAUGGAUCUGACUUAUACUGAAUGCUAUAGUGUAGUAUGUGUCAUCCUGUGUGAGCCCUGUGCAUCGUGUCUAAAAUUGCUGGGUCAUUAAACAAGGCAGGGGUUGCCACUAUAAACCCUGCACUAAACCUGCACCUACAGGAGAUUUCUGACUGAUGAGUUUGACAGCUGAUUCUUACAUUAUCAUGUGGUGGCUCAACUUUUUACUUUGACAUGUUGUGUUAGUUUCUUUUUUUAUUUGUUGCACAGUCAGUUUAGACAUGAAACACCGUAACGUAAUGAAAAGGUCAGCUAUAAGAGCUAUAUUCUCUUUUGUAGCUGUGCUGCAGCAAGAGAAGGAGAAGCAGCUCUUAAGAAUGUCAGUCAGGCUUUACUCUGAAGUUAAGCCUGUCCAUUUGGUAAAUUGUUUGUUUGUUUGUUUGUUUGUUUGUUUUUUGCUGGCUUACUCUCUCACCCUUCACCACUCCGUCAGUUUGACUGGGGGGAAUACUUUUUUACUUGGCCAGUAGGGGCCAAAGUCCAGCACAGAGGAGGUCGACUUGCUUCUUCUAAUUAAAUCCCCUCAGGAGGAACAGGAUGGAAAUCUCAAAACACAGACAGGCUCUAUCAGGGGCAGCUGGUUCACCACUACUGACUUUGGCAUUUACUCACUCAGUGUUAAAGGGCGUGAGAGGGUGAGGAGGGAAAAACAACAGCGGCUUUGUGUUUAAUCUCACUAAAAGUUUCCUGAUAUUAAAGUCCAAAAAAUAAAAAUACAAAAAAAUACAAAAGAACAGAAAGUCAUCAGGUUGAGAAGAAAAUCAACCACUGAGAAAAAGAUGAAAUCACUGCUUGUCCUGUUUGAUAAUCAAAGUAUUUUAUCAUUCUGGUCCUUAUAACUGGUCACAACUUUUUGUUUGCCAAUACUGCAGUAACAGGGCCUUUAUAAAUCAGCGUUUAUAAGAUGCGACACUGGAGUUAAAGUAUAGGAAGGUUUAUUAUAACUUGAUUAAACCAACAAUCUCUAUUUUUAAAUACUGAGUGUUAAGUAUAUGUGCAAAAGACAAAACAAGCUUAUUUAAGAUUAAACACUCUUUCUGCUUUUUAAUUAAAACUUCAUUAAAAUUCCUGCUGCUUAAAUAGUAUGUUUAAGCGAAUGAUUAAAGCAUAUAUACUGGAGUUGUCCUGGUUUUUAUUAUGACACCAUAAAACAGCCUUUAUAUAGGCUGUGAAAUGUUACCAUUUUUUGGUGAGUGGCCAAGGAAGACUGUAAAGGUGCUGGUGGAAAAAUGCUUCAUAUUUAAGAUAUGAAAUAGAGAGUUGGGAGUGUGGAUUGGGCAAUAUAAUCGCACUAAGCUACAGUGGAGCACGGUUUACGACUUGUGUGCUUAUUUUCAGACUAAGCUGUUGAGUUAAUAGUGAAGCACUGAGUCUGUGCAGGUCAGAGAGGGCUUUUCAUUGCACUGCUUGUCCCUGAUUUCAAAUAUAUAGCCAGCAAACAGGAUCAAAUGUUCUCUUCAAACUGUAACAUAGACUGUAUAUAGAAUGGACACCUUCUGCCUCCUCGCUGGGUGAAGUCACCACGAGAACAGCACCCUCUGGUGACGGGCUGCAGUAUCGGUCGUAAAUCCUGUCUCCUCCAGUAAUUCCUAUGGAGCUGUGGACAAAUUUAAGAAAAUUAAUUCAAUAGAAUAUACAUUUUUCUCCCCCCUGGUUGGGAUGUUGACAUAUAGUUACUGUAAGACUGGUUUGUGCUCAAGUCCUCUUUUUUUCUGUGAAGCUCCAUUUUUUUAAAGUUAUCAGGGGGUUCAUGUUUUCUAUGAUUGACACUUGUUACAGCCAAUGGAUGUACGUAGAUGGGGUAGCUCAUCCGGGGAUAUGCUGUUGGAAAUACCGAGGGCACUUAAUAUAAUGACGGAAGGUGAAACCAAGUUGUCCAUAGUUUAUACAGUCUAUGAUUAACACAUAUAGUAACAUAUUUUAGAACUUGUUACCGACAAGACAUAACAAAUCUAGCUUUCUUGCACUUCGGACUAACUUUGCUGUUACAAGCCAAAGCUAAUAAGUGAUUGGAAUUUUUACCAUUAAGAGCACAUUUUGCAGGUAAACAUGGUCCGGAUGGUCUCAACAUGAGUAAGUAAAUGGACCUGCCAAAAAUGCACGUUUUGGGACAGGGGCUGGUUCUACUUUCUUCAUACAAUGUGUACUAGGUGACAUUUGUGUGGUUCAAAUGAUCUUGUGUAAGAGUCUAGGCUAACUCAUUGAAGCUAUCUCAUGCUUUGUGUGGUUGCUGUAUCCAUCCUGGACCUCUUAGACUUUCAAAUGCAGUAGCUAUUCUUUAAACAGUGCUUUCAAUGCCUGUUCGCUGCCUUAAACACCAUUCAUCCAACUCCAUAUCAGCCCCCAAACACCCCACCCCUGUAGGUUGCGCAGAAACAUAAUGGCCUUUAUUGAUUCCCCCUUUUCUUCCCGUCUCUCUUCUCUUUUCUGUCUCUCUACUCUGCAGCAAAGGGUUGUUAUGAUAGAUAAGCUGCUGUGUAAGGAGUGAGCCAAGCUGCUUUUGUGAGCCGAGCAGCAAGGAUGUGUUGUGCGUGGUGUGCGUCAGACUUCGUGUAUGUUUAUGCAUCAUGUAUGUGUACAUAUGUGUAGUGUGUAUGCUCUAACAUUGUACAAAAAGGCCCCACAAAUAGGACAUGUCUUGGUUCCUCACAACCGUAAGAGGUUAUUACACAACAAAGCUUCCACUAAAAAAGAUCCUGUCUUGUUUGCUAUAUAUCCUCGACUCCAGAAAUCUUGUUAAAUUCCACUGUGCCUGCAUUCCGUCUGAUCUUGUGAAAUAUUCAGUUCUUUGUAGCUCAAACAGUCUUCUUUUAACAAGGCAAAGCCCAUUAGGAUGUCUUUUUUGUCCCAUUUUGAAUGUAUUAGUGACUCAUUACCAGAAAUAGAUACUUACCAUCACACAUGAGAGAAAAAAAAACAAACUCAAAAGAGUGGUUCUCAAAGGUCACGAGAGACAGAACUCUGUUCUCCAUAUUAUUCACAAAUAUAAUGUCACCCCCUGUGCAAGGUCAACCACCUUCCUAGAUGCGUUGAUAAACUAAGUGGUCAAUAGGAUUGCAUGGUUCACAGUUACACUGCUGCUGCUUGAUUGAGUCCCUUUUCUGUGAUUCUGCUUUCAGUAAUAAUUUUUAAAAAGUGUCUUUCAGUUUUUAUUUUUUAUUAUUUUUAUUAUUUUCCUUCUUAUUCGACACAAAGGAGCAGUUUAUCAAGAUUGGGGGACAACAUCUGCGACCCUUGUUUGGUUUCCAUUGAUGAUUAAAAUGGUCUCAGCCUGUGUUGUUUUUAUUUCCUUUACUCUCAGAGGGAACAUACUUAUUCCCAAUGGACAAGAGAGUACUCACAUGGGGGGGAAACAAGAGAACGCUGGUGUAAAAAGGAAGCACAACAAUGGCAGCCAUGGCAACACAGCUAAACAACACAAGGGACGAAAUUAAAUGGACCAACUUGAUGAUUUGUGGUAACAGAAUGAGUGUUCCUAUAAAACAAACCACAAUCAAACUAACAAGGAAAAUAGUCGAACAGAAAUGACUUCUGCAAUAGCUGUACCAGACUGCUGAACAGCUGGCAAUGUUUGGUCCAAUAGUCCGCCAUGUUUGUUUUACCCAUAGACUGUAUACAGAAUGGACAGUGUCUGCCUCCUUGCUAGUUAAAGCCACCGUGAGAACAGCACCCUCUGGUGACGGACUGCAGUAUAGGUCAUAAAUCCCUCCUCCUUCAGCAAUCCCUAUGGAGCUGUGGACAAACUUUAGAAAUUUAUUACACAGAGUAUAAUUUUUUCUCCCUCCCUGGUUGCAAUGUUGACAUGUAGUUACUGUAAGACUAGUUUGCGCUCAAGUCCUCUUUUUUAUGUACAGCUCCAUUUUUAAAAGUUAUUAGGGGGUUCAUGUUUUCUAUGAUUGACACUUGACACAGCCUAUAGGCAUACAAAGAUGCGUACAAUGCUACUGUGCAAGGAUGGUUUCAGGGAGUAAAGAAAAAACACGGAAAUGCCAAGAGCUUUUCGGCUUUAAAUCUGCAUAGUGGUGGAAGGUGAAACCAAGUUAUCCAUAGUGUAUACAGUCUAUGGUUUUACCACAAAAAAUGUCUGUGGAUUUUCAGAUUUGACUCAGGACUCUUGUUGACAAAGAUGAGAAUUUCUUCAUACCGUAGCACUCAACACACUUUAAAAACUCAAGUGUUUAACCUGCCAUCAAUUGUCAUCCUGUGGGGUCUUUCAAAUUUUCAAAAUUGAUCAAGGUUUGAAAAUCUUUUAAAGAGGCACACAGGAAAAGAAACUUCAAAAGGGGGCAUGAGGGUGAAGAGACAAAGCAAACAGAGAGGUGCCAAUGAACAAAAAGCUGUCUGGAGACGAGGUUUUCUUUGCUUUUCAAAGGUUUAGGCCUCUCAUUGUUUAUCAAAACUAGUAAAUCCACUCAACUCUGAAACAUUUUCUCUGCUGGAGGAUUACCAGAAGUUGUCUCAAUUGAUCUGGUUUUCUCCUUCCUAUGACCCUCUGUUCUCAAGGGUAUCUUGUGAUAUAUCUAUACAAUUUUACUGAACUUAUUUGUGUCAACAUCUUUCUUUUCGCUUUAUACCAAGUCUUCAAGGGAAUCUUGAAGGAAGGCAAAUCAAAGUCUGUUUUAGAGCUGCAUGAGUUAAAUUUCAUUUAAGCUUUUACUGAUUUGUUUCUUUAUGUUUCUCUUGCAGGACACAGAGAUCCUCAACACGGCAGUCCUGACUGGGCGAACUGUGGCUGUACCAGUAAAGGUGGUCACCGUGGGAACAGAUGGAGCUGUUUCUGAUGUAACUGAAUCUGUGGAGUGCAGGUCAACAGAUGAACAAGUUAUCAAGGUUAGUGUGAUGUGUUUUAGCAGCUGCUUUUUAACAUCAGCUGUAUUUCAGUCCGCAUCAUGGUUAUCUCUCUAGUUGUGUGUGGGUAGAUGAGCAGAGUGAACAAAAGGUUGUUGUGUAGAGGUGCUUUGUGAUCAUUUAUCUCUGUGUUCAAUUUCCUCCAGCAAGACAGAGUGUGACUGAUUUUUCAUUUAAUGAUUUGCCAGAAAUUGAGAAGUUAUCCUCAGGUGUUGCAGAUCAAUAAUGUAAAAAAAAAGCAAAAGUACAAAUAGCAAAUGUGGGUGUUGUGGGAUCACUGAAGCACUUUUCUUUUUAUUGAAUAAGCAGAAAAGAGGAAGCAUUUCUGUCAAUGCAGUGUUGAGUUCCUGGUAAUGAAGACUUCCUCAAUAAAUCAGGUUUCAUCCAACAGCAUAACUAUUAUAAUUAACACUUUAAGACACAUUAAUGUUUUCUUUUUUGUGUCUCGGUGAAUAUGUUGGGCGGUAAUGCAUACUAUUAUACUCUGAUAUUUGAUUUUUUUAAUUGGCAAACCAAUUGACAGAUUUUUUUUCUCUCUUUUAGGAGAAAAAUGAUAAAAGAAAACUGUAAAAAUUGGCAUAAAGAAAAGUAGGUACAGCAGCUUUUAAACAAACGAAAUGAAGAUCUGCUCGUGUUUCAUUAUCUGUCGAUCCGAUAUCUGUGCCUCCACAGCUGAUUGCAAUGGUGCAUUUUGAAUGAUGCUUAUUUUACUGUCCUUAAGAUAACAUUAAAUGAAUAUAUAUACAAGAAGUAUCUGGUCAUUUCCUUUACCAUCAUUAGCACUUAGGAUAUGCAACUUUAUGACAACUUGCCAAUUAAAUAACUUCUUUGAAUUAUCAUAUCCCAUUAGAGCAGUCCUUCUCAAAUAGCAGGGCUCACCCUUUGAUGCCGGGGGGGCAUGUGUGACCCCCGGGGAACAUGUGUCAACAGAAUCAGCCCACCGCCUCACAGGAAGGUUUCUACGGUGUCAGGCACAUUUCCAUAACCACUGGUCAGGGGAACUAUCUGAGUCAGCACAUUCAAUUAGAUAGAUAUCAAUAUGUUCUGAUCUAUAUCCUAUCUGAUGAGCAUGUUUGGCACACGUUUGGACACUCAACCUGACCAAAUUAUCACAGCUGAAACUGCAUUAAAUUACAUAUCCAAUAAAAAGUCACACAUGACGGAGUUAACGAGAUAUUACAUAAACACCCACCCCCACGUGUUUGAUUUCUUUAAUGUUAAUGAGGAUACAGUGUUAUGCAGAGGUGUACUUAAAACAAUUUUAUCGACAAAUGAUACUAUUUAUAGUUGUGUUUGUGUGUGUGUGUGUCGCCAAUACACUGUCUUUUCUUGGACUCCAUGAGCCCUAUCAGUCUCUCCUCUCUUUCUGUAUCUCCCUCUAUCCCCGCUCUAAACCCGAUGCAGUAGCGGCAGUCUGAUCUGUCAUCAUUCGCCAAGUUCUGUGUAAAGAUGUGGAGACAGAUGACAGUCUUUCUAUCACUGUUUGUUCUAAAGAAGCAGCUGACAGCUCUGAGAAUGUUUGUGUCCAAAUUACUGACUGUACCAAUCAAGCUUCUGAUGCUGUUUGAGACUGAAAUGAAUUUGAUUGAGUUCAAGCAAAACUUAAUGACGGAUUUUUCGACAGAUUAAGUCUUCAAAAGGGAAAACAAUAUUUGAGGAUGAUUUUGCUGAUUUCGAAUGCAGUGAGACACUUCUGAUGUUCUGGUUUGUGUAUUUUUCACAUUCUGUGAGGGCUCUGACAAAUACCAGUAGAUAAUUAGUGAUGUGCUUUGACUGACUCAAUAUACUGCAGUGUGUGCUAACAUUUGAUGAAGCAGCUGUGUCUUUUUUCAGCUCUAUAUGUUGCGUUGGACCAUACAUUAAAUAACACAAGCAGAAGACCUGGCGCCUGAGAAGAAAGACGUUUUUUUUUCUGUUCUCCAGUCCAAAACAAGCAGAAGAGAGAAAGCUAGACCUCAUAAAAGUGGUCAAAAGGACAAAAGUUCCCCUCAUCAGACCACUGUGUAAAAACUGUUGAAUUUUACAACCUCUCACAAAGUUUGAAGAUUUUCUGUCCAAGUUUCAACUCUCAUAAAGAUCCUGUUGUUCUCUUUCUGCAUCACGUCUUCUCAUCCUGCCGCCUCUCUGAUUCUUCUCUCUCUCUUUCUCCAGAUUUCGGAGCGGUGUGACUAUGUGUAUGUCAAUGGAAAGGAGACCAAAGGAAAGAGCCGAGUGAUGCUCAACUUUACCUACAGUUUUCUGAGCGCCCAGCUAGAGAUGAGUGUGUGGAUACCCCGCCUGCCCUUGCUCAUCGAUGUAGCUGAUCCUGAGCUCAGCCAGAUAAAGGGCUGGAGGGUUCCUGUCAGCAUGAGCAACAGAAGGUAAGACACGGUGUGCAUUGAAUCUUGACUGUUGGAUUCAGUGUUAUGAAUUGCUUUUGAAGCUUUUGUUCUGGCACAAGGAACUUAGUACAUACCUUUCAAACUUGCUCUGAACCAUAGCUCCACACUCCAUUAGGCUUUAAUCCACAAAGAGUGUGUCCCAGGAAUGAAUCCAGCUCAUGGCCCGUUGCUUCUUUCAAUCCCCUACUCUCUCCCAGUUUCCUGUCCCUUCUCCUGAACACUCAAUAAAAGCAUAAAGGCCAAAAAAUGAACUAGGAAAGGUUAGACGACAUUUAACUUUAUCAAAGUUGAAAUGACAUGACCAACAAAGGACCCAAAAGCACAGGGAAAACACAAAAGACUCACAGACAAAUACAGUAAUUAACUGUCACAGGAAGGAGGACACCGUAAAACGUAAUACGCUCAAGAAAUCAAACACAUCUGUGGGAACAAGACACAUGCAAAACUUGGGUUUAAGUGAAGGAUGGUCAUAUUUCUUGAAAAAUCAUACAUUUUAACUUAAUUAGAAAUGGAUGAUGACAUAUAGGUUAUCUGUGUUUAUCUGUAAAUAUUAAGGACUUUUAAGAUUUAAAUAUGUAAUUUUGCUUCAUCUUUUUUCUUGCCUUUUCUUAAGUUUACAUAUUGUGUUGUUUUAAAUUUCAAGUUUUCCAUGACUAUGGUGAUGAUAUGGUUAUCGUGAUAUUUUUCAGCCACAAUAAUCACGAGGCGAAAAUCUGACUUAGUUGGGACAGAGGACUUGCAGAUGCACUUAUUUUCCUUUGUCUCUCAUGAUACAGCUCAGUAGCAUCUCCUCAUAGCCUCAGCCGACAGCAUGAGAUGGCACCAAGCUUCACUGUGCACACAAACAGAGGCACACUCCCACACACAACUGAGAAUUAUUCUUUUUUAACAAGAUUAUAAUAUGAUGUUUGUGGUCUGGUUGUGGUUUCACCUUAGAUAGUGUCGUCAAGGGGUUGUUAGGGACUUUUGACCAAUCAGAGUCCUGUCUAUAACACAGCAUGGUGAUCAGUAAGACAGCUGGGUAAUAAUACGUGUUACUACAACUGAUGCAGCCAUGUCCAUGAAAACCCUUUUAUGUAAGAAAACUGAUAUUUCUCUAAAGCAAAUUUCUGCCAUUUCGUCAUUUCAGUAUCACUUUCACUCAACCUCCACCUCAUAGGUUGGCACUCCAACCCAAAUACCCUGUGGUAUCAUCAGCUAUGCUUGAAAUGAAUAACAAGGAUGCAUAAUAUGAGAUUUCUAGUCAUAUUUGGAAAACAGAAAUCUAAAUCUUUAGGAAUUAGAAUAUUUUGUUUGUGCAAAUGUUUGUGCCCCCCAAAACUCUGACUGUGUCCAGUCAGUGCUAAGACUGUAUGUAGACCACCUUAUUGAAGUUUAACCUCAUUGCUGACCCACCAGGCCUGUAUGUAGACAUUCAGACCACCUUACUGAAGUCUAACCCCUUUGCUGACCUGCCACUCACUGCUACAAAAAGUCCCAACCUUAUGUUUCUUUCACACUUUGGUUUAGCCACCAGGUCGCAGCAUGUUAACCCGUCAGCCUGUUUUUCUGCCUAACCGGCCAUGCCUCAUUAAACUUAAUGGAAACUGUCACAGUCCCUCUAGCUAAGGCAGACCAUAAAACAGAGAGGGAACAAAGGUGUGAGUGAAUGAGAGAAAGACAGGGGUUGAAAAAUAGAUGACAAGGAAAACCAGGUUAGAAAUAGAUGUGAGGUAUAUAGAGUGAGUGUCAGAGAGAGAAAUGACAGUGACUCCGCACCAGAGAACCAAAGAUAUCUGGUUGAAAAAGCACUACACUGUAUAUGAAAUCUUUCUUAUCAGUCUGGAUGUUUAUUCAGAGGGUUGUAUGACUAAUUUGUGCCUUUUUAAUUACUCUUUGCUGGAUUUAGACAAUUAUCAUGUAACACUUGACAAUGUUUUUUUUUUUUUAAUCCAUGUUGCUUUUUUCUUUAAAUGUAAUUAAAGCCCAUCCAGUCAUGAUUAAGAGAGAAAUACUGAACAAAUACAUCACAAAACAACUUGAUUUAUUUGUAGUAUGGUGCCAGAGAUGGCUGUAUCAGCAAAGUCUUUGCCAUUGGCUAGAUAAAUGGCACACUUACAGCUAAAUCUCAGUUGCCCUUUUAAAGAAAGUAAGCAAGGCAGCAGUUGUACCUUGAAGCUAUUUUUCAAUCGGUUUUUGAAACAGUGAGAGUCUGUGACUUUCAGGUCAGGGAAACCUGCAGCAUAUGAGAGGCUUUGGCUGCAGGAGAUCCAGUCAAUGUUGCAUUAAUGUUAAUAUGAGAAAAUGAAAUACGUUGAAAUAUGACUUACACUUUCAUUUAGUGAUAACCUUUAAAAAAACAACCUGAGGUAAACUAUGUACUUGUAUCUGCCUUUACUUUCUGUCCCUGAUAAUUGACCCUCACUGUGCUCCUGUUCUUCAUCUGCCUGUCUGUUUUCCUGCAGGUACGAGAGGGUCACUGAUGACAAAGAUGAAGAUGAGGCAGCAGAGGAGAGGACAGAGAGCAGCUGUGUGUCUCAGUAUCAGAGCACCACCCUGCGGGUCCUCACACACUUUGUGGUGGAUAACGGAGAAGCUAAAGGAGCCUCAGAGGAGGAUGGGCUGGGCCAGCAGAACUUCCUACUGGGUAGUGAUUGGCAGGUGGAAGUCACACAGCUGGUCAAGGACUCUCUGAGGGUAGCUGAGCCAAAGGUCGCACAGUUGCUGGAUGGACAAGUUGUGAUGGGAAUGAGUGCUGGAACCACCAAAAUACAGGUGAGUGUUUUUUUUUUUUUUUUAAGCUAAUACGCAAACUUCAGUACUUUCUCAUUUGACUUCAUUACUUUCAGAUGUUUCACUUAUUUUCAUAUCGGGCAAAGCAGUAGAAGUCACUUUGAUUCAAAUACUGAACACUUUAUUUGACACCUAUAAUUCUAUCAAUAUAUAAUGAAAAUGAAAUCCCCUUUAAACCCCUGGUUCAUGACACAUGUUGGUCACAUUGUCUAGACAACUUUCUGGACUACAUGACCAACCAGGCAGAGGCAUAUGGAGUGAAGCACAGAUGUUCUAAAAUAUCAUGGAAAACAGGCUAUCAAUAGCCACUAGUGUUGUUCCAAUAUGCAACAAGUGAACCAAGUAUCUAGGUCAACAAAAGUCAAAACACAAUUACACAUACCUAAUUACAGACCCUGAGUCCAUAUUCUUUGCUCCAUAAAAAUGUCUACCUGCGGCAGAGGUUGGUAUUUCUUGUAGUCUCCACACACGGACGCCACAUUGCUUCAGAGUAAUCUAUACAAUUUAUGUUUUGCUGAUCUGUGCAGAUUUUAAACAGUCCUUAAUGAGGAGCUGCUUCUUAAGACCAUGCAGCAUCAACACUUCUGCUCGCAGUAAAUGCAACUUUACCAGAUAUGAAUCCACCUCUGGUUGGCACAGUCAACUCAGGGCAGUUCAAACUAAAUCAACUAUGUGUACCAGUGAGUAGGGCUGCACAAGUCAUUUAGUUUUAAUCUAAUCAUCUAUUAUGGCAUUGCUGGAGAAACAGAAUUGAUGGUGAUCAUUGAGGCUCAAAAUAUGCAGCCGCAAAAUAAGCUUUAAGAAACUCACUAACCUUUUGCAAAAGUGUGAGAGUAAUGACUUAGGGUGAUGGGAUCUUAGCAUCCCUAGGUAAUACUAUACAUAAGACUGAUGGGUAGUAGCAGAUCAGAUCCAGGUGCAAAUGGGAUUUCAUGGGUUCAGGUGGUGAACACCCCCUGAGAUCUGGUCACAAAUCAUACAAGACAAGACUCUGACAGCUCUGAAUAGAAAGAGGGGGCAUGGCAGAGGUCUUUAAUUGUUUUCUGGGUUGGUAUGAAUCAGCCUGUAAGCUCUGAGACUGGAAUGAGGACAGGACCUGACAUGUGUGGUGGGGGGAAUCUCUCAAUGUGGGCCAAAGGCCAGAGCUGCAACGUGUGGAUGAAAGAGAGUAUCACACACCUGCGUUCAAACAAAGGACUCUGAUGAAAGAAUCCCACUGCCAACCCAGAUUCAGUGGACGUGGUCUUGACCUUUCCAGGAUAAUAAAUAAGGGGGGUCCUGUUAUAAAUCGCACAUGCACAUAUGAUUCUCUCCAAUAGAGAAGAUAGGAGCUUUUAGAAGGGACUUAAAUUGCAUCCAAAAUGCAUUAUACACCCCAAACCAGCAGGUGACAGCAAAGUACAGUUCCCUUUAACUGAGACAAAAAAGAGAGAAGCGUAUAGUUUUGCGACAAGUCCUAUAGGUAAAUCCCAAUCCACUAAAUUGGAGUGAGUCUUUGAACCUGGGGUAAAAGUUGCUGAAAAUAAUGGAGAUCCUUGCAGGGGAAGCUGAGAGAUAAGGAGCUUGGACCUGACAGGCCAGGCAUGGAAAUAAAAUUGAAAUUCAACAACAGAGGGAGAAAUUCAUCUUUUUUUUAAGGAGCUGAUACACUAAAAAGUCUCGAGUAAUGAUGUGGUAAGCGUAAGUGGUACUAAGGCUCAUGUACAUCUUUUAUUAUGUUGAUGCCAGCCCCCUUCCCCUGGAGAAAAAAAAAGGAACCAGCUGCCACUGUGCAGAUUUUCAAGAUAAUACACCAGUACUACCAUGACAAGAACAUUAACAUCUGUGUGAUAAAGGACGAAGGAAGAAGUAGGGUAGAGAGGGAUAGAAGGUGGGUAUAUGACCUCAUGACCAUGUUGUUGUUUUUCUGUUUUUGUAUUUGUUUCAACCCAAACUAUAAUCUUUCCCUGCAAAGUUGAUCAGUGCCUUAAAAAUGUCAACAGCUAGCUUAGCCCCAAUUUCUUGUUGUUUUGCUCAAUACAGCUCUCUACAAAAACAACUUCUCACAAACUUCGAUUUGAUGCUUUUGUGCUCCAGACAUCUCUGUGGACAUAAGAGAGGAUUUUUCUUUCUGUGUUCACAGGAAAAAAAAAAAUCUCCUUGGAUUUCAUCGUUGCACCGUGACUAGCAAGUGUCGGUCUGUGUUUCAGGUGCUGUCUCCUCUCACAUCAUCGGUCAUGGCUGAAAGGAGCAUCAGGGUGCUGGAAGAUAAAGUGAGUGUGACAGAACUGGGGGUGCAGCUGGUGUCCGGACUCUCUCUGUCUUUGCAGCUCAGCCCAGGGAGCAACAAGGCCAUUGUUGCCACCGCAACCACACAAGAAGUCAUUCAAUCUCUGAAACAGGUACAAACUCGGGAAAAUCCAAAUAUCUACCAACAUUUCGAUUUGAAUUUAUUAUUUUCCAUGCCUCAUGCCACAUGAGAAAAGUCUAACCUUUUUUAGCUUUACUGUGCUCUGGAUUUGGCUUUGAAGUGGAUCAGAGUUAUAAUGGAGUCUGUGAUACAUGUUGUGACUUUUUCUUUCUAAUUAAUUCCCUCUCGCAGUUGUGCCUGUGAUUUACAUAUCCAGCCACUGACUAUCUGUGUUAUUCUUCUGAUUAUACUUUCAAAUGGUACAGGGCUGCCGUCUUUUUCCUUGGAGAGUUACAUAUAUUUGGAUUUUACAAGAAUAGUUUUCCAUCCAAUCAGUUUAAUUGUUUUUUGAUCCUUUCUACUGUAAUUAAAACUCACUUUUGCUUCCACCACAUCCUUUGUUUUAUAUUCCAGUCAUCCUUGGCAUUAACUGGAAAUGUGCAAAUGAUUUUCAGUGAUUAUUUUCAGAAUCAUCAGUGGCACUAAUGCUGAUUGUUGUUUGUAUUUGUAUUUGUUCAGGAGUCCCUCAUCAGUGCUUGGCUCCAGUUCAGUGAUGGCUCUAUGACUCCAUUAGACAACUACAACCCUGCCCAUUUUACCCUGGCAGCCUCCUCUUUGAAUGAAAAGGUGGUGAAAGUGCAGCGUAGUGCAGUGUGGAAGUGGCCUGUUGUCGUUGCCAAAGGUGAAGGUCAUGGCUUGCUUGUGCGUGUGGAAAUGAACCAACCGGAAGUGUGCCAGAGGGGGAAACAAAAAACUGUCAUAGCCACUGGAAUGGCAAACAUACAGGUCAAGUUUGGUCAGACAGAGGACCAGUUCAGACAGCCAGGAGACCGACGAACACGUCCUGACCCUCCUUACUAUGGUGGAUCUAUCUCUGACAUGGAUACGGGAAUAAUUAACCAUGGAUCUACCACCAUCAGGGGUCAAAUCCCUGUGAGACCCAAUGGUGGUCGUCAAUCUGUGGACAAUGGGGUAAGAGUCCCAAAUGAAUUCUCUGAAUAUCCAGACCAGGCAGAACUGCCGAGGAGCCACAGCACUGAUGAGGACUUCUCCCCAUCCAGACGUGGACUGACGGACCUAGAGAUUGGUAUGUACGCCCUGCUGGGAGUCUUCUGCCUGGCCAUCAUGGUUUUUCUUAUUAACUGCAUCUCUUAUGCAUACAAGUACCGCAGUAAGCACAUAUCCUUAGAGGCUCCGGAGACAAUGCCCCACGCUCAUGACUGGGUUUGGCUGGGCCAGGAAGAGGGGCUUUGUCUGCAGCAACAACAGCAGGACGAGCUGGGUGGAACCUUAGAAGAAGGUAGUCAACUUCUGAAUGGAGGCUUACAGCGGGGUAAUGUUGGUGGAUGUAGUGGGAGGAAUGAGUCCCUGAACUCACCGACCACCAAGAGAAAGAGGGUGAAGUUCACCACCUUUUCCAAUGUCAAGUCCAGUAAUGGAUGUCCCGUGCUUAGCCCAUUAGCACUGGUGCAGAGCAGUGAGAUAAAAUGGGUAUGUCCAGACAUCGAGCUUGGAGACUCAAAGGAUCUAAGGAACUACAUGGAUAAGCUUAAUGAGAAUGCAAUUAAGAACAUGGCAUAGGAGAUGCUGGAGGUUUUCACGAACUUUAGAGAAACUCACCUGAAUGCCUUCAGAACAAGGAGGGAAUGAGGGUUAGAGAAAGAAAAGGACAAGACUAAAAGGGGGCGCAGAAAACAGCCUGGAACUGUUUUUAAACUGUCCCUCAUGAUGACCACAGAAGAGUGUGUUCAGAAUCAGCAGUUUUCAUCUCACAGGGGAUCAUACAGUGUACCACAACAUGACGUGUUUGCCAUGACACAGCAGCAAAGUUAAAAAGAAGGAAAGUAAACUUGAUAUUGUUGAUUAACUUAAAUGUACGUUAUCUGUCUUUAAUUGAGGUUCAGUUUCCUUUUCUAUGCACCAUGUAGUUUCUGUUGAGCUUUCCUUAUAUUUUCAGUCAUCUUGUUAUCCCGUUGUACUUGUUGUACUUUUUUGUGUUUUGUUAAUUUUAUAAGAGAGAUGUUAUAUGCUCUGUAUCAUAUGUCAGCAAAUAGAUUCUAGGAGAGAGGGGGUUUUAAGCAGUUUUGUAUUGUAUAUAAAUACAGAGUUUGAUUUGGAAGUUUUGUAUGUAAAGUAAGAUUUUGUAAAGUGGUGUUUAGUUUGGUUUUGGUUUGUAGUUUAGUUUUUGUUCCGUCUCCAGAAAACAGACCCAUGCAUGAUGACAUGAAACAGGAGGUCUGACCUUUACUUGAAAUGAAAUAUAACAAAACCAGUUCCUCUGGAGACAUGUCACUUUAAUACCUUUGCAUACAAUCAUCAUGGAGCUGAUUUGGGUUUGUUUUGGUAUAUUUUGGCAUUCAUUUGUAGUGUUUUUUCGAGCCAUACAUUUCCCCCCUUAUGUUAUUUAUGCAACCCCUUUGGUCCAGUAGCAGGCUUUACCCAACAUUUGCUAAGGACAGUAAGAUAAAUCUUGAUAUGGCCUGAUAUUAUGUUCACAAAACAAAUCAUGUUAAACACAGAAAACAUUGAUGAGCAUUGAUAAAUUCAAUAGACAAUCAUGAAUAUUGUACAGAUCGAUCUUUUGAUUUAAAAUUAUCCAUUAAAACAAUUCAAGUUUACAUAUUGUACGGUCCAAUUGGAUAGUGAUCAGUUCAAGUGUCAACUUUCUUAAACUGUACAUGAUAUUUUGCAGCCCAGGGAAAGGGUCGUGAAAGUAAAUGAACAAAAGCUCAAACUGUGAAGUGAAAGUCCAAAGUCUGAACUCAUCUCUCCUUUAGUGAGUUAAAUUCAUCCUUUUCUAUCUAUGUUCUGAAAUUGGCUGCUGGACUAAUUAAAACUGAGAGUGGCUUUUCACUAUCUUGUUGCUGUGUGAUUCAUUGGGCUGAAUGUUGUGUUUUUCUCUCAGUCUUUGUUGUUUCACUCAUCUGACUGGUUUAUCGGAGUCAAUGGACAGUGGAUUCAUCAAGAGUAACAAACUGUUGCCUGUUAACACUUGGUACAGCUAUCAG